AUGACGUGUGUAUGUAAGAGAGUGUGUACAAUCUGCAGUUCAUCAACUUUCUUGAGGCGUGCCCGUGCGUGCGUGCAUGGGUGUGUGUGCGUUUUGUGAUGGCCUUGACAAGGGUGUGUCUUUACACUUGCCUCUCACUGGCGUUCAUCCCAGAAGGGUCGUGCCAUGGCCAUGUAAACUCAACCCCAAAAGGUCAGAGGUCACCUGCUGGGUGAGACUGAAAUACCCUGUAUUUCAGAGAGCAAGAAGGCAGGCAUGCUUAUUUGAAGGUCUACAGUACCAGUCAAAAGUUUGAACACACCUACUCAUUCCAGGGUUUUUCUUAAUUUUGACUAUUUUCUACAUUGUAGAAUAAUAGUGAAGACAUCAGAACUAUGAAAUAAAGCAUAUGGAAUCAUGUAGUAACCAAAAAAGUGUUAAAUAAAUCAAAAUAUAUUUUGUAUUUGAGAUUCUUCAAAGUAGCCACCCUUUGCCUUGAUGAAAGCUUUGCACACUCUUGGCAUUCUCUCAACUAGCUUCAUGAGGAAUGCUUUUCCAACAGUCUUGAAGGAGUUCCCACAUAUGCUGAGCACUUGUUGGCUACUUUUCCUUCACUCUGCGGUCCAACUCAUCCCAAACCAUCUCAAUUGGGUUGAGGUCGGGUGAUUGUGGAUGCCAGGUCAUCUGAUGCAGCACUCCAUCACUCUCCUUGGUCAAAUAGCCCUUACACAGCCUGUUGAAAAACAAAUGAUAGUCCCACUAAGCACAAACCAGAUGGGAUGGCGUAUCACGGCAGAAUGCUGUGGUAGCCAUGCUGGUUAAGUGUGCCUUGAAUUCUAAAUAAAUCAGACAGUGUCACCAGCACCAUGCUUCAUGGUGGGAACCAAACAUGCGGAGAUCAUGCGUUCACCUACUCUGUAUCUCACAAAGACAUGGCGGUUGGAACCAACAAUCUCAAAUUUGGACUCAUCAGACAAAAGGACAGAUUUCCAUCGGUCUAAUGUCCAUUGCUCGUGUUUCUUUGCCCAAGCAAGUCUCUUCUUCUUAUUGGUGUCCUUUUUAGUAAUGGUUUCUUUGCAGCAAUUUGACCAUAAAGGCCUGAUUCAUGCAGUCUCCUCUGAAAAGUUGAUGUUGAGAUGUGUCUGUUACUUGAAGUCUGUGAAGCAUUUAUUUGGGCUGCAGUCUGAGGUGCAGUUAACUCUAAUGAACUUAUUUGAGCUUUUCUUGCCAUAAUAUGGACUUGGUCUUUUACCAAGUGGGGCUAUCUUCUGUAUACCACCCCUACCUUGUCACAACAUAACUGAUUGGCUCAAACGCAUUAAGAAGGAAAGAAAUUCCACAAAUUAACUUUUAACAAGGCACACCUGUUAAUUGAAAUGCAUUCCAGGUGACUACCUCAUGAAGCUGGUUGAGAGAAUGCCAAGAGUGUGCAAAGCUGUCAUCAAGGCAAAGGGUGGCUAUUUGAAGAAUCUGAAAUAUAAAAUAUAUUUAGAUUUGUUGAACACUUUUUUGCUUACUACAUGAUUCCAUAUGUGUUAUUUCAUAGUUUUGAUGUCUUCACUAUUAUUCUACAAUGUAGAAAAUAGUAAAAAUAAAGAAAAACCCUGGAAUGAGUAGGUGUGUCCAAACUUUUGACUGGUACUGUAUGUAUAGCAUAGGAUGGCUGGUCUGUUGAUGGCCAGUUAGCCAACUAUACAGGUGGUAGUACAGUGGACUUAACUUAGUACAUGUCUAACAUGUUAACAUGUAAUUUUACAAGUUGGAGGAUAAACCCAGGCCUGACAUAUUUGAGAGAAAGUGUGUGUGUCUGUUCGGCAUGCACAGACAGGUCUUGUACAGCUCCCUUGUUCUGUUGUCACUAAUUAAGGGAUCCUGCUCCGUUCAAACCAUGUCAUGCCAUGCCUACUGGCUAACAGAGCUGUGUUCUGUUUCAAUGUACUGGUGCAUCUGUGUGUAUCUCUGUGUGUGUGUGAGAGGGAGAGGGAGGUACGCCACAGGGCUGAGGGUUUGGGAUGUCUUUCUUAACCCCUGUACAGCGCUCCACCUCUGCCCCCCCCCCCCCCCCCUCCCCCCGCUAUAGGAGGCCCCCUGUCCUGUACAGAACAGUGAGUGCUUGUCAGGGGGACGAGUUAUACCCCUGUAAUUUACCUCUACUUCUCUCUGCCUGAGCAUGAAACAUGGCGGGCCUAUAGACACUCUAAUUGUGUGUGUGUGUGCAGUAUUUCCCCUAUAUUAAUUUACCCCCGGACCCCCCCAGCAAUGCCCAUCCUAGGCAUACAUUUAGAUAUGUUGAAGGUUGGCACAGACAGCUGAAGUUUAACACCCAUCUGGUGUGUGUGUCUGUCUGUGUUAGUCAGGCGAUAGGAUUUGACACAGCAGCUUAAGCCAAUUAAAUGUCUCUUUGAGAUCCGCACUGUUCAGAUGUUCGCUUGUGAAAAGACACCCUUUGUACUCAACGCUUGAGUCUCAUGCCAUCUCUCUACCAUUUUCCCACUGAAAACCUGCCCUCCAUCCUAGUCCAGUUACAUACCCACAACACGCUAUUUUAAUCCACAAACAUUCCUAAUAAAACAUUUGUGUAUGAUAAUACAAACAGUCAUUAAACAGACAUUUUUAUAUUUGUGUCCACAGAAUGGCAAACAUAUUCCACACUGCGGAGUUCUCAAGACCCAUUCUUACCAAUGAUUAAACUCAAUCCCUAUGGGGCCUAUCGGUUUGGCCUCAUCAUGUUAAGUAGUUGUUUUAUGGCUAUUUAAUGACCAAUCAGAUCUGACCUAGAGAGAGGGGUCACCGCCCCACUGGACAGGACUGUCAGUUGGAGAAUGUUCCCAUGGUGCGAUUCCAUGCCAGCAUAGCCCAAAAGUGUUUUCGGUAACUCAGAUUGUUCUGGCAAUUCCCACAUAGAAACUUCAUCGGGAAGAAGACUUCAAGCACGUAAAAUUUCCAGAGUGGGCUUUCUGGUACUUUUGAAGAUAUGACCCAUUUUAUACAUAGAUAUUGACAAUAUAGGUCAAUAACCAAUCACAGCCCUCCUUUAGCAUUGCACAUUCAGCAAAUCACCAGCAGAGGGAGGUCCCUUUGAAUCCAUUUUCCCAUUCACUGUGUUGGUUGUGCUCAUAACAUUUAUCAUAACUUCAAAAUUAGUAGAGAGCCCACUCUAAAAAAUGGAUGUACUUGUUGUUCCAAACAAUGUCUUAAAAUAAAAAAUAAAUAAAAAAGGUACUUUUGAGAUAUUAUGUUUUAUGUUGAAUAAGUGAAUGUGAAAUAUUGUAUUUCAGAAUCUAGACAUACUCCUUAUUUUAGAGCACACUCUAAGGAGCAUAAUGACACCAAGAUGUUGUCUGUAUCAUGUACGGUUCACGGUUCAUAGGGUCUUAUAAGAGGCAUGUAUAGGUCUAAGGGCCUUAAAUGGCUACUUUCAGCAUUAUUUCCUCAUUGUUUGUGAUACAAAUGUAAAAAGCAUGUCAAACAUCCUUCCUCCCAAUGAGGUUUCUAUGUUAGAAUUGCCAGAACAAUCUGAGAUGGGGCAAAAAAUAAAAAAUACCCUGGCGUGGAAUCGCCCCAUACGACUAGUGUUAUUUUUAUGCAAGUAGAGCAGAUUCCAGCGUUCUAAGUUUAUCAGUUGUAGCUGAAGUCAAACUGGGAAACUAUGUGUGUUUUAAUGUUGUGGGGAGAACACAUUCCUUUGUCUCAAUAAUAUUAACCCAGACCUGAACAGACCGUGGGAUGAAGCGGUUAGUGGUAGAGUGGACUGCGGAGAUGGGGUUAUCAGGGAUCUUGACCAUCACAAGCUGGUUUGAUCCAAUGGAAAGUCUUGUUUUGAUUGUUUUCAUGUUAUUACGCAUAAGCUGGAACUGACCAGACAUAAUAAACCCACUUGUCAUGUUCCCCCCAAGCCAUCAAUUUAUGGUUCAAACCUAUAUAGUUUAGUCUGCUCUGUCCCCAAGCAGGAACCAUAGCUUGCUGGUCCCUGGUACAAAAAUCAUUUGAGAAAUCUAACUGACACCACAGGAUGUAGGGGGCCCAGGUAUCUGAUUAAAAGCUCUGGCCUACAGUAUGUGAAGGUCCUCGGGCUCUCUCUCUCUCGCUAUCUCCCCCCACAUUGCUGUCCAUAAGGCCUGUAUUUGUCUGGCCUCUUUCCAUCACUCCUGUUAUGUCUACACAUACUGCACUAUUUUUGGCAACCUGUCAUUUUAAUAUAAAUUUGAAGUACCCUGCCAGGAGAGAGGGGGAAAGCGAAGGGGAGAGGGUGAGGGGAGAGAAAGGGGGAGAGUAGCCUCUUAAACAAAGUGGGGUGUGGAGGUUUGCUGUUUGGCUCUCCUGUUGCAAGCCUGUUUUCCCCUCUGUUUUCCUGUACUUUUUUUUGCUGAGUGUUUUGUGGCGAUGCUUGGUUUGGUUAGUGGGAUCCAUGCAGCUGUAUUUGGACAGUGCUCAGGGCUACAGUACCAAACAAAAAGACCAGGCCUGUCACCCCCCAGGUCACACCAGCUGUCUGUCUGCUAGAUGGAUAGGGGUUUAGACUAGGCCUACCUAACGCACACACUUUUUUAGCACACACACUUGUUUUACCCGUCGCACACUCGUUUUAACACGCGUACAAUACGUAACACCUACUAUAUUACCUAAACAUUUUAUACCGGUUCUUAGGGACUGGAUGUUAUUUAUAUUGAGGGAUAUUUGGAGGUAAUCUGACCUCUAAGAAAUGAAAAUGGAUGGCCCUCCCCCUGAGGAAAAUAUAUUUUUAGCUGGCCCUCCCCCUGAGGAAAAUAUAUUUUUACCUGGCCCUCCCCCUGAGGAAAAUAUAUUUUUACCUGGCCCUCCCCGAGCGUUUGAAAAAACAAAUGUGUAACCCUCCCCCUCCAAAAUGAUAAUUAAAACAAAAUAGCAGGGAAUAUUAAAUCCGUUUUUAGUAGGCUAUCAAUGUUGCAGUCGUGAUUUCUAUCAAAUCAACCCGUGGUUGAGAACCACUGCUGUAUUCAUACCAUAUUUAUGUUAUCCGCUAGAAGGCGGCAUUUACCAAUUUAAGCUUUAAGGGCCAAUCCACACCAAGGACGAUAACUAUAACGAUAAAUUAUACAUGAGUAUAAAACAAUGGCGAGCAUACACACUAGAGGAAAAUGUAUCGUUCUACAGUAGCCUACACUGUCAAUCAACUGAUCAACUGAUCCUACUUCACACUGUAGGCCUAUUAAUAAGGUGGUAACACAGAUCAUUUAGUGCUUCAGGGUGUGGUCAUUGUCAUAGUGACAACUGCAAAUAAUACUUCAAUGUAGGCUACAUGUAGCCUAAUGAAAAAAAUUAUAUAGAAACUCGUAUUUAAAUUAAAUGUAGAAAUUCAACAACAAACGCGGUAUAGCCUGCGCAUCUUUUACAUGUUGCUCAAGUGGUUUGCAAGCGAUUUCCAUCAAUUCGUUUGGAUAUUUUUCACUGUGCUCCUCAGUCUGUCAUGUGCAACCAUUUCAAUAGGCUACACAAGUGCAACAAUGUUAUUAUCACUGGCCAGUGAUGCACUCUCUCUCCGCAACUUUCCCCGGCAGUUCAUUUGGCCUAUUUUACAUUCAGCUAUUAGUAAGAGCAGCCUGCUUCUCUACGAAAAGCCUAGUAGGCCUAGUAUAAAAAUGGCAAAAAAGUUAAUGUCCUAUAGCUUUUGUAGCAUAUAGCUUUUGUAGCCUAUAGCUUUUCCUGGGACUUCAGGAGAAGAGGAAUAGCGGAUGCUUGUGUUUGUAGCCUAUAGCCUAGAAGAGCGAGGCGAGAGUUGUGUAGCCGAAUAAGCAAAAUAUUAGCUAGAUAUUAGGCCACUAAUUAGUUAAAUAUUAGGGCUAUAAAUAUUUACCUGUGAAAGUGUAAGAAAAAAAGUUAGGUUAUGAAAUGGUAGAGCUGUGCAUUCCUCCAGGCUGCGCUCUGCAGCAGUCGGGCAUGCAAAGGCCUAUGUUUUUAGACAAAAACAUUAUUCUACCUAGGCUACAACAACACAGUGCAAUGAGGAAAGUAUUAUUGUUAUCAAGUGAGUGCACAAUUAUUGUCUAGGGCUGUAAACUGCAGAGAUGUAGGCUAAUUUCGGUUUGUAUUUUUUUAUUCAAUACGUAAAUUCCAAAAAGUUGACAAAUACUGACAUUUAAUCGCUUACAAAUUACAUGAUCCUCGCCUAAAAAAAAAACCUGCCCCUGACUGAAAUUGAAAAAGCAUGACCCUCUCCCAUUUUCUUCGGGUAACAAUUGCGUAAGUUUCGACCGGCCCCUUCGAAGUAAUAAAUGUGCAUUCUACUACUAAUAUGGAAUCCCUGAAGGCCCUGUUGUGGUGUACCAUACAUGUAAAGGAACAUUCCAGGUUUAGACGGGGGUAAAGGUGAGGGUCCCACCUGUACCUCCUCCUCCUCCUGGUUUCAUGUUAAAAGGCAGUGUAGGGUUGUCAUCACCAUCUCCGUGUUAAGCAGAUCUGUCAGCGCUGUGCGUGUCCCGACUCUGGAGUGACACCAGCAUUCUAAUAAGGAACAUUCCACAGAGAAGGGAAUAGAAUAUACUUAAUGGGAGGGGGGAUUCAAUGUAGACAUGUAGUGUAUCUUUGAGAGCUGGGAAUGUGAUAAUAUGAAAUGUGCACUGUCGUCUGGAUUUUAAAAAAGUAAACAAUUUAAUUUAAUUUUCAAGAUGCUGUUUUCAGUAUGUUCUGGAGAGGAUACUUAGCUAUGAGUUGCACUUGUGCUUCUCAGAACAUGUGAUUGUAUUGAAUGUGUUUGUGACAGUAUGCUGGGGGCUAGAGUGUUCCAAGAGGGGGUUGGUCACCCUUACUAAAGUAUCCUAGACGGGACACAAACAUAAAAGUAAUUUAUUUCACAGAGAAAAGAAAGAGAGGAACCCCCCCCCCCCCCCCCCCUCUCUUGUUUUCCUUUUUUCCUUUGGCUUCCCCUUCACCCCCCUCUACCACUCAGCAGCUGUUUCUCUCACUUUCUUUUGCCCCCGCCAACCCCCUUCCCUAAAUCCCUCCCUCACCCCCUCUCUCCCCCCUGCCUGAUGGCUUUGUGUGUUUGGCUGGAAACCCCCUCACUACGGCACAGGGGUCCAGUAACCCUCAGAACACUGGGCUGUAGCUGGUCUGUAACGGUGUUUAUGAAGAGAUAAGCAGAGGAUUAGCACAGAGAUGGAGGUUUGGCGUCUCUGUGGUGUUGGAGCUGUUGCAUGUAACCCCUCUUUGGCUAAACACCUGCUUUAUACUUUCAUAGCUGGAUUCAUGAUAUUGUUUUAUUGCGUUUUUGUUCAAACUUGAAUUUCCGGUUACAUUUGUGCACCAGAAAUGUCAGUUGAAACAUGUCAAAUGAACGUGUUUUAAAUGUAUGGCCCUGGGCCGUAUCCAGAAAAAGCUGUUUGAAACGGGGAGGUAGCCUACUAUCCAACUUGUCCAAUAUGAGCCUACUGAACACAACCCUGAUGUUGACUAGAUGUUAGUGUUUGACACCCAGCUCUGUGGUUGUUUCAGUGUUGUUUAUGGAAAAAGGGACUCAUGAGUUCCGCUAGUCAGUGCCUAAAUUGGAACUAUUAUAGUGGAUUGGCUCAACUGAUAAGACUGUUACACAUUAUGCCUAAAUAUCAACUCAAACUCAAUGUUUUUUAGUACAACUUUGAAGAGGAAAGAUGUAGCAUAUCCCUGAAUGUAUCACAUCACUUUUCAUGCCUCAGACUCAAACACAUUGUUGUCAUUGAAAUAUUCACUACAAAAAAAACAAUGGACCGAAAAACACUCUCAGUUGAGGACAGGAAAUACACAGCGGCUUCAUCCGAAAUGACACCCUAUUCCAUACAUAGUGCACUACUUUUGACCAGAGACCCGUCUAUGGGUCCUGGUCAAAGUAUAGUGCACUACAUAGGGAAUAGGGUGCCAUUUCAGACACACCCAGCGUUUAUUUGUUGCGUAUACGAACGACCAUUUCCUGUACGGGGGAGGCAGAAACAUUUAUGGUGCCAAAAACAGCAGCCCUUCCUGCAUUGCCAGCCUAGCAAAGUAUCACCAUGAAACACUAAUGGUGUCUGUGGUGCUAGAUGGGAAGGUUCCCAAGGGUGGUGUGUACGUACAGUAUUCCCUCAACAGCUGAUCUAGGGCCUGUUUGACUUGUUCUGCUCAUAGUCGUUGAGGUUAAGUUUGCAAUGAAGAGAGCUGAUGUUGAAGUUGGCAGAGCUGAUCCUAAAUCUGGUGUUAAGGUCCCUAGUGCAGUGUUUCUCAGUCCUGUUCCUGGGGACACAAAGGGGUGCACAUUUUAGUUUUAGCCCUAGCACUCACACACCUGAUUCAAAUCAAAGUCUUGAUGAUGAGUUUAUCAGUUGAAUCAUGUGCGACCUUUUGCGUCCCCAGGAACAGGAUUGAGAAACACUGCCUUAGAGGGUAUCGGAAGCAUUGUGACAUGCCUAAAGACAGCACUCAUUUACUGAGGUGGGUAGGUGCUUGGUUGGUGGUGAGUUCAGAGAUUUUAAAAAUCUGUACUCAGACCAUGUCCCACCCCUGGCAGUCAUAAUGACCCUGGUGUUUACCCCACAUGGGCCACUUUGGGGCAGUUGCCCUCUCAAAGGAAAUGACACAGAGUGGGGGGUGAACCGGGGUGGAUGCCAUUUUUUUGCUAAUGGCUGGUGUUUCCACAUUCACUGUGCUUUACAUCUGUGCGUGUGCCCGGCUGUACACGUAUGUAUUUGCAUAGUGACUGUGUACCCUGUAGUAAAUGUGUGUGACCCCCUAGGUGAAGGCUAAGCUGCGGGAGGCUUUUUAAAGGCUUAAACUGACAUCCUGUAAUAUUCACUGAUAUGAAACAGACUGGGGGUAUAAACAACUGUUAUCUGUGGCACUUAGCUAGGUAUCCUACUGUACUAAUACUAGCCACUGCUUAGCUGUGUGUGGUGUGUAUGUCUGUGUCAGGGAGAGACAGAGAUAGACGGAGCGAGAGAAGGGGAACGACAGUGAAUGGUCAGUGUCAGUAUGUAACAGGUGGCAUCCGCUUUUGGAGUUUGUCAGUGCAGCCGAGACAAAUAGCUGGGGAUAUCUGUGAAUGCUGGCUUGUCUGGCUCUUUGUGCAGCAGGAACCCAACAGAUGUGUGUGUGGUGUGUGUGGUAGAGAGAGAGAGGGAGGGAGCAAUGGAGAGCGUAAGACAGAGAAAUGAUGGAGAAGUGUGGGUGUGGCCAGUGCUGUGGCCUGUCCAUUGUGCCCUCAGCCCUCACCAGAUGUGGCCUGAACAAUGAACUGGGUCAAUAAAAGGAAGUGGUGUAUAAAUAGCCUCUUACGUCUGCAUGGUUGGAGUUUGUGUGUAUAGUUUGUGUGUGAUAUGAAUGAAUGUGUUCUGGAAGUUCCCUGGCAAUGAGUGUUCUCUAGCUGCAGCAUUCUAAGCUAGAGUCAGGCAAAUAUGUACCAUUUUUAUGAUGCCCUGCAGGUCUCUCCUUCCUGUCCUGUUCUUUCUCUCCCUCUCUGGAUCCAAAGGUGGACACACUGAGCGGUAGUCAGAGGUGUUGGUUUUGCUUUCUCAGCCAAGGUCAGAUUUCUAACCCCUCAGGAGGAUGACACUUAGGGCUGGUUUCACAGACACAGGUCAACUAAAUACAUUUCAGAAAGCAAAAAAAAUAUUUUUGUGUGUGUGUGAUUUACAACCGUGUCUUUUGGGCAACACUCACAUUCUGACCUGUGACUGUAUGAAUAGGCCUAGUAUAAUAUUUUCUACAGUAGCUAAGUGUUGUAGUGUAAGAGGCCUAUUUAUGAGCAGUGAUUAAAGCCAUGUUAGGAGCCUGGUCCUAAAUCACAUCCUGGUUAUAAGUGUGCUAGGGCACACGGCUAAAAAUACUCCUCACCCCCCCUUCUCUCCUUCCCUCUGUCCCUCCUUCUCUCCUUCCCUCUGUCCCUCCUUCUCUCCUUCCCUCUGUCCCUCCUUCUCUCCUUCCCUCUGUCCCUCCUUCUCUCCUUCCCUCUGUCCCUCCUUCUCUCCUUCCCUCUGUCCCUCCUUCUCUCCUUCCCUCUGUCCCUCCUUCUCUCCUUCCCUCUGUCCCUCCUUCUCUCCUUCCCUCUGUCUCUCCUUCCCUCUGUCCCUCCUUCUCUCCUUCCCUCUGUCCCUCCUUCUCUCCUUCCCUCUGUCCCCCCUUCUCUCCUUCCCUCUGUCCCUCCUUCUCUCCUUCUCUCUGUCCCUCCUUCUCCCCUUCCCUCUGUCCCUCCUUCUCUCCUUCCCUCUGUCCCUCCUUCUCUCCUUCCCUCUGUCCCUCCUUCUCUCCUUCCCUCUGUCCCUCCUUCUCUCCUUCUCUCCUUCCCUCUGUCCCUCCUUCUCUCCUUCCCUCUGUCCCUCCUUCUCUCCUUCUCUCCUUCCCUCUGUCCCUCCUUCUCUCCUUCCCUCUGUCCCUCCUUCUCUCCUUCUCUCCUUCCCUCUGUCCCUCCUUCUCUCCUUCCCUUCGUCCCCUGGUCAUCUCUCUGCGCCUCCUGUAUCCAGGCCAUAUAUAGUGCCAUACACACUCACCCACACCUACUCAGUUUUCUAGGCCACCUCUUGAGCUGGCCUGCCCCAGUCGGGGAGCUUCUAUCUGGGGCUGAACUAGCCAAGCCUCAGCCUGCCAACAUCCACCAAUGGCCAGUGCAGACAUGAUGAUGGUACGGUAUUGUAUUAUAUUAUGUUCAUCUAUAAGAGACAAUGAGGUGGAUCUCUCUCUCUCCCCCCUCUCUCGCACUCUCUCUAAUUGUGGUAAAUACUAAGUGGAUCCCAGUGGGAUGGUGACAAACGAGCUCCCAAGUCCUAAUGAGCAUUUAAUUGCAGCUGUUACCGCAAACCCAUACACCCAUACUAACACACACACACUCACACACUCUCCUUUCUGCAUCCCUAUAUAUCCCUCAUUAAUCCUGGCUAUGCAUUUCCUCUGGAUCUCUCUUGCCCUUUCUCUCUCCCGUUCUGUCUGUCUUCCUUUCUCUCUGCAGGGAAGUUGCAGAUUGUAGUGAUAGAAGGUCUUUGUUGCCGAACAGAUGCAUUUCUGAGGCCGUGAACGAAUUUCACCCACUAUCUCGAGAUGUUGACGGGGUGGACACACACCUCACGCGCACACACACACCUCACACACAAACAGCCACACACAGACACCCUUGACAAAUGGAUAAGGUUAUAUGGCUUCAACCAUUAGUGCUACUGCUAAACCAUACAGUCUUUUGUAGUUCUAAAGAGAUAUGAGUCAUCUCGAUGUAUCAUAAACGACCUGCUCUCUCAGACCAGGACACAUCUAUGAUUGAUCUCUAGGAGAAGUGGUUUAAAUGAGGUCAUACAGAUCUGGACGAUAGUGGGGGAGAGAAGGGAGAACAGUCAAUGUGACCUGGAGAAAUACAGGCCCUUGAAGAAAACUGGUGCAUCAAACUAUCUAGGUUCUACAUGAAAACAAACAACCAUGUAGUACUCAAAUCAAAUUUUAUUUGACACAUGCGCCGAAUACAACUGAUGUAGACUUGACAGUGAAAUUCUUGCUUACAGGGCCUCCCGAGUGGCGCAGUGGUCUAAGGCACUGCAUCGCUGUGCUAGCUGUGCCACUAGAGAUCCUGGUUCGGGUCCAGGCUCUGUCGCAGCCGGCCGCGACCGGGAGACCCAUGGGGGGGGCGCACAAUUUGGCCCAGCGUCAUCCAGGUUAGGAGAGGGUUUGGGGUAUGUGCAGGGGUAAUAGCUAUAUACAGGGAGUACCAGAUCAAUGUGCAGAGGCAAAAGCUAUAUACAGGGAGUACCAGUACCAGAUCAUUGUGCAGGGGUAAUAGUUAUAUACAGGGAGUACCAGUACCAGAUCAAUGUGCAGAGGUAAUAGCUAUAUACAGAGAGUACCAGUACCAGAUCAAUGUGCAGAGGUAAUAGCUAUAUACAGGGAGUACCAGUACCAGAUCAAUGUGCAGAGGUAAUAGCUAUAUACAGGGAGUACCAGUACCAGAUCAAUGUGCAGAGGUAAUAGCUAUAUACAGGGAGUACCAGUACCAGAUCAAUGUGCAGAGGUAAUAGCUAUAUACAGGGAGUACCAGUACCAGAUCAAUGUGCAGAGGUACGAGGUAUUUGAGGUAGAUGUGUACAUGAAGGUGGGGUAAAGUGACUAGGCAUCAGGAUACAUAAUAAUAAGAGUAAAAUAUAGAACAGAGUAGCAGCAGCAAAUGAUAAGUGUGAAAGUGUGUGUAUGUAUGUAUGUAUGUAUGUAUGUAUGUAUGUAUGUAUGUAUGUAUGUAUGUAUGUAUGUAUGUAUGUAUGUAUGUAUGUAUGUAUAUAUAUAUAUAUAUAUAUAUAUAUAUAUAUAUAUAUAUAUACAUACAUACAUACAUACAUACAUACAGUGGGGAAAAAAAGUAUUUAGUCAGCCACCAAUUGUGCAAGUUCUCCCACUUAAAAAGAUGAGAGAGGCCUGUAUUUUUCAUCAUAGGUACACGUCAACUAUGACAGACAAAUUGAGCAAAAAAAAUCCAGAAAAUCACAUUGUAGGAUUUUUUAUGAAUUUAUUUGCAAAUGAUGGUGGAAAAUAAGUAUUUGGUCACCUACAAACAAGCAAGAUUUCUGGCUCUCACAGACCUGUAACUUCUUCUUUACGAGGCUCCUCUGUCCUCCACUUGUUACCUGUAUUAAUAGCACCUGUUUGAACUUGUUAUCAGUAUAAAAGACACCUGUCCACAACCUCAAACAGUCACACUCCAAACUCCACUAUGGCCAAGACCAAAGAGCUGUCAAAGGACACCAGAAACAAAAUUGUAGACCUGCACCAGGCUGGGAAGACUGAAUCUGCAAUAGGUAAGCAGCUUGGUUUGAAGAAAUCAACUGUGGGAGCAAUUAUUAGGAAAUGGAAGACAUACAAGACCACUGAUAAUCUCCCUCGAUCUGGGGCUCCACGCAAGAUCUCACCCCGUGGGGUCAAAAUGAUCACAAGAACGGUGAGCAAAAAUCCCAGAACCACACGGGGGGACCUAGUGAAUGACCUGCAGAGAGCUGGGACCAAAGUAACAAAGCCUACCAUCAGUAACACACUACGCCGCCAGGGACUCAAAUCCUGCAGUGCCAGACGUGUCCCCCUGCUUAAGGCAGUACAUGUCCAGGCCCGUCUGAAGUUUGAUAGAGUGCAUUUGGAUGAUCCAGAAGAGGAUUGGGAGAAUGUCAUAUGGUCAGAUGAAACCAAAAUAGAACUUUUUGGUAAAAACUCAACUCGUCGUGUUUGGAGGACAAUGAAUGCUGAGUUGCAUCCAAAGAACACCAUACCUACUGUGAAGCAUGGGGGUGGAAACAUCAUGCUUUGGAGCUGUUUUUCUGCAAAGGGACCAGGACGACUGAUCCGUGUAAAGGAAAGAAUGAAUGGGGCCAUGUAUCGUGAGAUUUUGAGUGAAAACCUCCUUCCAUCAGCAAGGGCAUUGAAGAUGAAACGUGGCUGGGUCUUUCAGUAUGACAAUGAUCCCAAACACACCGCCUGGGCAACGAAGGAGUGGCUUCGUAAGAAGCAUUUCAAGGUCCUGGAGUGGCCUAGCCAGUCUCCAGAUCUCAACCCCAUAGAAAAUCUUUGGAGGGAGUUGAAAGUCCGUGUUGCCCAGUGACAGCCCCAAAACAUCACUGCUCUAGAGGAGAUCUGCAUGGAGGAAUGGGCCAAAAUACCAGCAACAGUGUGUGAAAACCUUGUGAAGACUUACAGAAAACGUUUGACCUGUGUCAUUGCCAACAACAGGUAUAUAACAAAGUAUUGAAAAACUUUUGUUAUUGACCAAAUACUUAUUUUCCACCAUAAUUUGCAAAUAAGUUCAUUAAAAAUCCUACAAUGUGAUUUUUUGGAUUUUUUUUUCUCAUUUUGUCUGUCAUAGUUGACGUGUACCUAUGAUGAAAAUUACAGGCCUCUCUCAUCUUUUUAAGUGGGAGAACUUGCACAAUUGGUGGCUGACUAAAUACUUUUUUUCCCCACUGUACAUACAUACAUACAUACAUACAUACAUACAUACAUACAUACAUGUGUAUAUAUGUAUGUAUAUAUAUACACACACAGUGGGGAGAACAAGUAUUUGAUACACUGCCGAUUUUGCAGGUUUUCCUACUUACAAAGCAUGUAGAGGUCUGUAAUUUUUAUCAUAGGUACACUUCAACUGUGAGAGACGGAAUCUAAAACAAAAAUCCAGAAAAUCACAUUGUAUGAUUUUUAAGUAAUUAAUUUGCAUUUUAUUGCAUGACAUAAGUAUUUGAUACAUCAGAAAAGCAGAACUUAAUAUUUGGUACAGAAACCUUUGUUUGCAAUUACAGAGAUCAUACGUUUCCUGUAGGUCUUGACCAGGUUUGCACACACUGCAGCAGGGAUUUUGGCCCACUCCUCCAUACAGACCUUCUCCAGAUCCUUCAGGUUUCGGGGCUGUCGCUGGGCAAUACGGACUUUCAGCUCCCUCCAAAGAUUUUCUAUUGGGUUCAGGUCUGGAGACUGGCUAGGCCACUCCAGGACCUUGAUAUGCUUCUUACGGAGCCACUCCUUAGUUGCCCUGGCUGUGUGUUUCGGGUCGUUGUCAUGCUGGAAGACCCAGCCACGACCCAUCUUCAAUGCUCUUACUGAGGGAAGGAGGUUGUUGGCCAAGAUCUCGCGAUACAUGGCCCCAUCCAUCCUCCCCUCAAUACGGUGCAGUCAUCCUCUCCCCUUUGCAGAAAAGCAUCCCCAAAGAAUGAUGUUUCCACCUCCAUGCUUCACGGUUGGGAUGGUGUUCUUGGGGUUGUACUCAACCUUCUUCUUCCUCCAAACACGGCGAGUGGAGUUUAUACCAAAAAGCUCUAUUUUUGUCUCAUCAGACCACAUGACCUUCUCCCAUUCCUCCUCUGGAUCAUCCAGAUGGUCAUUGGCAAACUUCAGAUGGGCCUGGACAUGCGCUGGCUUGAGCAGGGGGACCUUGCGUGCGCUGCAGGAUUUUAAUCCAUGACGGCGUAGUGUGUUACUAAUGGUUUUCUUUGAGACUGUGGUCCCAGCUCUCUUCAGGUCAUUGACCAGGUCCUGCCGUGUAGUUCUGGGCUGAUCCCUCACCUUCCUCAUGAUCAUUGAUGCCCCACGAAGUGAGAUCUUGCAUGGAGCCCCAGACCGAGGGUGAUUGACCGUCAUCUUGAACUUCUUCCAUUUUCUAAUAAUUGCGCCAACAGUUGUUGCCUUCUCACCAAGCUGCUUGCCUAUUGUCCUGUAGCCCAUCCCAGCCUUGUGCAGGUCUACAAUUUUAUCCCUGAUGUCCUUACACAGCUCUCUGGUCUUGGCCAUUGUGGAGAGGUUGGAGUCUGUUUGAUUGAGUGUGUGGACAGGUGUCUUUUAUACAGGUAACGAGUUCAAACAGGUGCAGUUAAUACAGGUAAUGAGUGGAGAACAGGAGGGCUUCUUAAAGAAAAACUAACAGGUCUGUGAGAGCCGGUUGGUAGGUGAUCAAAUACUUAUGUCAUGCAAUAAAAUGCAAAUUAAUUACUUAAAAAUCAUACAAUGUGAUUUUCUAGAUUUUUGUCUCUCACAGUUGAAGUGUACCUAUGAUAAAAAUUACAGACCUCUACAUGCUUUGUAAGUAGGAAAACCUGCAAAAUCGGCAGUGUAUCAAAUACUUGUUCUCCCCACUGUAUGUAUGUAUGUAUAUGUGUGUGUGUGUGUGUGUGUGUGUGUGUGUGUAUAUGUAUGUAUGUGUAUAUAUAUAUAUAUAUAUAUGACAUAUACACUGCUCAAAAAAAUAAAGGGAACACUUAAACAACACAAUGUAACUCCAAGUCAAUCACACUUCUGUGAAAUCAAACUGUCCACUUAGGAAGCAACACUGAUUGACAAUACAUUUCACAUGCUGUUGUGCAAAUGGAAUAGACAACAGGUGGAAAUUAUAGGCAAUUAGCAAGACACCCCCAAUAAAGGACUGGUUUUGCAGGUGGUGACCACAGACCACUUCUCAGUUCCUAUGCUUCCUGGCUGAUGUUUUGGUCACUUUUGAAUGCUGGCGGUGCUUUCACUCUAGUGGUAGCAUGAGACGGAGUCUACAACCCACACAAGUGGCUCAGGUAGUGCAGCUCAUCCAGGAUGGCACAUCAAUGCGAGCUGUGGCAAUAAGGUUUGCUGUCUCUGUCAGCGUAGUGUCCAGAGCAUGGAGGCGCUACCAGGAGACAGGCCAGUACAUCAGGAGACGUGGAGGAGGCCGUAGGAGGGCAACAACCCAGCAGCAGGACUGCUACCUCCGCCUUUGUGCAAGGAGGAGCAGGAGGAGCACUGCCAGAGCCCUGCAAAAUGACCUCCAGCAGGCCACAAAUGUGCAUGUGUCUGCUCAAACAGUCAGAAACAGACUCCAUGAGGGUGGUAUGAGGGCCCGACGUCCACAGGUGGGGGUUGUGCUUACAGCCCAACACUGUGCAGGACGUUUGGCAUUUGCCAGAGAACACCAAGAUUGGCAAAUUCGCCACUGGCGCCCUGUGCUCUUCACAGAUGAAAGCAGGUUCACACUGAGCACAUAUGACAGACGUGACAGAGUCUGGAGACGCCGUGGAGAACGUUCUGCUGCCUGCAACAUCCUCCAGCAUGACCGGUUUGGCGGUGGGUCAGUCAUGGUGUGGGGUGGCAUUUCUUUGGGGGGCCGCACAGCCCUCCAUGUGCUCGCCAGAGGUAGCCUGACUGCCAUUCGGUACCGAGAUGAGAUCCUCAGACCCCUUGUGAGACCAUAUGCUGGUGCGGUUGGCCCUGGGUUCCUCCUAAUGCAAGACAAUGCUAGACCUCAUGUGGCUGGAGUGUGUCAGCAGUUCCUGCAAGAGGAAGGCAUUGAUGCUAUGGACUGGCCCGCCCGUUCCCCAGACCUGAAUCCAAUUGAGCACAUCUGGGACAUCAUGUCUCGCUCCAUCCACCAACGCCACGUUGCACCACAGACUGUCCAGGAGUUGGCGGAUGCUUUAGUCCAGGUCUUGGAGGAGAUCCCUCAGGAGACCAUCCGCCACCUCAUCAGGAGCAUGCCCAGGCGUUGUAGGGAGGUCAUACAGGCACGUGGAGGCCACACACACUACUGAGCCUCAUUUUGACUUGUUUUAAGGACAUUACAUCAAAGUUGGAUCAGCCUGUAGUGUGGUUUUCCACUUUAAUUUUGAGGGUGACUCCAAAUCCAGACCUCCAUGAGUUGAUACAUUUGAUUUCCAUUGAUAAUUUUUGUGUGAUUUUGUUGUCAGCACAUUCAACUAUGUAAAGAAAAAAGUAUUUAAUAAGAUUAUUUCAUUCAUUCAGAUCUAGGAUGUGUUAUUUUAGUGUUCCCUUUAUUUUUUUGAGCAGUGUAUAUACUACCAUUCAAAAGUUUGGGGUCACUUAGAAAUGUCCUUGUUUUCUAAAUAAAAUAAAAUAGUCUUAAAAUAACAUCAAAUUGAUCAGAAAUACAUUGUUAAUGUUGUAAAUGGCUAUUGUAGCUGGAAAUGGCUGAUUUAAAAAAAAAAUGGAUUAUCUACAUAGGCGUACAGAGGCCCAUUAUCAGCAACCAUCAGUCCUGUGUUCCAAUGGCAUGCUGUGUUUGCUAAUCCAAGCUGAUCAUUUUAAAAAGCUAAUUGAUCAUUAGAAAACCCUUUUGCAAUUUAUGUUAGCACAGCUGAAAACCGUUGUGCUGAUUAAAGAAGCAAUAAAACUGGCCUUAUUGAGACUAGUUGAGUAUCUGGAGAAUCAGCAAUUGUGGGUUCGAUUACAGGCUCAAAAUGGCCAGAAACAAAUAACUUUCUUCUGAAACUCAUCAGUCUAUUCUUGUUCUGAGAAAUGAAGGCUAUUCCAUGCGAGAAAUUGCCAAGAAACUGAAGAUCUCGUACAACGCUGUGUACUACUCCCUUCACAGAACAGCGUAAACUGGCUCUAACCAGAAUAGAAAGAGGAGUGGGAGGCCCCGGUGCACAACUGAGCAAGAGGACAAAUAUAUUAGUGUCUAGUUUUGAGAAACAGACGCCUCACAGGUCCUCAACUGGCAGCUUCAUUAAAUAGUACCCGCAAAACACCAGUCUCAAUGUCAACAGUGAAGAGGCGACUCCGGGAUGCUGACCUUCUAGGCAGAGUUGCAAAGAAAAAGUCCAGUCUCUGUGUUCUUUUGCCCAUCUUUUAUUUUUAUUGGCCAGUCUGAGAUAUGGCUUUUUCUUUGCAACUCUGAAGGUCAGCAUCCCAGAGUCGCCUCUUCACUGUUGACAUUGAGACUGGUGUUUUUCCGGGUACUAUUUAAUGAAGCUGCCAGUUGAGGACCUGGCAUACUUCCAAAGUUGUGGCAAUAUGGCUUAAGGACAACAAAGUCAAGGUAUUGGAGUGGCCAUCACAACCCUGACCUCAAUCCUAUAGAAUAUUUGGGGCAGAACAAAAGCUUGCGAGCAAGGAGGCCGACAAACCUGACUCAGGUUCUACCAGCUCUGUCAGGAGGAAUGGGCCAAAAAUUCCCACCCAACUUAUUGUGGGAAGCUUGUGAAGGCCCCAAAACGUUUGACCCAAGUUAACAUUUAAGGCAAUGCUACAAAUACUAUUGAGUGUAUGUAACUUUGACCCACGGGAAUGGUGCUGAAUAAUAAAAGCUAAAUAAUCAUCUCUCUCUACUAUUAUUCUGACAUUUCACAUUCUUAAAAAGUGGUGAUCCUAACUGACCUAAGACAGGGAAUUUACUAUGAUAAUGCCCGGAAUUGUGAAAACUGAGUUUAAAUGUACAGUGAGGAAAAAGUAUUUGAUCCCCUGCUGAUUUUGUACGUUUGGGCCCACUGACAAAGACUGAUCAGUCUAUAUUUUAAUGUAGGUUAUUUGACAGUGGAGAGACAGAAUAACAACAAAAAAAUCCAGAGAAACGCAUGUAAAAAAUGUUAUAAAUUGAUUAGCAUUUUAAUGAGGGAAAUAAGUAUUUGACCCCCUCUCAAUCAGAAAGAUUUCUGGCUCCCAGGUGUCUUUUAUACAGGUAACGAGCUGAGAUUAGGAGCACACUCUUAAAUCUCAGCUUGUUACCUGUAUAAAAGACGCCUGUCCACAGAAUCAAUCAAUCAAUCAGAUUCCAAACUCUCCACCAUGGCCAAGAUCAAAGAGCUCUCCAAGGAUGUCGGGACAAGACUGUAGACCUACACAAGGCUGGAAUGGGCUACAAGGCCAUCGCCAAGCAGCUUGGUGAGAAGGUGACAACAGUUGGUGCGAUUAUUCGCAAAUGAAAGAAACACAAAAUAAUUGUCAAUCUCCCUUGGCCUUGGGCUCCAUGCCAAAUCUCACCUCGUGGAGUUGCAAUGAUCAUGAGAACGGUGAGGAAUCAGCCCAGAACUACACAGGAGGAUCUUGUCAAUGAUCUCAAGGUAGCUGGGACCAUAGUCACCAAGAAAACAAUUGGUAACACACUACGCCGUGAAGGACUGAAAUCCUGCAGCGCCCGCAAGGUCCCCCUGCUCGAGAAAGCACAUAUACAGGCCCGUCUGAAGUUUGCCAAUGAACAUUUGAAUGAUUCAGAGGAGAACUGGGUGAAAGUGUUGUGGUCCGAUGAGACCAAAAUGGAGCUCUUUGCCAUCAACUCAACUCGCCGUGUUUGGAGGAGGAGGAAUGCUGCCUAUGACCCCAAGAACACCAUCCCCACCGUCAAACAUGGAGUUGGAAACAUUAUGCUUGGGGUUGUUUUUCUGCUAAGGGGACAGGACAACUUCACCGCAUCAAAGGGACGAUGGACGGGGCCAUGUACCGUCAAAUCUUGAGUGAGAACCUCCUUCCCUCAGCCAGGGCAUUGAAAAUGGGUCGUGGAUGGGUAUUCCAGCAUGACAAUGACCCAAAACACACAGCCAAGGCAACAAAGGAGUUGCUCAUCAAGAAGAAGCACAUUAAGGUCCUGGAGUGGCCUAGCCAGUCUCCAGACCUUAAUCCCACAGAAAAUCUAUAGAGGGAGCUGAAGGUUCAAGUUGCCAAACGUCAGCCUCGAAACCUUAAUGACUUGGAGAAGAUCUGCAAAGAGGAGUGGGACAAAAUCCCUCCUGAGAUGUGUGCAAACCUGGUGGCCAACUACAAGAAACGUCUGACCUCUGUGAUUGCCAACAAGGGUUUUGCCACCAAGUACUAAGUCAUGUUUUGCAGAGGGGUCAAAUACUUAUUUCCCUCAUUAAAAUGCAAAUCAAUUUAUAACAUUUUUGACAUGCGUUUUUCUGGAUUUUGUUGUUGUUAUUCUGUCUCUCAUUGUUCAAAUAAACCUACCAUUACAAUUAUAGACUGAUCAUGUCUUUGUCAGUGGGCAAACAUACAAAAUCAGCAGGGGAUCAAAUACUUUUUUCCCUCACUGUAUUUGUAUAAGGUGUAUAUAAACUUCCGACUUAAACUGUAUAUAGCGAGUGUGCGUAAGGUCAGUGCAAGAUGGUCUAUUUAGCAGUCUGGCUAUUAAUUGACUAUUUAGCAGUCUGGCUAUUUAGCAGUCUGGCUAUUAAUUGACUAUUUAGCAGUCUGGCUAUUUAGCAGUCUUAUGUCUUGCGGGUAGAAGCUGUCUCGGAGCCUGUUGGUCCGAGAUCCGAUGCUCCGGUACCGUUUGCUGUAGCAGAGUGAACAGUCUAUGGCUUGGGUGGCUGGAGUCUUUGCCAAUUUUUCUUCGGGCCUUCCUCUGACACUGCCUGAUAUAGAGGCCCAGUCCUGUACUAGGCUGUCCGCACCAUACUCUGUGUAGCGCUUUGUGGUCAAGGGCGGUGCAUUUGCCAUACCUAGCGGUGAUGCAGCCAGUCAAGAUGCUCCCGAUGGUGCAACGGUAUAACUUUUUGAGGGGCCGCACCGAGGGGGUGUGUGGACCAUGUUAUUAAGUCUGGGGUUUUCCUCUUGCUUACUUACUAUUAAAUUAAGAAAACAUUUCCAUGGUUACAGUUGCAUAAUAUAAGAUCGGUGUACGCUAAGCGGAAGCACAGCUCUGAUCCAGAAUAUUUUUCCCAAUAGCUGUCCAACGCCUGCUCUGUGAUUUGGCUCUCGUUCUCUUUUUCUCUCUCUUGCUCGCCCUCUCUCUGUUGCUUGCCCUCUCUCUCGCUCGCCCUCCCUCUCUCUCUCUCUUUCUUAGCACUGGGUGUCCUAGAUCCUGAGUUCUGUUACAGCACCUUAGGGAGCCAGGCGAGGAGGGGUGGGUUUGGGCUGGGAGAACUGGGUGUUGUCAUUGAAGUCACAGUUGUCCUGUAUUAGCGACACACUUCGGCUGAAACAUAAUACAGGUAGCCAAGGCUGCAGAUCAGUUUAAUAAAUAGUUAUGGAGAGAAUGAGGGGGAAGAGAGAGAGAGAAGUGUGGGUUAUAGGUUGGAGUGGUGUCUGUAUAUACGUACUAACUACUGUAUGUCCUUCUAUUAAAUCGUGACCACUGGUGUGAUAGUGAAUAAAGCCUUUGACUGUGUUCCCCCAUAUCUGUGUGUGCUUCAGAGUGAGGUUUGAUGUGAUGCAGUGCGAGAGCUCCUGUUCCCAUUCGUUACCUCUAGGACUUGAUCCAAUUAACACAUGCACAUGCACACACACACUAUCCACCCUGGCCACAGUGCUGCCUAGUUAAUCUUACCCUUGACCUGCUCACACAGUAACUGUCAAAGGGGUUUUGAGUUCAGUGCUGGGCUCCUAGGAGAGGAGCAGUCUAUCACAUGAUGCCUGUAGGAAAUUAAGGGUCUGCAUUGCAUUAAGCUCUGACUCACUUCAGAAUUAGACGUUCAUCCAUGUUUCUCAAACAUCACAUUUCGAAGUUGUUCCAAACGUCAAAUUUCAAAGUAUUUAAGGCUAAGUUUAGGCAUUAACUCCGAAAUCUUAAGGUUAGGCAUUAACUUCAAAUGGUUAAGGUUUGGGAUAGGCUUAAAAAACACAACAAAAACGUUUCAUCACUGGAUUCAAACAUGCAACCUUUUGGUUUAAAGGCAGAUGCUUACACCCAUCCGCCAUCCCCGUCCACAACUCCUUUUCAAAACCGAAACCUACUUGAAGGUAACAGCGCUCACUGUUGCCCCUUGUGGCCGGUUUCCAAUUCAUCUCCCGACGUCCUCAGACAUGGAUGGAUGUCGAAUACUGACUUGUAUCACGGGUGACCUGGCUGCUGCAUUGACGUUCUGUGUCUGAGGAUUUGGGCUAGAUUAUUCUCAAUCCCCCAAUCCCUCCCCUCUAUGGUCCAUUUGGUUUAGGAAGUGCUGUGUCAGGAUAUCUCCCCAUGUUGAAGUGUUUGGAUGCCCUUCCUCGCUUAGACCUAUUUACUGGAUUUGGUUAUGUGUUACUUCAUCUGGAUUUGGUUAUGUGUUACUUCAUCUGGAUUUGGUUAUGUGUUACUUCAUCUGGAUUUGGUUAUGUGUUACUUCAUCUGGAUUUGGUUAUGUGUUACUUCAUCUGGAUUUGGUUAUGUGUUACUUCAUCUGGAUUUGGUUAUGUGUUACUUCAUCUGUGUGUGUGUGUGGGUUUAAGUAGGUAUUACUCUGGUUUUUCUCUUGUUUUUUGUGUGUUCACUUAUGUGUGUUCAUAUUAGUGCCGGGACAAUACCAGUAUCGCAAUAUUUCUUCCAUGUCAAAAAUGUAAACACGAAGCAGACCAAACUCUUUGGUCCUUUAAAAACCUGCUGUAUGUAAAAUAUUGUGUGCUAUAGCUUGGAAAAUAAAUACAUGGGAGACUGGAUGACAACAUGAUGUUUGUUUCCAACGUUAAGGCUGUUGUCCUAAAGAAGUGAAAUCUGCUUUGUGUUUUUGUUUCCUUGCCACAAUACUAACAAGUAUCGCGAUACUGAUAUCGUCCCGGCCCUAGUGCGUAUGUGUGUUUUUAUGUGUAUGCAUGCCUGUGUGUGUGUCUGUCAAUGUCAGUGAGUAUAUGUGCUUGCAUGGGGUGUGUCUUUGUAUGUGUGUUAUGCAUGUGUGUCAUAGUUUUUAUUUGCGCGCGUGCAGUUUGUGUGUGUGUGUAAAAGUCUAAAAGUGGAUCUUUAAGAGCAGUCUGGCCGUCUGUGUAGAUAACCUCUCAUUAAAUAGACGUGUGACCUCACACUCAGUGGUUUGGUCUGGUCGCCCAGCCAACACACUGAUGUAAGCCCAUCAACUAGACAUAAAGUACUGCUAGUCUACUGGAAUACUGAGACCGAUGGGCCUACUCUAUAGCCUCUCAUAUACUGUAUAGUCAUUAGGUCUCUCAAAGGCCAGGCUGUUUCAUAGAGGGUCUGUCUCUCUAAUGGUGUUGGUUUCUCUUUUUUGAAUGGCCCGCUGUUGAUCAUACUGUCACAAUGGAUGAUGUGUGAUGAGAUUAUUUUAUGGUACUUGUGUGGUAAAACCAAAGGCUAUUGUCUAUAUUUGGGUGGACAAAAAAGUGACAUUCUACUUGUGGGGUAAGUUGAGCAAUUAUUUACAUUGCGCAUCACUCCGUCAAGGGAAAUAUAGUAUUAUUUCUAACAAAGUUAUCUACAUAUAACACUGAGUGUACAACAUAUUAGGAACACCUUAACGUUGCAGUUCUUGACACACUCAAACCGGUGCGCCUGGCAUCGAUCACCAUAACCCGUUCAAAGGCACUUAAAUCUUUUGUCUUGCCCAUUCACCCUGUGAAUGGCACACAUACACAAUCCAUGUCUCAAUUUUCUCAAGGCUUAAAAAUCAUUCUAUAACCUGUCUCCUCCCCUUCAUCUACACUGACUGAAGUGGAUUUAACAAGUGACAUCAAUAAAGGAUCAUACGCUACAUGACCAAAAGUAUGUGGACACCUGCUCGUCAAAUAUCUCAUUCCAAAAUCAUGGGCAUUAAUACGGAGUUGGUCCCCCCUUUGCUGCUAUAACAGCCUCCACUUUUCUGGGAAGGCUUUCCACUAGAUGUUGAAACAUUGCUGCGGGGACUUGCUUCCAUUCAGCCACAAGCAUUAGUGAGGUCGGGCACUGUCGUUGGCCGAUUAGGCCUGGCUCGCAGUCUGCAUUCAAAUUCAUCCCAAAGGUGUUCGAUGGGUUUGAGGUCAGGGCUCUGUGCAGGCCAGUCAAGUGCUUCCACACCGAUCUCAACAAACCAUUUCUGUAUGGACCUCGCUUUGUGAACUGGGGCAUUGUCAUACUGAAACAGGAAAGGGCCUUCCAACUUUGUGGCAACAGUUUGGGGAAGCACAGAAUCGUCUAGAAUGUUAUUGUAUGCUGUAGCAUUAAGAUUUCCCUUCACUGGAACUAAGGGGCCUAGCCCGAACCAUGAAAAGAGCCCCAGACCAUUAUUCCUCCUCCACCAAACUUUACAGUUGGCACUAUGCAUUCGGGCAGGUAGCGUUCUCCUUGUAUCCGCCAAACCCAGAUUUGUCUGUCGGACUACCAGAUGGUGAAGGAUGAUUCAUCACUCCAGAGAACGCAUUUCCACUGCUCCAGAGUCCAAUGGCGGCGAGCUUAACACCACUCCAGCUGACGCUUGGAAUUGUGAUCUUAGGCUUGUGUGCGGCUGCUCUGCCAUGAAAACCCAUUUCAUGAAGCUCCCAACAAACAGUUCUUGUGCUGACGUUGCUUCGAGGUAGUUUGGAACUCGGUAGUGAGUGUUGCAACCGAGGACAGACUAUUUUUACGCGCUACGCACUUCAGCACUCUGCUGUCCCGUUCUGUGAGCUUGUGUGGCCUACCACUUCACAAUAACAGCACUUACAGUUGACUGGGGCAGCUCUAGCAGGAUAGAAAUUUGACGAACUGACUUGUUGGAAAGGUGGCAUCCUAUGACGGUACCACGUUGAAAGUCACUGAGCUCUUCAGUAAGGCCAUUCUACUGCCAAUGUUUGUCUAUGGAGAUUGCAUGGCUGUGUACUCGAUUUUAUACACCUGUCAGCAAAGGGUGUGGCUGAAAUAGCCGAAUCCACUAAUUUGAAAGGGUGUCCACACACUUUUAUAUAUAAAGUGUAGCUUUCACCUGCAUUCACCCGGUCAGUCUAUGUCAUGGAAAGAGCAAGUAUUCCUAAUGUUUUGUCCACUCAGUAUAUUUCAGGAUAUUAUUUGGUCAAAUGAUCAAUUUUGUGUAUGGUUUCCUAGAAGCAAGGGUGGCUCAACUUACCCCUUUGACUCAAUUUAUCUCACUCUCCCCUACUCUGAAUCAUGGCUAACAAAGUCCACACAUCAGCAUAAGCAUGUCUCUGUGCUGUGAAUAACUUUGGGGUAUAUUGCUACUGCAGAGAAGGGCUUGCUCCCUCUGUGGCCUGUUCUGGUCAGAAAAUCCACCGUUUCCCCCUCAUUUGGGAGAGGGAGAGGAAGAAUGAGAGCGGGAGGGAACGCUAAAGAGAGAGAGGGAGAGCAAGUUUCUUUUGGUACUGUAAAUAAUAGCCCCUGUUUGAGUUGGACAGCUUUCAGGGCUCCUUUUGUUCACAAUGACAUCUUAGGUUCCCUGAAGGCCUGGAGGGGAGGGCAGCAGAGGGCCCCCCCCAAUACUGUAGGUGAAAAGCAAACUGACAACAUUCCCCGGCUUCUUGAUCUGAGGCAUGCGCAUACAUGCAUAAAUACAUGGGCGCACACACGCUAUCAAACAGUAGCACACAUACAUACGGUUUUAGCUUUACCCCCUCUUCACCACCAGCAAAUGGAGGAAGCUUCACCCCACCUCCCUAAAACUCGUUUUGGACAGGAUUUCUGAGUAGAAGGCUGUUUUCAUGAGAACAGCUCUGUGGUAGCAUUGUGGCCUUCUCUCUGUUCUACACUGUAAUAUAGACUUAAGGUUUUUAAUUUUAAUAGCAAACACAUGGGUUCCCUCCAAUGCCCAAUUACACAUCUAUAGUGUGGUGGAUUUGAGAGGGACUUAGUACUCCCUAGUUAGUAGUGGUUUAAAAAAAGAAAAUGUCCCCAAACUGGUGCUCUGUGAUUUUCGAGCGUGCAUGCUUGGCCUGAAAUGGUCGACCACUUCACUUUAAACUUUGCUUACUCAUUCAAUGACGUUAUCUCUUUAUACUGCUAUCACACACAGUCUAAUUCCAAAGUUCAUCAUAAUCUGACAUGAGCUCAUUCAGCAGAACCAGGAAGUAAACAAUGAGACGUGUUAAACGACACCAUCAUCAGAACACAGCAUGAGAAUGGAAAAUCCCAGAUUAGACAGAUAAAGGAGUGGGGUUUCGACUGACUCCUCCGGAGGGAAACUGCUACUAAACGGAGAUGAUUCAUGUCCCAGGUGGAUGACAUCACUUCCUGUUUGACUCCUUAAUCUCCAAACAUCCGGAGCGGGACAGGAAGGGUUGGGGAGGCGUUUCCUGUGGAAGGUUGGGGCGAGUUCGAGGCUGUUAUUCGCUCCUCAUUACAUCUACAUUAGGGGUUUAUUUUGACUGGCCACUGAUUUUCCACCAAUACCACCUCUAGUGUGCUGCAAUGUCCCGCCUCUCUGUGACAAACACAUGUGCGCAGCCAAUGACGGUGGGUGCCUUUUACUCCUACACUCCUAACCUACUUUACAUGGUAAAUGCCUCUCCCAAUGCAUCUAUAUUCCCGGAUGGUGCAUGUGUAAGGUAGAUCGUAUGAAAUAAGUAGUCAAAAUAUUGUGUAAAUGAAUGCACUAUCUGCCUCUCUGUAGGUCAUUCUAGUAUUCCCCUCAUAAUAGGACCCUUGGGGCAUCUCCAUUCCACCCCCCCAGGAGCAGUCCUUAUUGUAUUGUUUAGGUUAUAUAAUCACUCCCCAUCUUUGGCAUCCUGUGUUGUGCUAAUACAUUAUUCUGUAGCCCAACCAAGGACAUUGCCCAAGGAUGUCAUACGGAGCAGCUAAUCUCUAUCAUCCUCCUCAUCUCUAGUAGCUCUGGGGUAUUGUGUGUCGUAUAGGCCUGGCACAAUUACCGUAUCAUCGGGUAACCGUUGAUUAUGGAGUAAAAUAACAGUCAUAACAGUCAUUUUUUGGGGGGGCUUACAGCUGACUGUAGACGGGACGGCCCGGUAUUCGUGCGGUUGAGUCCUUUUCCGCGUUAACAUGGAUUCUUUACAACGUGAUGAAGCUUUGUUGCUCCUUGCUCAAACAAGCAAGGUAUUGUAGCAAACAAGUCUUUGGUUGCCUAGGCACUGCCCCCUCCCUGCAGUCAGGAGUGGAGUCAGGAGUGGAGGAGAGGAGAAAAUGUGCGUGGUAUUCAAACGAUUUAUAACUUGACCGCGGUCAUCUGGCUGACCAAUAACAGUCAUCCAAAAUUCCAUGAACGUCACAGCAUUAGUGUCGUACACAUAUAGGUAUAUGUGUUUUUAAAGACAGUGUUUGUACUAUGUGAGUGUAGGGUGUUGUGUAUUGUGAGUGUAGGGUGUUGUGUAUUGUGAGUGUAGGGUGUAUUGUGAGUGUUAUUCCCUGCUCUCUGGGUGUGGCAGCCUGGUGAUUAUACAGGUUAAGAUAACAGCUGGUGACCCAUAUCCGACCUGCCCACAGAGUAUGGAUGGCCAUGGUCGGGCACCACAGACUAUAUGUCAUAGUCAAUGGUUAACAUUACUUACUGUAGUGAGUGUGUGUGUGUGAGACACACGCAUGUGCGUACAUACAGUGCAUGAGUGAUUUCCCCAGAAGGAUAACAUUGUCCAUUCCAAGGACAGUUUCAUAUUCCUAGAAAAUGAAAAUCCUUCACAGAGAGGACAUGGAAAUGAGGAAGUGAACUGGUGUUGGGAACUGACAGGGCUGUGAGGUAUCUGAAUCCCAGGCAGCCUGGUUGAAGUCAGGAGUGAGGAACGCCAUUGGCUCUCAGUGAGGGGACUUUCCUCUGGCCUGGCUGUGCACACUGCACUGAGGAUCCAGAACAAUGAGUCCCUACUACUCACACUCAAUUCAUUCAGAUAUGCAGGUAUGCGUACUUACACACACUUAUUCAUAUUCACUCACUCAUCAAGUUGUAAUGGAUCUGAACAGUUUGCUCCUAACUCUGCAAGUUCAACUGUUCAAGUCCAACUGUCUAAUGUAAUCUUUAUUUUCUAACCCUGCACUCCAAAACUGAGUCAGGAAUUGGGAGCAAUGGUGGUAGAGAGAUAGUGUUUGGGAGUGGUAGAGACCGAUAUUGGGACAGAAACAAUGGUAGAGAGAGGGAGGGAUUAGACUGAUCUGGUGCCGUGUCUCAGGGUUCUGGGUAAUGUGACCCAGUUGUGGUCUUUAUUUUUAGGGGAGGAAGAGACUGCUGCUGCUCGUCCUGGGGCUGUCCUCGAUAUCUCUCACCCUCUCACCCUUUCUCACUACCGAUCUCCAUUUUUUAUUUUUUUGCUAUCCACUCUCUCAUCCCUGACUUUUUAACUCUUAUAACUCAUUUGAAAUCCUUCAAUCCCUCUCUCCUUGUGCUUUCAUUGACAACCUCUUUCUCUCUCACUGUAAUUUAUAUCAUUUGUGCCGCCUGCAGUGUUGGCUGUUCUCCAGUUCUCCCAAUGAUAAUGAAUCCCUUAGCGUGUGUGUGUGUGUGUGUGUGUGUGUGUGUGUGUGUGUGUUACGAACAGAGAGGGCAGCGAGAAAGACAGAGAGGGGGGGGGGGGGGGGGGUGAGUGAGAGAGGGGGAGUGUGAGUGCGAGAAGGAGUGUGUGUGUUAGUGAGGGAGGGGGAGUGUGUGAGAGAAGGAGUGUGUGAGAGAAGGAGUGUGUGAGAGAGGGUGAGUGUGAGAGAGGGUGAGGGUAAGUGUGAGAGAGAGGGUGAGAGAGAGGGAGGGUGUCUAUUCUUUUGGAACUUUUGUGAGUGUGAUGUUUACUGUUCAUUUGUUAUUGUUUAUUUCACUUUUGUUUAUUAUCUAUUUCACUUGCUUUGGCAAACAUAUGUUUCCCAUGCCAAUAAAGCCCAUUGAGUUGAAAUUUGAGAGUGUGUGAUGGAGAGAGAGUGUGAGAUGGGGAGAGAGUGUGUGAUGGGGAGAGAGUGUGUGAUGGGGAGAGAGUGUGUGAUGGGGAGAGAGUGUGUGAUGGGGAGAGAGUGUGUGAUGGGGAGAGAGUGUGUGAUGGGGAGAGAGUGUGUGAUGGGGAGAGAGUGUGUGAUGGGGAGAGAGAGCGAGAGCUCUCUCUUGCAGCAGUAAUUGGUCAGGAUGUGGGCUGGCUGGACACGCGCUCCCUUUUCUCUUCCCUCCCAGUCCACUCCUUUCUGCUCACUUCUCUCUCUCUGAGCUGACUGACCUCAUAGAGGUGGAGACCUGUCUUUCCACUGACCAUCCCAAUAUACAGAAUAGCUCUCCGCUUUAGAGCGUGGACGUGUUUUAGUGUGUGUGUGUGAGGCAAAACUUCCCGAUGCAUGGAGAUGGAACUAAACAGUUAAAGGAUACUGGGAUAUAAUCAGCGGCUGGCUGCCUAGAGGAAAGACUAGCCGUUGGAACAGUCUCAAAGGUGAGGAGGGACUUCCUAACGCUGUUGUUUUGUAAUAUUGCUAUAUACUGUACACUUAUGCUGUGUGACUAUGAAUCAGACUUUGUCAGAGAGAUUCACAGCAGAGGUAUUUUUGAUACUGUGUAGCAGUUUUAAAGUAGUGAAUUUGUAAGGCUGAAAUAUGUGAUGCAGCUUCUGUGCUGAAGCUGAUCUCAACAUGACUCUCCUGUACAUUAACUCUAGACAUGGUUUUCCCCUUCCAGAGUCUCUGUGUUCAUUUAUUCAUCAUUAUGGUGGUUGAUGUGCCUGGGCUGCACUGAUCUGAAAUGACUCUGUCCAAGGUUUUAAUUUAGCCUGGAGCUAAUGGUAGUCUUGGAUCCCCCUUUAAUUAGAUGGCAGUCCAUUGGUCUUAUAGCGAUGAUAGACGCUAUCCUCUCUUCUGCAGAUAAGGUGAAGGUGUGUGUGUUUGUGUAUCACUGUCUAGUGUCUACUAGUUUCCAACAGUGUAUACAUCCUUCUGGUUCUCUGAAGCUUCAUGUUUGUGUUUUGAUCACGCGGGGCUGCAGUUUGGCAGGUACAGUAUCCUAUGUUUAGAGUGCCAGGAUGUGUGUGUGUGAUGGAGGGUUGUCGUAGGAUAAUAUAAUGAGAUGUUAGUGGGUUUUCUGUCUUGUUUUAUUGAAAUGGAAUGAAGAUGUGGUUCUGGGUCUUCUACACGUUCUAAGCCCUCUAUGAAAGAAAUGUGAGUGAGUUGUUUGAAAUUGUUGAUUUUGAGGAUGAUGAUGGAUUGAUAGGGGUUUGGGCUAUUUUCGUCAUGUUGAGGUUGUUGUUGUUGUCUGUCAAUCCCAGACUCUAGUAUCUCACCUUUUGAACACUAGUGUGUGUUUGUUUGUGGUUGUGUGUGUGUGUGCGCGCGGGUCCUUAUUGUGAGAGGGCUAACUGGGACAACCAGCCUAACUGCGUCACACACGGAGGAGGAGAGAACAACUUGAAAAGUACUUUGUCUUUGGAUCAUAUUUAGCCUUGAUUUAUUUUAACUUCUUUCAUAAUAAUAAAACAGUAUUGUUUUUGUUUACAUUUUGAUUUUCGUAAGCUUUUCCUCUCUCCCUCCCUCAUUUCCACUCCUCUUCCGCCUGUAGUGAUUUGUUUACUCAUUAAGCCGUUUAUGUGAAUACUAAACACUAUACUAAUUACUACCUUUUAUAGUAUUGGAUGUUGUAGUUUCUAUUGUGGUCAAAGGGCUGCUGCUGCUGUUGUUUCAGUGGCAAUGCUGUUUGUUGUUGCUGUUGUUUAGUCUGCUGUAAGGGAGAAGCUGCUCCUUGUUUUCCCGUGUCGGUUUUCCGGUUCCUCUGGUCAUUCCGAGGGAUCCAUGCUCUUAUAGGAGUUUUAUUCGCAGAGACGGAAUUCUGGCCCCUGGACUCACAUUCCUGGACUUGUCCCGGCACCGUGGCCAGACUGCUGCACGCUGCUCAGGGAAUAUGGGAAGCUCAUAAGGCAGGAAUCUUAGGAAAAUAAAUUAGACACAUUAUGGAGGCCACCAGGUGGAGGAUACUGCUUUUUAAUUGGUCUGUUUCAGUGUAGUAAUUAUUUUAUUCACUGCUAUUCAUAUGGACUUGUUGAAUUGUUCUGAAAACCCAUAUGAAACUCUUGUUGCACUGUUAGGCUUAAGUGAGGAAGUUGAAGUGAAAGUUGAUAUACUGUAUCAAACAGUACAGUCAAAUCUCAGAGAGAAUGCAAGAGUUGAGGUAUGCAGAAUGAAUGAUUGUUAUGUUGGCUUUCCUACAGUGACAUUUGGGGAAUGUGGACGAGAAGAAUGGAGCGUCCCUCAGAUCUACAGGUGAUCCAUCUCUGGAUUGACAGAGUGUAACAGGGUCACAGAAGGAGGAGAGGAGGGUAUCUGUAAAUAAAUGAACCCUCCCACUCUAUCUAGCCCUUUGUACAUGAAGGGAUCUGAACACCCCCCCCCCCCCCCCCCCCCCUCCUCUGCACCCCAAACUGGUUUACUGUAGAAACACACUGGCCUCAUUGUGACUGGCACAGCUGGGAAAACGAAGGAGCUGUCAGGUCAUCUGAGGAAGCGCACACACGCACUCUGUGCCGACUGCAAUAACAACCACCCCCUUUCCCCUCUGUAGCCCCCCUCCUCUUGGGACAGAUGCUCUGUUCUUGUAGUCAUGUGGAGUACAUACCACUUUUUUCCUUGGGCGCAGAACUUUUUCACAAAGUUUUGUUUGUCUCUUGUGUUCAAGCUCUCUGAUUGUGUGUGUGUGUGUGUGUGUGUGUGUGUGAUCGAACCCUUACCCCACUCCAAGUGUUUGUCUGUCUGAGUGUAAUGAGGAAUAGAGCGCUUUAUUUGACGCUACGCUCUCGGAGCCACUUUUCACUCCCUUCCUCUUUUCCUCCGACUCGGGGGUGAGCUGAGCGCAUGACUGUUGCCAUGGUGACCACAGCGCUAUAGCCUCGAUCAUCCUGGCAACCACACAAACCCUCGAACCCUAAGUGUGUGUGUGUGUGUGUGUGUGUGUGUGUGUGUGUGUGUGUGCGCGCCCUGUGUUAGCCCUGAAGUGGAGAGAGGCCUUGUGAUGAGCUGUUUUCUAUUACAGGCCUUCAGAAUAAUCGUUUUGCUUCUGAAGAGCCAGAGGAAAAGGGGAGGUUAUAAAAAGUUAUAUUAGUUAGGAGGAAACGGGGGUAAGAGACCUAAGAGCAGCUGUGCUGUAAGGUUGUCAGAUAGGAUAGGCUGUGACUGACUGUAGGGAUUUGUCCUUAAUGAACUGUCCAGACUUGGGAGCAGGAGCUCUGGUCAAUGGUGUUGUCUAUUUGCUUAGCUGGGGGUUCUCAUUAUGUGACAAGGGGAGAGAGCGGUCGAUGUUUGGGGUUUGGGGUUAGGGGGAGAGGGUGGGGGCAGAGGCCUUCAUGGGUCAGUGGGUUCCCUUAGUGCCAGAGAGGGGUCAUGCUGCUGGAGAUGGACUAGUUACUGGAGGCUGCCUGAGACCUGUUGGGGUGGGAUGGGGUGGGGUCUCUAGUUAGAGUUCCCACUGAGAUGGUUCACUGGCGUUGUACGGUAACCUACUGACCAGUGACCAGUAAGCUGCACUGACCAGUAGGGGGUAGGGGAUGGGGGGUCAGUAUUAUUGUUUGGUCAGUAAAAGGGGGAGGGUUUAGGGGACGCCCUGCUGCUGGGACCAGUACCUCUCCUCUGGAGAAGGGGGACAAAUAGCCGACAUACUCGUGUGUGUAUGUAUGUGCGGCAGCAGCAGCUAUUGUCUAAAACGUGUGGUCAUUAGCUGGUGUCUGUCCUGACGUGAGCUGAACUGUCCACAGACUAGGUGAUCACUCAAGAGAAUAUAUUGAAAUUAAAUAUUUGUAACCGUUUGUAAUAAACAAAUGGUGUUCAUUUGGAACAUGUGGCGAUUACCUUGGCUAAUGAUAGAAAUGUACUUCCUGUUGCAUUCCAUUCUUGUUUGAUGCACAGUGUACCUGCAUGUGUGCAUACGUACACUCUCUCACACUUGUCCCAUUACAAACCCAUUCUGCCUGUGAGAGAAUGUGUGUAUAGGGUGGAAAACUGAACACUAAACACAAGUAGUGGGCUGGGGGGAAGGGGUCAUUUUUUGUAUUUUGUUUGGGACGGCUCCCAGCUAUUGAUCAGGGCUAACCCCCCUUGUAAAGAGUGUGUGUGUGUGUGUGUGUGUGUGUGUGUGUGUAUUUGUGAAGUUUGAGAGUUAAUUCAGUUUUAGAGUACAUUUCCUGCAAUUCUACACAUUUGUCAAUGGGUCGCAGAGAAAAUGUUGCAGUUUUAAAGCAAGUUUGCUGGAAUUAUACAACUUUUGCCAUGGAGUGGAGAAAAGAUUUGGCAAUUUAACUAAUUUCAUGCAAUUCUACUCAUUUUGCCAUGGGGCGGAGAUAACAAUUUGAAGUUUUACAGCUAAUUUCCUGCAAUUAUACACAUUUUGCCAAUGCUUAUGCCAUGUUAACCAUUUGACACAUAUGAACACAUGGGUAUGAUCAUUCUACAGUGGUCCCUGCAGUGUAUGCUCAAACCGCUGUGAUUAGAACACUUAUUUAGAAUGUCCAGUCAGCGUUUGAGGUGGCCACACAGAAACAUUUUGCACAAUGUUGGAUGCAAUGAAUUGGUAUUAGGAUAUUGAAUUUGUAUUUAAUAUUUUUGAAUGUUUACUGCUCAAAUUGAAUCAUUGAAUUCAUACAUUGAACUUGUUUUUCAUGAUUUUAAACUGAAUUGAAUGAAUAUUGCGUUCAGUUUUAAAAUCUAAUGUAAAUGUAAUUGAAUAUUCAAAUUCAAUAUUUAUAUAUUCACUUUCAAAAUGGUAGAUAUUGCAUUCAUUGUCUAUCAAGUUUACAAACCAUAAUUUAAACUUCUCAUACUGGUACUUUGCCAGCCAGGAAAGGUAGAGGAGAAAAGAUAGAAUCAAACACACUCUGUGGUAAACAGAAGCUUCUGGUGGUUUCUGAAGCCAAUGUGGCAUGUUUAAUUUAUUUUCUUCUUAUGAAUUUGGCUCUAGUGUUUGAAACGCUUUGGCUAUGAGCUAUUAUGACCCCAUUCCAGAAAGCUAAGACUCGUUGGAGCAUGGAUGUGCAUUCUGUUUCCCUCUAUGAUGAUCACAAGCCAAGUUAGAAGGGAGUGUCACAAAAUAACGCAAUUUGUCCCCCAUAAGAAUGAGGGCUGACCCCAUUUUAGUCGAUUGUUUGGUCAAUAGGAUGUUGGUCGACCAAGAUUUUUUUUUUAGUCUAGCAGUCGCAAAUAUAUCUUAUAUAUAUAUUUUUUUAUGGCACACGAGACACCUGUCUGAUUCACGCCUGUCUCAGUGGACGAAUCCAUUGCGGAGGCCACGGUGAUGGCAUACCAGUAUCACCAUUAGUACAUUUUACCGUUAAUUCCCAUAAUUUCUAAUCUACAGUGUUUGGUUACGGUAAUUUCUGUUAAUGCAUUCAAUAUAUUAUUCGUCUUUUACCGUUCUCAUUGUCAGAGUGGACACGUUGUUUGCGGACCGCACAACCUAGGCUACACUUGUGAGGAACAAGUUUUGGUUUAUUUCAUUCCAUUUUUGAGUUGUCAAUUCAUUCACUGUCUUUUGUUUGUAGUGCUCCUGUCAAUGUUGAGUAAGGACGCGCACCUGAUUAUACAUAGAAGUAGGUCUAGGCCACCUGGCCCGCGUGCAAAUGUAGGCCUAUAAAUGUGCCCAUUUGGGGAUCUGAUAGUAUUUCUGAUUGUCUUAACUUACCACCACUGUGGAGCUUCUCAGUCGUUUUUUCCCCCACCUCAAACAGCAAGUAAACAGUCUGUUUUUACAUCCAUUGAGAAUGACAGGAGUUCCUCACGUAGCCUAUUUGAAAAAUCUUUCCAGCUCUCUUUUGAUAACCACUUGGCGUGAAAGGGGAAAAAAAUAUAAUGCUCUGAUCCAGUGAAAACUUCAUAAAAUAGGCCUACCCGGUUACUUCUUAUCCCUUGCACAAAUUGCCUACAGCUAUGUCUGUCCGGAGCUCACUGCUGCAGGAAACUUUGAGGGCCCAGAAUAUUUUAUACAAUGUUGCAAGUUUGCUAGUGCCAGCAUCAGGCUGGACCAAAGUUAAUAGUUGAUACAAUGUUUCAAGUUCCCUGCAGACAUCCAUGCGUAGCCAAUGUGAUUUAUAGGAUAUUUAUUUUUAGCAGGAUAUUGUCUACCUGCAGGCUGCAAUGCUUUUAUUUGUUGGCUUUAUGUAGGCUAUUUUUAGAAUUUUGAUUAACAUUUACAUUUUAGUCAUUUAGCAGACGCUCUUAUCCAGAGCGACUUACAGUUAGUCACAUGAUAAUGAUUUUGAGAUACCUGGGUAGCCUAUUAUCUACCUGCAACUUCAGGAGCGUAACAGCAGAAUCUGCAAAGGCCAGCAGCAGCGGGAGGAAGAGGAUCGGAAACAGUUUCUUUUUUUUUUUUUACUUCUGGUUAGGCUAUCUUGAUCUCUUGCUCCCUCUUCAGUCGUUUGUGUGUCUUCAUUAUUUAAUCACAGUGUGCUUAAAGCAUCAGACAUGCUCAGUAGCCUACAUAUAGUUUAUUUUAUUAACAGAUAGGGUGUGUCUAUAUAGGGAAAAAUACACGUAAACAUUUUUUUACCUAUCGAUUGGUCGAAAGGACAGACUACUCUAGGUCGACCAAGAUUUAGUCGGGGACAGCUCUAAUAAGAAUAUAGUUGAAUAGCCCUUCUAAGGAUAGCAUUUCCACUCCAGAUUUAAUCUUGCUCUUGUGAUUUGACUGGGUUCGAAUCAGGUCUCCUGCAUGUCACAAGACUGUGUUAGCCCACUUAGAUAAAGCCCAUAGGGAUUAGAUCAGGAAGCUAACACAAGUCUUCAAGUCUCCAGCAAGGUUCCUCAAACCACCUUGGUUACAUUUCACCCCCCUUUGAUUUCAUACUCAGAGAUCACGGCACCAAUAUAACUGACUGGGUUCGAAAUCAGGUCUACAGCACAACAACACUUUCUGUGGCAGACAGAAGCAGAAGGAUCUGUGCACCCCAUUUAAUGAGUGCAACAGGUGGUUUGGUGAUCCAUCCAUAUGAUGAGUAGCCUCGUAAUUACCAGACUGAUUACCGUGUGUAGCGAACCAUUCAUGUAAGCUCGCGGGAUCAGGCCGCUCACGAGGCUAUGUGAUGAGCAUCCUUGGCUGAGACAUGAAGACGUGUUAGUUUGACUGAUGGGGUUCUACCUCAGGUCUCCUGUGCACCAGACAAUGCAACUUUUCAGGUCUCAGACAAGUUAGAUUAGAUGAGUUUAUUAGUCACAUGCACAGCGUCACAGAUGUAAUUGCAGGGUACAGUGAAAUUCCUAAGCUCCGAGCUCCAACAGUUACUCAUCAUAUGAGUGUGGUCACUGAACCACCUGUUACAUUUCACCCCCCUUUGACCUCCUCCUUGAAGAGACCCAUCCAAGUCACAGGACCAAUGCCUAGGCUUUAGCUCAACAGGCUAACACAGUCUUAACCCAGUCAGUCACAUGUUAACCUUAUAAUGACUACCCUUGCCGGAGACUUGAAACUAGACUAUGUUUAACACAAAAUAACAUGUCAAACUAACAUGUCUUCAGGUCUCAGGCAAGGUUCUCAUCACAUAAGCAUGGGUCACCAAACCACGCGAGUAACCUUGCUGGAUCUUGAAGACUUGUAUUAGUGUAGCAGAUGGGAAUCUGUGAACUCUGAAGUGUUGCCCCUUGCGCAAUUGAAGAAGGCCUUUUUUAAUAGCACGAUGGGGUGGAACACUUCAGGAGGGCGGUCACGUGUGUUUGCGAGUUUGAGCUGUACUCGUUAAGCAAGCAGCGUGUCGUCCUUUACAUGAACUUCCUGAACUUAUCUCUAUAGGCUUUAGCUAAAUGGGCUAACACAGUCUUGUGAUAUGCAUGAGACCUGUUUUGAACCCAGUCAGUCACGAGCAAGAUUCAAUCUGGAGUGGAAAGGCUAUCCUUAGAAGGGCUGUGACGGGGCAUUUCAUCUAUAUUCUUUUGGGGCCAAUUUUUUGUUUUGUGAAAUUCCUUUCUAACUUGGCCUGUGAUGAUCAUAGAGGGGACCAGAAGGCACGUCCAUGCUCCAGAGAGUCUUAGGUUUCAGGAAUGGGGUCAUAAUAGCUCAUAGCCAAAAUUGUUCAAAUGCUAGAGUCAAAAUCAGUGUAAGAAAAUAAAUUCAACAUGCCACAUUGGCUUUAGAAUUAAUGCAAUAUCUACCAAAAUUGAAUUUUAAAACUGAAUGCAAUAUUCAUUCAAUUCAGUUUCAAAUCAUGAAAUACAAGUAACAUUUCUGGAUUCAAUUUUUUCAUUACAAAUAAAACAAUAUUACAUUCAAAUGUAAUCCUAAUACAAAUUCUAAAUUAUGGAAUUCAAAUACAAUUUCUGUUGGCACUGAAAUCGCUCCGUAGGGCUAGCGGUGUUCUGUGCUGUACAAUGUAGGCCUACAGUACAGGCUACAUGUGAUGGCAGAGUUUACGAAACAAAUGCCCUCCCGAUUGAUACAAAUCAUCAUGAUAUCAUUCUGCCGGGUAGGUCUACUUUGCAGUCAACAUUUAUUGGGAAGGUUUGUUGGGAAAGAAAUGUUCAUUCAAACAUCGUAUGAUGACUGCAUUGCGCAUCGCAACGAUUCAACCAAGACUUCGGACCAAACUUUUUCAAUGCCUGGCCUGCAUACCCAUUGUUGCCUUAGUUGGCAUUUACUGGUAGAUAUAAAUUGAAACGUCUUUCCAAUCCUACCGGGUACCGAUGUUGUUCACUGUUCUACUUUGAUACGCAUCAGUCGGGAUUAAGAAGUGAGUAUACGCAAUGCCUACUGAAAAUAAAAAUAAAUAGCCCCCACUACACCACUGGCACGUGCCCUACAUGCCCGGUUGAUAAUUCAACCAUGAUUACUACAAGUUUAUAUAGCUGGCUAGACUAAUUUAACCAGUCUCAGAUUAUUUUGCUGACAUGGGCUAAUUGAGUCAGUGUCAGUGACUGACAUAACGAGAGAGAAACUGCUAAUGUACAACCACAUUUCGAAAUUGCACCUUGUAUAUUCUACUUUUCUAACUCUCAACAGAGACAAUUGAGACACCGACUGAGUUCCCAAAAACAUUUUGGGGGUCGGAGGGCCCCCUAGCGGCCGGGGCCCUAAGCGACCAUUUAUGUCACUUAUACCUGGUGCCGGCCCUGGAGAGGGCACUUACUGUGGAACUCAGGUCCUUGUAAUUUGCUGUGGGAGAGGGGGGAGGAGUCAGGGGGAGGGGAAAGCCCAGUGGGGAGGGAACAGGGGAGCGCAAAGGCCAUUCAGUCUGAUACACACACACACACACACACACACACACACACAGAGAGAUAUACACACAUACACAGUGAAUGUGCUACCACCAGAGAGAGAGAGAGAGAGAAAUGUAGGCUGUCUGAAGGAGAGCGAGACCGAGAGCCCAAUGAGACAGUUUUAGCAAGCCAGCAAAGGAGAAAGAGAGAGAAAGCUAUAGAGAGAGCAUCAGAGAGAAAGAAAAGGAUAGCAAAAGUGGUCAGCUGCUGCACCAGUGAGAAGUCUGUGUGUGUGAUAGGUGGCAGAGUGAGUGUGUUUGUGAGUGUGUUGGGAGCAGCGGAUGGCACGCUUGCUCCCUGAAGAAGGAAAUGUAUUGGGCUGACUGAGAGAAUGUGAGGUGUGCUAUGGUAAUUCUGCUGGCUGCGUGAACUGGGAAUACUGCGAUCAGAGUAGUCUGCUCCCUGUGGAUAUUUGAAUUUUUCUGGACUGUUGUUUUCUUUCAAACCAUUCACUCAUCUUCAGGGGUUUGAACAAAUCUGUUAUUUUUGCUGAAGGAAAGUCAUAGCCAUUAUGCCAACUGGUAAGCAGAAUUUAUUUAAGGUAUUUCUACUGUAGACUGUUUUAUGUCCUAGGCUAUUUGAGAGCUCUUUCAACAGUAAAGGUUUAACAUCAUCAGUUUAUUUUAUUUUUUAUUUUUAUUUUUAAUCUGCAGUCAAAAGGUGCAUCAGAGUUUAGAUUUCUUUAUCUUUCAUAUCAUUUUGUUUUUUUGUGGUAAACUGGGGGCCUUUUCAUAACUGUCCUAGACCUCGUCUUUGAAAGUGAAUGCCUUGAUGGUGUGUCUGGUAUGAAUGAGUACUCCUGUUCAUGUUUUUAUUCACAUGGAUGUAAGAGCUGGCUCUGUUUUAGUUCAACAUGUAUUUCCUGCGUCUGGUAAAGGUCAUUUGAAUGAAACUUGUGUUGUGUGCUGUUAUCGUCCUUGUUUGUUGGUUAGUUGUGUGUUGUAUCUAGCCCUCUUAUUGCUGUCAGUUGUGGUCUUCUCCCUGCUGACACUGUUGUGUGAAGGAUGUGUGACCUCUUUGUCGAAUGGUUCUCUCUCCUGUGCUGUGUGAAGUGUUUUCUAGUUGUUUUCCUGCUGUGGCAGUUGAAUGGAACAUGUUUGCUUUCUCGCAGGGUUGUUGGUUCUUGAUAUUGCUGCUAUUCUAUUGCUGAUUACGAGCGAUUUUAAAUUUAGAUCAUCCUUAGUUCCUCUCCUGUAACUUGUCCCCCACAGUCGUUGUUCAUAGGUAGAGCCUAUUCUCACUGAUUGAGAGGUAGAGAUAUAUCCGGUAUAGAUACUUUCCUGUUAGUCAAUGGAGGAAGCUUCUCACUGAGGCUGUUGACAGAGAAGUUUAUACUCAAAUAUUUUUUUAUGUGUAAAAGUGUCUGGGCUAAAUGGACAUGGAGUUAUUUCCAUGCAACGUUGCUAUGUAGAGUUUAUUUUUCACAUGGGCCAUGAAUGGGCUAUGUCAGUGGUUUAGUAGUGCCUGGAGAAGUGGGUACUCUAAUUUUGCAAUAAAAAUCAAAAACGGCUCGCCCGGCGAAGUUAAGGCGCCCUUGUGUGAAAACUUCUAUGACAAACAGUGACACACUCUGAAUGACCUAAAAUGAUAAAUCACAUAUUGGUCUUUCACAGUCAGGCCAACUCAAGCUGUACUGUGCAAGUGGGCUAAUAGUAUUGAAAUAGCUCAAUGAGGCUGUCAGAAAUUCAGAGGUUUCAGAUGUCCUUUUUUAAUAGAAAAACAACAUAAUUGGGUGUUCUAAGUCCACGACAAAGCUUAAACCACAUUAGGGGACCACUUUUGAGGUCUUGGAAAAAUCUAAGACAUUUUAAUUUUGGCAUGUAGUUACCCUUUCAUUAACUGUGCUGCAGGCACCUAGCACUGUUGUUUGGUUAGCAUUGUUUCUGUAGCGCACAUGAGAUGGAGUUUGCUAAACAAAUGGCCAGUGGAUUGAUGCAAAUAAUCAUGAUAUCAUUCUGCCAGGUAGGCAUAGGCUACUUUGUAGCUAGUUAACAUUUAAUUUAGAAGGUUUUUGGGAAAGCCUUUCCAUCUACCAGAAGAUGGUUAGGCCUAUCAUUAGCAUCUCUAUAUUUUACCUGUUACUUCAUUGUUUGAAACCUGGACAUUUUACUUCAGAAUAUGAGGCAUGUCUUACCUUGCUUCAAAGUAGCCUAUAGCGUGGUGGCAAUUAUUUUAUAAAGACUUUCUUGUAUACGCUGUCCUGUUCUUUCAUUGUCUAGCAGCCAAAUACAUUUUCCUAGUCAUAUAGCAACCCAUAAUAGUUGUUGCAUCUUUAGAUCUUUCCUCUUUCAAAAUUUCUAACGGAUAUUUCCAUCUUUGUCCAUGAAACUGCUUGCAACCGCUUGCAUGUGCGGUGCGCAUUUUAGAAUGGUGUUUUUCCGCAAUUGCAUUUUGGAACAUUUUGCGCGUGUGCAUAUUGUUGCUCUUAAACUAUUAUAUAUCUUUACAUUUUAUCAACAUUUUAAGCUAAACGUUCUGAUCUGUUCCAUCAGCCGUAUUCAUUGAUAUGCGUAUACCUCCACUACACUACUUUGAUACGCAUCGUGGGGAUUAAGAAGUGAGUAUACGCAAUGCAAUGCCGUAUACCUGUGUAUACCCUCCACUACACCACUGGACUAUGUUGACUCUCUUUAAAUUGUGUCUUAUUUAAUUUCUCCAUCUCUGCACUCCUAGUAUCUCAGAGGGCCAUUUGUUAGUUGGUGUAUGUUGGUUUCCUCUCCCUGCCUGCCUGUAUGUCUGUCUGUUUGACAGAGUAGCUGUUUGGCUAGUGCUGAGAUGCCAUUCUGCAGCCCAUGACCCAAAUUAGAGCCCUCAGGGGUGGCAGGAGGGGGGCGAGGGGUUGAGGCGGGGGGGCUAGAGGGGGGCAUAAUUACUAUUGAGAGGCUUAGUGGACAAUACACCCCCCUCCUACCACCACCCUACCCCAGCUCAGUAGGACAUCUGCCCCCAUACUUAGCUAGCCCUGCUGGGGUGGGGACGGGGGAGGGAGCAUGGUGGGAGGGUGGGCGGUCAAUUUGGGUGAAAUCUCUCAAACAAAACAAAUCAAUAUCUUCCCCUUUCACCCUCAAAAGCUCUCAUGUCUAUUGGUGUGUGUAUUGUUAGAGGAGAGGUAGGGAGACUGAGGAAGGCUGUGGAAGGCUGUGGACGGCAAGCACAGGCUAGUGGGACAGAUGCAGACAUUCAAAAUGUGAGAAGUUGUAAGGGAUACUAGUGAGAGAGAGAAGUGGAAAUCUAUGUUGUCAGGCUUGAUGAGAGGGAGGGAUAGGAUAGGAACACAACUAUUUCAGUUCCUAUGGUAUGGAUUUCUGUGGUGUGGUGAGAUCCAAUCACUUUUGAGAAUAAGCCCAGCAUGUCACAUACUCAUAGGAAGGGCGAGAGUGUGUGCCAGGGGGCUUGUUGGUGUCCCAAAGGUGGGUGUGUGUGUGUCUGAAAAAAGGGGGUGUGAUUGGACUUUUCCCCACAGCGACUCUCUCUCGCUCUCUCCGCUUUCAGCUAUGCCACACCCCCCCCCCCCCUCUGAGCCCUGUCCCCCAGUUUUAAUAACACACAAUUAACACAAUACUAAUGUGUCCAUACUGUUAUUUUCAUGUUAAAAACACUACUAAGAUAUCUGAGGUGUUCAUCUCUUUGGUAGGUGGUGUUGUUAUACACUCUAUACAGUGCAUUCGGAAAGUAUUCAGUCCCCUUGACUUUUUCCCCAAUUUGUUACGUUACAGCCUUAUUCUAAAAUGUAUUAAAUAAAUGUUUUCCCUCAUCAAUCUACACACAAUACCCCAUAAUGACAAAGCGAAAACAGGUUUGUAGAAAUGUUUGCAAAUGUAUAAAAUAAAACAGAAAUACCUUAUUUACAUUAGUAUUCAGACCCUUUGCUAUGAGACUCAAAAUUGAGCUCAGGUGCGUCCUGUUUCCAUUGAUCAUCCUUGAUGUUUCUACAACUUGAUUGGAGUCCACCUGUGGUCAAUUCAAUUGAUUGGACAUGAUUUGGAAAGGCACACACCUGUCUAUAUAAGGUCCCACAGUUGCAGCACUCCACCAAUAAGGCCUUUAUGGUAGAGUGGCCAGAUGGAAGCCACUCCUCAGUAAAAGGCACAUGACAGCCCGCUUGGAAUUUGCCAAAAGGCACCUAAAGGACUCUCAGACCAUGAGAAACCUAGAUUCUCUGGUCUGAUGAAAUGAAGAUUGAACUCUUUGGCCUGAAAGCCAAGCGUCUCGUCUGGAGGAAACCUGGCACCAUCCCUACGGUGAAGCAUGGUGAUGGCAGCAUCAUGCUGUGGGGAUGUUUUUCAGUGGCAGGGACUGGGAGACUCAGGACCUCAGACUGGGGGAAGGUUCACCUUCCAACAGGACAACGAUCCUAAGCACACAGCCAAGACAACGUAGGAGUGGCUUCGGAACAAGUCUCUGAAUGUCCUUGAGUGGCCCAGCCAGAGCCCAGACUUGAACCCGAUCAAACAUCUCUGGAAAGACCAGAAAAUAGCUGUGCAGCGACGCUCCCCAUCCAACCUGACAGACCUUGAGAGGAUCUGCAGAGAAGAAUGGGAGAAACUCCCCAAAUACAGGUGUGCCAAGCUUGUAGCAUCAUACCCAAGAAGACUCAAGGCUGUAAUCUUUGCCAAAGGUGCUUCAACAAGGUACUGAGGAAAGGGUCUGAAUACUUCUGCAAAUGUGAUAUUUCAGUUUUUUUUUUUUUUUAUACAUUUGCAAAGGUUUCUUAAAACCAGUUUUUGCUUUUUCAUUAUGGGGUAUUGUGUGUAGAUUGAUGAGGGGAAAAAAACGAUUGAAUCCAUUUUAGAAUAAGGCUGUAACGUAACAAAGUGGAAAAAGUCAAGGGGUCUGAAUACUUUCCGAACAUUCUCAUUUACAGCAACGACCUGGGAAUAGUUACAGGGGAGAGGAGGGGGGAUGAAUGAGCCAAUUGGAAGCUGGGGAUGAUUAGGUGGCCGUGAUGGUAUGAGGGCCAGAUUGAGGAUUUAGCCCUGUGUGUGCCCGUGCGUGGCUUGCUUGGCUGCCUGUAUAGAGAUCUAAUGAGUUUACCUUGUUGUGUCUGUGCCAGAGAGACAGUGAUGUGGUUUAUGAUCAGUAUCAUCUCCAGUGUUUAGUCAUGACAGGCCCUCUUCAGGUUGAAAUACUAUCGUGCAGAUGUUGUUGCAGCAGCAUGCUUAUGCAGAGCCGAAGCAUUAAGUAUGGAAUGUUUUUUUCUUUAUCCACUCUGACACACACGCAUGCGAGUGUGCAUGCACACACAUGCAAUCUCUGUAGUUCACUAUGAUUCUCUCCUCUGUCUCUCUCUUUCUGUGUCUAACGUCUGUUCUGUAAUGAAUUGCCCAGUCAUUGUUCUGUAAUGUAUGGCCCAGUCAUGGCAGGUCUGUGUGUGUCAGGUAUUCUCUCCCCUUCUCUCCUCUCCUCCUCUCUCUAUUCCUUCUGUUCCUUUUGGAUUCAUUGGGCUGCAGUGUGAAAUCCUGAGUGACACUUUAAGUUGUUAAACGUCGGUGGAGAUCAGCCCUGCAUCUCUAUCAGAGAGAGAGAGAUACUUGGGAGGAUGAUAUUUCAGAGCCACAGAGAGGAGAGAUGAUUGAGAUCCACUCAGAGGUGUUUAUUAGAUGGAUACUAGCCUAAAUAUCCUAAUAGGUUGGAGGUAAGUCUAAUAGUGCAAGAGAGCUUUUUCAGACUAAGUGAAACUUUCAAGGGAGGAUUCCGAGUGAUGGGAAGAAAGGGUGGGAGAAGGAGGGAAUGAAGGAAGGGUGGUGUUUGACUGACUCUUUCUCUCCUCUUUUUUUUCCCUCAGUCACUCAUGUUCUCUCCCUCUUGGGUUAGUCCUUAUCUGAUUUAAUCACAGUUGAAACCGUUACCAUGACGUUGCUGAGCCGGAGAGACGGCCGUAACUCACGGCAACGCCUUUGGCCUAUUACAGCUACUCAUGUCCCCAUGAGUGUCCUCCGCCCCUCCUCCCAGACCCAAUACACACCCCACAUCUGGCACAAUUUGUACUUGGAUGUUGUUGUUACUUGUUUUUGUCUGUGUUCAACUCUCUUAUUGCAGACAUGUCAGACACCAUCCAUAAUGAUUGACUGUCACCAUAGAUUUAGCGCAAUGAGUAGAGGGCAAUAAACAAUUGUGUGGCAUAGACAUUGCUACCAGUUGGCAUUGUUGUUCUUCUCUAUUGUCCAUGCGGCAAACAAGAACACACAAGGUUGAUGGAAGUGGAGUGUUUGUGGUCAGACCCUGCCCAGUCAGAGGUGUUCCUCUCUGGGGUGAAGAAACCACAUUUGGCCCCUUGGUGAGAGAAGGGUUGGAAUUCAGUCUGACUUGAUUAAGAACCCAGUCCCAGAUUCUCUCUACUUCUUUCUCUGUUGUCCCUCUCUAUACAGUGGGGAAAACGUCAGAACUUCUGUAAAACAUCACAGUACAGUUGAAAAAUAUUUUGCAAAUAGAAAUCCAAUAUGGAUGGUGUUAAGAGAUAGAUGGGAGGUGUUGAAUGGAGCUGAAGGAUGGGACUAAUAACAACAACUAAUAACAACAAGAUAACUAAUGUAAAGCAUACUGUCUCCAUAAUAAGUAUAUACAGAAGGGGGAAAAAAGUAUUUAGUCAGCCACCAAUUGUGCAAGUUCUCCCACUUAAAAAGAUGAGAGAGGCCUGUAAUUUUCAUCAUAGGUACACGUCAACUAUGACAGACAAAUUGAGGAGAAAAAAUCCAGAAAAUCACAUUGUAGGAUUUUUAAUGAAUUUAUUUGCAAAUUAUGGUGGAAAAUAAGUAUUUGGUCACCUACAAACAAGCAAGAUUUCUGGCUCUCACAGACCUGUAACUUCUUCUUUAAGAGGCUCCUCUGUCCUCCACUCGUUACCUGUAUUAAUGGCACCUGUUUGAACUUGUUAUCAGUAUAAAAGACACCUGUCCACAACCUCAAACAGUCACACUCCAAACUCCACAAUGGCCAAGACCAAAGAGCUGUCAAAGGACACCAGAAACAAAAUUGUAGACCUGCACCAGGCUGGGAAGACUGAAUCUGCAAUAGGUAAGCAGCUUGGUUUGAAGAAAUCAACUGUGGGAGCAAUUAUUAGGAAAUGGAAGACAUACAAGACCACUGAUAAUCUCCCUCGAUCUGGGGCUCCACGCAAGAUCUCACCCCGUGGGGUCAAAAUGAUCACAAGAACGGUGAGCAAAAAUCCCAGAACCACACGGGGGGACCCAGUGAAUGACCUGCAGAGAGUUGGGACCAAAGUAACAAAGCCUACCAUCAGUAACACACUACGCCGCCAGGGACUCAAAUCCUGCAGUGCAAGACGUGUCCCCCUGCUUAAGCCAGUACAUGUCCAGGCCCGUCUGAAGUUUGCUAGAGUGCAUUUGGAUGAUCCAGAAGAGGACUGGGAGAAUGUCAUAUGGUCAGAUGAAACCAAAAUAGAACUUUUUGGUAAAAACUCAACUCGCGUGUUUGGAGGACAAAGAAUGCUGAGUUGCAUCCAAAGAACACCAUACCUACUGUGAAGCAUGGGGGUGGAAACAUCAUGCUUUGGGGCUGUUUUUCUGCAAAGGGACCAGGACGACUGAUCCAUGUAAAGGAAAGAAUGAAUGGGGCCAUUCUGGAUUUUUUUUUCUCAUUUUGUAUGUCAUAGUUGACGUGUACCUAUGAUAAAAAUUACAGGCCUCUCUCAUCUUUUUAAGUGGGAGAACUUGCACAAUUGGUGGCUGACUAAAUACUUUUUUCCCCCACUGUAUAUAGUAUCUCUAUGUAUAGACUGGCACCUGACUCCUUGGUAUGACAGGACAGCACAUCAUUGAUUCAACUUGAUAAGAUCCGGGUGAAAUCCCCUUUAACGUCUGAUGACCAAGCUAUGAGAGGAGAGGAGUCCAUGGCACUCUUACGGCUCCCACACCACUCCAUUAGCACUUCAUAUCAAUAUCAUAAAUGUUUAUCUGUCAUAUAGCUUCUUUAAAGUUUAUGGACUGAAGAUUUCAAGUGACAGUUGUAAUUGACAUGUUGUUAAGCAGUAUAAGAGAACUCUUAGUGUGAGAUUUGAGAAAGUGAACUAGACUUGGCCCACACAUGUUCUCUGUAUUCUAUGUGCCCUGGUCUGUAAGUGUAUAUAUAUGCUCUGCCAUGUGUGUAUAUUUUAAUAUGGUAAAGUAUAUGCUUGGAGCGGUUCGGAAUGACUCUCAGAAACCCUCUGGAAUCUCCCGGGCGACUUAUAGGGAAUGGUGGACUUGGCAAAGCUGUGAGGGCCAUUAUAUGACUUCCUAAACAUCAUGUCUCUAUGGAUGUCACUGACAUAGAAGAUCUGAAGAGGUGGCAGUUAUAUUUAUGAGUUGGGGGAAAGGAGGUAGGAAGGAAGGAAGAAAGGAAUGGAAGGAGGGAGAGAAGGGAAAUAAGUCAGAUGGAGAAAGGAAGCGGCCGAGAAAAGUGAGGAAGAAAAGAGGAGAGGGACACAGGGAGAAAGAAAAUGAGGGAGGGGUAGGGGAGGCCUAGAGCUCACAGGCCAGACCAUUGUCCUGAGUGGAGCUGAAUUAAAUUCCGUCAUGUUUUAGAGUGAGUCUCUCAGCAGUAGCACUCAACAAGGGCGUUAGGGAAAGGGGGAAGGGCUCCCUCCAUUUCUCCCUCGCUCCUUUUUUUAUCCUUCCCCUCUUUCUUCUCUAUCCAUCUUAACUUUCUUUCUCUCUCUCCUUUCCUUGGGUUUAGACAGAGUUGAUAGAUUAGAUAUGAAUGCGGGAGCUGCUUGUGGAUGUUUUCUAUUUUGGCGGGUUGAGGUGGGUGGGAUCAUGAGGGUAGGUAGAAAGGACGAGGUGUGCAUGGAGGGUGGGGGGGUGGGUGUCCUUUGUGUAGUGAGAGAUCUGACGGAUGAAAGCUGACUCGGGCUGUAUUGUGACAGAGGGGGGAGAGAAAAGAGAGAUAGAAAAGAGAGAGAAAGAGAGGACAGCAGCUGCUCUAUACACCCUAUACAGACCUGUUUCUAUCUGUGUCAUCUGCUGACUACGAAGGCUCAUACAGCAUCCAUAGGACAUCUGACUGUCAUUCAUCCUUCAGAAUCACCUUUAUUCGCCAAAAUACAUUUGAAUGUACAGGAAUUUGGCUCGUGAAAUGGUGCUGCCACUAAACAGAAUAUACGGACAGACAGUAAACCGAAUAUACGGACAGACAGUAAACCGAAUAUACGGACAGACAGUAAACCGAAUAUACGGACAGACAAUAAACAGAAUAUACGGACAGACAAUAAACAGAAUAUACUGACAAGAUAUAUAGAGAGAGACUCUACAAAAUCCACAUACAGUAUGUACACAAUGAACACCAAGCUAAAAACUACAGACUACACUAUAAACGCAAUAAGCUACGUUAUGAAUUGUGCCUGUAUAUACAGUAUGUAUAAAUGAGGCAAUUUACAGGAUGUGCAAUAGAAUAAAUAUACUGUAUAAAGGGUCUAUUAGGAUAAACUAAAUGUAUAUUAUGCUAUAACAUAUGAAGCUUCAUUGUGCUCCUGUAACUCUUACCACAUUCAUAUAAGUGUUGAUAAUCUGUUAUGAAGCUUUGUCACGUUCGUCGAUAGAAGUGGACCAAUGCGCAGCGUGAUGAGUGAACAUACUUUAAUUAUUAUUCACCACGAAACAAAACAACAAAACGAUACGUGAAGUCCUUGGUUUACAGACACAAACCAUACACGGAACAAGAUGCCACACCAAAACAAUGCCAAACGGCUACCUAAGUAUGGCUCCCAAUCAGAGACAACGAGCUACAGCCGUCUCUGAUUGGGAACCACCCUGGCCAACAUAGAAAUACCAAACUAGAACACAACAUAGAAACUCACACCCUGGCUCAACAUACAAGUGUCCCCAGAGCCAGGGCGUGACAAGCUUCAGUACUUGUAGAUGGAAUAGAUGGAGCACAUGAGGCUGUGAAGGUUGUGAAGAACGGUGAACCACGGAUCCCAUGGUUGUUUGUUGACCUCUCCCUGGUGAAGUGCACUUCAGCUGGCCAUAGAGUGUGCGACUGAAGUAGACUUGUUACAGUGCCUUCAGAAAGUAUUCACACCAAUUGACUUUGUCCACAUUUUGUUGUGUUACAGCCUGAAUUUAAAAUGGAUUAAAGUGAGAUGUUGUGUCGCUGGCCUACACACAAUACCCCAUAAUGUUAAAGUGGAAUUAUGUUUUUAGACAUUUUAACAAGUUAAUAACAAAAGAAAAGCUGAAAUGUCUUGAGUCAAUAAUUAUUCAACCACUUUGUUAUGUCAAGCCUAAAUAAGUUCAGGAGUAAACAUUUGCUUAAUAAGUCACAUAAUAUGGACUAACGGUGUGCAAUGAUUUUUGAACGACUACCUCAUCUCUGUACCCCACACACACACAAUUAUCUGUAACGUCCCUCAGUCGAGCAGUGAAUUUCAAACACAGAUUCAACCACGAAGACCAGGGAGGUUUUCAAAUGCCUCCCAAAAAAGGGCACCUAUUGGUAGAUGGGUUAAAAUAAAAAAAAGCAGACAUUGAAUAUCCCUUUGAGCAUGGUAAAGUUAUUAAUUACAUUUUGGAUGGUGUAUCAAUACACCCAGUCACUACAAAGAUACAGGCAUCCUGCCUAACUCAGUUGCCUGAGAGGAAGGAAACCGCUCAGGGAUUUCACCAUGAGGCCAAUGGUGAUUUUAAAACAGUUACAGAGUUUAAUGGCUGUGAUAGGAGAAAACUGAGGAUGGAUCAACAACAUUGUAGAUACUCCACAAUACUAACCUAAAUGACAGAGUGAAAAGAAGGAAGCCUGUACAGAAUAAAACUAUUCCAAAACAUGCAUCCUGUUUGCAAUAAGGCACUAAAGUAAAACUGUAGAGAAAUGAACUUUAUGUCCUGAAUACAAAGUGUUAUGUUUCGGGCAAAUCCAACACAUCACAUCACUGAGUACCACUCUUCAUAUUUUCAAGCAUGUUGGUGGCUGCAUCAGGUUAUGGGUGUGCUUGUCAUCGGCAAGGACUAUGUUGUUUAUUAGGAUAAAAAGAAAUUGAAUAGAGCUAAGCACAGGCAAAAUCCUAGAGGAAAACCUGGUUCAGUCUGCUUUCCAACAGACACUGAGAGACAAAUUCACCUUUCAGCAGGACAGUAACCUAAAACACAAGGCCAAAUAUACACUGGAGUUGCUUACCAAGACAUUGAAUGUUCAAUGAGUGGCCUAGUUACAGUUUUGACUUAAAUCAUCUUGAUGAACAACCAACUUGACAGAUAAUGAAUAAUUAAAAAAAUAAUAAUAUGCAAAUAUUGUACAAUUCAGGUGUGCAAAGCUCUUAGAGACUUACCCAGAAAGACUCACAGCUGUAAUCGCUGCCAAAGGUGAUUAUGGUCCUUGUGGUCCUCUGUAGCUCAGCUGGUAGAGCACGGCGCUUGAAACGCCAAGGUAGUGGGUUCGAUCCCCGGGACCACCCAUACACAAAAAUGUAUGCACGCAUGACUGUAAGUCGCUUUGGAUAAAAGCGUCUGCUAAAUGGCAUAUUAUUAUUAUUAUUAUUAUUAUUAUUAUUAUUAUUAUUAUAACAUGUAUUGACUAAGGGGUGUGAAUACUUAUGUAAAUGAAAUAUUUCUCUAUUUAAUUUUCAAUAAACUUGCAAAAAAAAUGUAGGCCUGGUCUUUGUGUCCUUAUUGAGUUAGCCUGAAUGUAGGCCAGAUUCUGAGAGCCACUGGUUCACUGUGUUGCUGUUCUGGCAGGAAAGGUAGAGCUCACAGCACUAAUACCAGUCUAAUCCCUGAACACACACACAGGCACACACAGGCACACACAGGCACACACAGGCACGCACACACAGACACACACAGACACAGACACUCAGACAUAGACACAUAGACAUGCACACGCAACAGUACCAACCCGGAGGCUUUAGGCCCAUAAUUAGAUAUUAUUUACACAGAUCAGGUUGAACAUUAUCUGUGCUGAAGGUAACCCCAAACUCCCCCCUGCCCACCUCACUCUCUCUCUACUUGUUCUAGUCCCAUUUUACCACUAUGUCACUCACACAGAGUUUGGGUGUGCGAGUGCGCGUGUAACAGGUUAAGUGUGUCCCAAACAGGGGGUCUGGGAGGUGCAGGGGAAGGGCUGGGUAAACAAAAGUUAGUAAGUCUUCGUCUGUUGUUUGGUUUUCACUAGGAGUGGAAACACAAAUGGUUUCUUUGUGUGGAUGUUGCUGGCCCUUGUCUAAUAGCUCUAAUGGCUAAAAGGAGUCCCACUAAAGCCAUUAGCUCAGUUAGCCUUAUCUCAGGGGUGAUAAACCAAAUGCAUGUAAGAAACACACACACGAAACACACAGCGAGUUCUUCCAAUCUCAUGUGAGUAAGUACCGUGGAGUGGAGCAGCGUUGAGGCUCUCUCUCACCUGACUCACUGUCCCUCCAUUCUCCCUCCCUCCGCUGAGAAAAGGGGACACAGUCUUCCAGCUGAUGGCGAAACUCAAGUCGCACUGCAUUAUUUCUGCCUCAUGCACCAAUUCAUGUUGUUACUCCUAUGACCAGAGAAAGUGAAAUAUUCCUCAAUAUUAAAGACACAAGCUGCUAAUAAUAACAACACAAGCUUAUCGAAACACUUUGCUAUACUCAUUCAUUGCAGCUGCAGUGCUGGUUGUAGCAUGAGUAGAAGUAGGGAGAAUGCACAUUUUAUGGCUUAUAAAAGUCUUGAACAAAGUUGACAGCACUGAAUAGCAACUUAAACAUGAAUUUACUCAUAAAAACAGCAGCUCUUUGCUGUAUUCGUUGAGUCUCUCUAGUCAUGGUUUUAAACGUUUUUAAAUCUCACAUUAUCAACUUUGCUGUGCGUUUUAAGGUUUCUUUUUAUAGUCUAUGGCUCGGGGAAACUGUGCAGACACGGUGAUCUCAGCUAUCUGAUUGGCCAGAGGUAGGCCUAUAGGUGCACUUGAUUUGCUAUCUGGGACUGCCUGGUAGGCAGAGUUCUACCUAAAGACACAUGAAAUGGUUGAAAAUGGGAACACUGCCUUCCCGGCGCGAAACACAUUUUUUAAAAAAUGGAACGCAAGGCUUUAUCGUUAUGUUUUUUAAAGAAAUGUUUGGUGAUCAACUAGGAAUGCCUUGGCGAUCGACCGGUUGGUGACCACUGCUCUAAGGCCUCUUAGUCAGGAUGAGAUACCAGAUAUACGGGGGUGGCAUUCUUUGAGUGUGUUCACGGUUUCACAUUUAAUGUUUCUGAUCGUGUGCCUUGAACUGCUUCUGAUCCCACAUGAUCACGUGUUUUGAUGUCAGAUGGUCUAACUACCUGCCUAGGUAGAGACAUGAAUACAUAUACACACAGGCAUCUUUAUAUCAGGGAGUUGAUCUUCAUGUUAGUAAAACAUCAAUGUUGCUGGGUAGCAAGAUUUCCCAUAGUAACAAAGAUUGGUGUCGGGCAUUUCCAUCUAAAAGGACCCAUGAGCACCAACAUGUGAAGUUCAUAGGAGCAUGUCAAAUUGGGUGUUACAUGAAAGCUAAGAAAAUUAAGGCAUAUAUAAAUUGUUCAACCAUUUUCCAUCUCUUUUUGAAUAAGAUGGAAAACAGAUGGAAAAGGGGUCUUAGAUAACUUCAACCUACUCAUUCAAGGGUGUUUCUUUAUUUUUACUAUUUUCUACAUUGUAGAAUAAUAGUGAAGACAUCAAAACUAUGAAAUAACACAUAUGGAAUCAUGUAGUAACCAACAAAGUGUUAAACGAAUCAAAUUAUAUUUUAUAUUUGAGAUUCUUCAAAUAGCCACACUUUGCCUUGAUGACAGCUUUGCACACUCUUGGCAUUCUCUCAACCAGCUUCAUGAGGUAGUCACCUGGAAUGCAUUUCAAUUAACAGGUGUGCCUUGUUAAAAGUUAAUUUGUGGAAUUUAUUUCCUUCUUAAUGUUUGAGCCAAUCAGUUGUGUUGUGACAAGGUAGGGUUGGUAUACAGAAGAUAGUCCUAUUUGGUAAAAGACCAAGUCCAUAUUAUGGCAAGAACAGCUCAAAUAAGCAAAGAGAAACGACAGUCCGUCAUUACUUUAAGACAUGAAGGUCAGUCAAUCCGGAAAAUUUCAAGAACUUUGAAAGUUUCUUCAAGGGCAGUCUCAAAAACCAUCAAGCGCUAUGAUGAAACUGGCUCUCAUGUGGACCGCCACAGGAAAGGAAGACCCAGAGUUACCUCUGCUGCAGUGGAUAAGUUCAUUAUAGUUACUUGCCUCAGAAAUUGCAGCCAAAAUAAAUGCAUCACAGAGUUCAAGUAACAGACACAUCUCAACAUCAACUGUUCAGAGGAGACUGCGUGAAUCAGGCCUUCAUGGUCAAAUUGCUGCAAAGAAACCACUACUAAAGGACACCAAUAAGAAGAAGAGACUUGCUUGGGCCAAGAAACACGAGCAAUGGACAUUAGACCGGUGGAAAUCUGUCCUUUGGUCUGAUGAGUCCAAAUUUGAGAUUUUUGGUUCCAACCGCAGUGUCUUUGUGAGACGCAGAGUAGGUGAACGGAUGAUCUCCGCAUGUGUGGUUCCCACUGUGAAGCAUGGAGGAGGAGGUGUGAUUGUGUGGGGGUGCUUUGCUGGUGACACUGUCUGUGAUUUACUUAGAAUUCAAGGCACACUUAACCAGCAUGGCUACCACAGCAUUCUGCAGCGAUACACAAUCCCAUCUGGUUUGGGCUUAGUGGGACUAUCAUUUUAUUUUCAACAGGACAAUGACCCAACACACCUCCAGGCUGUGUAAGGGCUAUUUUACCAAGAAGGAGAGUGAUGGAGUGCUGCAUCAGAUGACCUGGCCUCCACCAUCCCCCGACCUCAACCCAAUUUAGAUGGUUUGAGAUGAGUCGGACGGCAGAGUGAAAGAAAAGCAGCCAACAAGUGCUAAGCAUAUGUGGGAACUCCUUCAAGACUGUUGGAAAAGCAUUCCAGGUGAAGCUGGUUGAGAGAAUGCCAAGAGCGUGCAAAGCUGUCAUCAAGGCAAAGGGUAGCCAUUUGAAGAAUCUCAAAUAUAAAAUAUAUUUUGAUUUGUUUAACACUUUUUCGGUUACUAUAUGAUUCCAUAUGUGUUAUUUCAUAGUUUUGAAGUCUUCACUAUUAUUCUACAAUGUAAUAAAUAGUAAAAAAUAAAUAAACCCUUGAAUGAGUAGUUGUGUCCAAACUUUUGACUGGUACUGUAUGUGUAUAUAUAUAUAUAUAUAUAUAUAUAUAUAUAUAUAUAUAUAUAUAUAUAUAUAUAUAUAUAUAUAUAUAUAUAUAUAUAUAUAUAUAUAUAUUACUGAUAUCAAGUUUGAUUAAAACUUGUAAUUUUGUUACCAAAUCAGAAUUACUGCAAUUGAAUUGGCUACAAUGGGAGAUCAUAGUAGUCACAAACCAUAGUUGGGUCACCUGUUACUGUCCUCCCUUCCACUAGCAUACUGUUAUGUUCAGCUCAUACGUUUUUUUUCCCCUUCUCUUUCAGUCGUCUAGUGGUCAAAACAAGACUGUUUCACAGUCUGGACAAUCAUUCCAUCUUUCUCUCUCUCUCUGCCGCUCUCUCGCUCUUUUCUCUCCAGUUAAUUUCACCUCCCCCGGCUCUUACUGACCACUACCAUGACACCUACCACCUAACCUCUUUCCAUUUACUGUAACAAUCAUCCUCACCCACUGAGCACCAGCGGACGUCCAUGGACGUUGAAAAGUAGUUGAAAUUUGGUCAGUCUGCCCUGGCAAGACCCAAUCUGAACCAAUCAUAGACGUUUGUUUGAUGGACAGUACAGUAGAGCACAGUAGAGAACAGUACAGAAAAGUACAUUAGAGUACUGUACAGUAGAGUUCAGUAGAGCACACUAGAGUACUGUACUAUACUCUACUGUGCUGUACUGUGCUGUCUAAACUUGUGAAACAUAGACGUAUGAUUGUUUCAGAUUUGGUCUGGUCCGGACCAACCAAAUGUGGGGGCGGAGCUCAUUACAAUAAUAGCCAGUGUGUAGAAUGGCCAAAUAUGCAAAGGAGGAUAUUGCAUAUUUCUACAUUUUGUGUACCACAUAUUUCUACCUAUUCAGGAUACAUCACCAUGAAGAGAAUGACAUUUAUAUCCAUAAUUAUGCAUUUCUGUGUAGUACAGAUCAGGGACCCAUGAUGUAAUUCUGUUACCGUAGCAUUGCCCUGUCACCGUCUACUGUACCUGGGAUAUAGAAUCUCUCUCUCGCUCUCUCUCUCUCACCCCCUUCCUUCCUUCUCCCCUCACUCAAAGCUUUCUUUCUUCUGAGGGGAGAGACUCCAGUACAGUGCCAGUAGCAGAGAGACCCUGCCUGUGUGGUUUCACCCCCCCACACUAAAUUGACCACCUCAGACAAACACACGCACAUACUCACACACAGCCCCCUCUCUUCUGCAGAAAUAGGUCUGUUAAUCUGGUCAUUAAACCACCUCUGUCUGUCUCUGGACUGGCUCCAUCUUUCACACUCUCCCUCUCUUUCACUCAAGCACACUAUGUCCCUCUUUCACUCACUUACGCUCUCUCCCUCUCUUUCAGACUGAAUCCCAAAUCACCCCCUCGCCCCUCAGCCCUCCAUUUGUGCGUUCACGCUCCUCAGCCAUUUGCACAAGUGUCCCAAAGCUGAGGGAGUGAAAAUUAUCUAGGCUGUACUGGCUAAUUAGCCCCUCCGGUAGUUACUUCAACUGAGCCUGCAACGCUGCCGGCUUCAUGGUGAAGUGGAAUCCCAUAAGGCACCUCGUUAUUAUUGAGUUUGCGCAAUUUCACACAAAAUAAUGGAGAGGAGUGCCUAAUUAUAUGACACGUGCAUUUGUUUAUGUAAAAUAUGAAAUACCUCCCAUAUUAAAUGAUUAACUGUAACUGAGGUUUAGAUUUUGUAAAACGACUGAGGAUUUGUUCAGUUGAGGAGAGAUGGAGAGAGAGGCUUCCAGUGUCCAGUUAGGCUGUGGCCUGACAAGCUUGCCACUUGGGGGUUCACAUUUUAAAAACUUUUUAGGAUGGUUGAGGCCUUCUAAGCAUUUUCCUGUUUUGUGAGUAUUAACAUUGAUUGCUCUGAACUUGAUGAGAGGACAAGGAUAAAGGUCUCAGUUCUCACUCUUCCUUUUCUCUCCCUCUCUCACCUCCUCCUUUCAGACGAUUACACGGAUGCCCUCCCUCCUCUCCCGGAGAUUCCGGACGCCGGCUCGGUCCUGAGCUCAGUGGGCGUUCCGGGCCGCUUCCGCCACUCCCCCCUACGCUACUGCUCCGCCCACAGCAUGGACUCCUCCCCAGACAGUGCUGAGCGCCCAAUUAGCUACGGCUCCACCUCUUCCUCCGCCUCCUCCCGGGACAGCCACUGCUCACUGGGCAGCCGCUCCACCUUAGGCCCCUCCCCUCACUGUCAUCCCGCUCCGGACCGCGACCGGGACUCCGGGGGCGAUCCAAUUGGAGCUGGUUCCAGCCAGGCAGCUGGGAUGUGGGGAUGAGGAGGAGAGGAAUGAUGGAGGGACAGAGGCAGGAAGAGAGACCGUUAGACAGGUAUCUGCCCAGACCCCCCAGUCAGACACCAAGGCUGGGGAGAGAAGCUCCCCGGGGCCCAGGGUGCAGUAUGUGGACAGGGUGGUUCAGGAGAUACUGGACACUGAGAGGACCUACGUACAGGACCUGCACAGCAUCGUACAGGUAAGGAACAUGGUACCACACAACACCACUGGGGAGACACCAUGCAUCACUGCACCUACAUACAGCACAGGACUACAUUUUCAGACCGUUAGGUGAGAUGCAAACAGUAGGACAGCACAUUAAGUAUAAGUGUUUCCCAACUCCAGUCCUCCAGUACCCCCAACAGUACAUAUUGUUGUUGUAGCCCCAGACAAGCACACCUGAUUCAACUUGUCAACUAACCAUCAAGUCCCUCAGUGAGUUGAAUCAGGUGAGUUUGUCUGGGGCUACAAUAACAAUGUGUUCUGUUGGGACUGCUGGAGGACUGGCGAUGAAACACUGUUGGGACUGCUGGAGGACUGGCGAUGAAACACUGUUGGGACUGCUGGGGGACUGGCGAUGAAACACUGUUGGGACUGCUGGAGGACUGGGAUGAAACACUGUUGGGGACUGCUGGGGGGACUGGCGAUGAAACACUGUUGGGACUGCUGGAGGACUGGCGAUGAAACACUGUUGGGACUGCUGGAGGACUGGCGAUGAAACACUGUUGGGACUGCUGGAGGACUGGCGAUGAAACACUGUUGGGACUGCUGGAGGACUGGCGAUGAAACACUGUUGGGACUGCUGGAGGACUGGCGAUGAAACACUGUUGGGACUGCUGGAGGACUGGCGAUGAAACACUGCAGUAUAAGACUGGUAUAGGACAGAUAGUAGAAUAUAGAAGCAUAUUACUGAACAGCAUCAUACUAGUCAGAAAGAACAGGGGUCAAGAUGAGUGUCACUGACCGUGUCCAUAGAGUGCCCAUAGACAACACCCAUAUACAGGAGAAGUUGAUUCGGGUGGAAGGGUUGUCGUCAGAGGUCCCAACCAGCAGGAAACUGGACCUUUCAGAAAGAGAGGGAUAGGGGUGGGGGGGGCAGGGGAUGGUGGGGGUGGUGUGUGAGUUUGUUGUCGGGGAAAUAGUCUGUUUCCUCCCUCCCGCCCUGUCAGAGGGACCAAGAUUGAUGUUCCCCCCCAUCCCUCCUCGCUCUGUUCAGGGUGAGGAAAAGAGGAAAAGGAGAGCGGUGCUGUAGGAAGAGGAUUUAGAGCUGCAAUAACAAUGUCUAAAGUAGGUUAGCUAAACACUGAGCAGAGCUCACUUUAAAGAUGUAUACUCCCCUUACUUAGACCUGGACCCCCCUUACUCAACAAGACCCCCCUUAUCAGAUCUAUGGGGCAGGACACCCUCUCUUCCACUACACUUUUAGACAGGACCAUAAUGUACCCCUUUCUCCACCCUUAUUAAUGUCAAUCUCACUUAAUGCUAUUCAUCACCAUUGGAUUACAUUCAGAGCAGAUUGCCCUUCUAUAUCUAGCACUUAUCAGCAGGUCCCAUAUCACUUUACAUUGAGUGGGUGUAACACAUCGCACUCAUUCACCACCAUAUUCACCACCACCACCAAUGUACAGUAUAGCUUUCACCCUCCCCCCAUUACCCAGAAUCACUUGCGUGGCGCUUUCCGCAGGGUUAGAGGGGGUGACGGCCCAAACACAAAUAUUUAACCAGACUCCUGUGGGGUCACCUGUGCUCCACCUGUAAAUGACUGACGGUGAUGUGGCCUGCACAAGCAGUGUGUUUGUAUUGGUAUGUGCAUUGAUGUGUGUAGUGGUUUGUGUGUGUGUCACAUGAUGCAUGUAUAUGCAUGUAUAUGGUGGUUGUGCUUGCAGCACAUGCACAUGUAUGUGAUGUAUAGGUAUGUAUUCAGUGCAUUAGGAAAGUAUUCAGACCCUUUGACUUUUUCCACAUUUUGUUACGUUACAGCCUUAUUCUAAAAUUUUAGAAAUUUUUAUUUUUCCUCAUCAAUCUACACACAUUACCCCAGAAUGACAAAGCAAAAACAGGUUUUUAGAAAUGUUUGCACAUUUAUGAAAAACAUAAACAGAAAUACCUUAUUUACAUAAGUAUUCAGACCCUUUGCUAUGGGACUCGAAAUUGAGCGCAGGUGCAUCCUGUUCCCAUUGAUCAUCCUUGAGAUGUUUCUACAACUUGAUUGGAGUCCACCUGUGGUAAAUUCAAUUGAUUGGACAAGAUUUGGAAAGGCACACACCUGUCUAUAAAAGGUCCCACAGUUGACAGUGCAUGUCAGAGUAAAAACCAAGCCAUGAGGUCAAAGGAAUUGUCCGUAGAGCUCCGAGACAGGAUUGUGUCAAGGCACAGAUCUGGGGAAGGGUACCAAAACAUUUCUGCAGCAUUGAAGUUUGGAACCACCAAGACUCUUCCUAGAGCUGGCCGCCCAGCCAAACUGAGCAAUUGGGGGAGAAGGGCCUUGGUCAGGGAGGUCCCUCUGACAGAGCUCCAGUGUUCCUCUGUGGAGAUGGAAGAACCUUCCAGAAGGGCAACCAUCUCUGCAGCACUUCACCAAUCAGGCCUUUAUGGUAGAGUGGCCAGACGGAAGCCACUCCUCAGUAAAAGGCACAUGACAGCCCGCUUGGAGUUUGCCAAAAGGCACGUAAUGGACUCUCAGACCAUGAGAAACUAGAUUCUCUGGUCUGAUGAAACCAAGAUUGAACUCUUUGGCCUGAAUGCCAAGCGUCACGUCUGGAGGAAACCUGGCACCAUCCCUACGGGGAACCAUGUUUUUCAGCGGCAGGGACUGGGAGACUAGUCAGGAUCAAGGGAAAGAUGAACGGAAGCAAAGUACAGAGAGAUCCUUGAUGAAAACCUGCUCCAGAGAGCUCAGGACCUCAGACUGGGGCGACGGUUUACCUUCCAACAGGACAUCGACCAUAAGCGCACAGCCAAGACAACGCAGAAGUGGCUUCAGGACAAGUCUCUGAAUAAUAAUAAUAAUAAUAAUAAUAAUAAUAUGCCAUUUAGCAGACGCUUUUAUCCAAAGCGACUUACAGUCAUGUGUGCAUAAAUUUUUACGUAUGGGUGGUCCCGGGGAUUGAACCUACUACCCUGGCGUUACAAGCGCCAUGCUCUACCAAUUGAGCUACAGAGGACCAGCCAGAGCCCGGACUUGAACCCGAUCUAACAUCUCUGGAGAGACCUGAAAAUAGCUGUGCUGCGACGCUCUCCAUCCAACCUGACAGAGCUUGAGAGGAUCUGCAGAGAAGAAUUGGAGAAACUCCCCAAAUACAGGUGUGCCAAGCUUGUAGCGUCAUACCCAAGAAGACUCGGCUGUAAUUACUGCCAAAGGUGCUUCAACAAAGUACUGGGUAAAGGGUCUGAAUACUUAUGUAAAUGUAUUAUUUCCGUUUUUAAUUUUUAAUACAUUAGCAAAAAUGUAUAAAAAAAACGGUUUUUUGCUUUGUCAUUAUGGGGUAUUGUGUGUAGAUUGAUGAGGGGGGAAAAAACAAUUCAAUCAAUUUUAGAAUAAGGCAGUAAUGUUAAAAAAAAUGUGGAAAAAGUCAAGGGGUCUGAAUACUUUCCAAAUGCACUGUAACUGUAUGUGAUUAGUGCAUGGUAGAUGCACCCUAUGUAUGGUGUCUGUCUGUACACUGUAAUUGUCCUUCCCUGGCUGAAUAACUGUGUUUUAAUGAACCUAUCAGGCUUCUCCAAACAAACUCACAAAGAAACCUGGAGAACGGCUUUUAUCCCAUUUUGCCUGCUCCACUCCCAGACCUGGAACACAUAUUUUAUCCCAUUCCCCCUGCUCCACUCCCAGACCUGGAACACAAAUGUUAUCCCGUUCCCCCUGCUCCAGCCCCAGACCUGGAACACAUCGGAAGGCUGUUUGAUGUUGACCAGGAAAAAUCACAGCACCUCUGGGCAUUCUCAGCAGAGGCUUGUGGGGUUCCAGAAAUGGAAUAUGGAUGUUUUGGAGUUAGCAUGUCCUAGUGAACUGGCUUUCACAUGGGCGUAUGGAGUGAGGAGACGGUGUCGGUGUAUGUUAGAUUCAGAGAAAUAGAGAGAAAGUGUGUGUGUCUUAAUGUGUAACGUGGGGAAUCGUCAAAUGCAGUUUAUAUUUAGUCUCAAACGUUUGAGAAGCUUAGCUGGGGGUGUGUGUGCGUUUGUUUUGGAAUUGUGUGUGUUUUAAGAUGUGUGUAUGGUUUUGCUAUCCUUGUGCGGACCAGAAGGGGUGGGGUUUAACACUUUGUGUGUGUGUGAUCAGGCUCAGACUAGGCUGUGUUGAUUGACUGGGUCAGGGCAGGUCACAUGGCUAAUAAAGUCUCACCUUACACCUUAACCAUGGCCAACAACCCCAACCCUCAACAUGACCCUGGUCCCCUACCGUGACUCCACCAACCACCAUUAUCCUAGCUGCAACCCAACUCUUACCUCCCAACCUGACCCUAAACCAUUACCCCGAAACGCCCAUAUCUGCCUAUUCACCCCGUGUAGCUCAGUUGGUAGAGCAUGGCGUUUGCAAUGCCAGGGUUGUGGGUUCGAUUCCCACGGGGGGUCAGUAUGAAAAUGUAUGCACUCACUAACUGUAAGUCGCUCUGGAUAAGAGCGUCUGCUAAAUGACUAAAAUGUAAAUCCAAACUGUCUCCUCUUACCUCAGAACCUUGACCCAUGCUUCUCUUUUACACAAUGGUUCAGUCAGAGUUCCCCCUCUGGGAGAGGAUGACCUCACCAAACAAUCUAAGAGUGUUGUGUGUGUUAGAGAGGGGGAGGGGGGUGUUGACGCAGUGUGUGUUUGGGGUGAGACGCAGGUUGGCUACUUUGUGUAGCCUGCAGAUAUAGAUGGUAUCAGUGUGAGAGAAUGUACUUAUCCCAUCUGUCAACGAGACGGAGACGAGAGGAGAAACAGGAUGAGGGAGAGACUGAAAGUGUGUAUGCGCGUGCCGGACCGUGUCUGUGUACACGUGGAGAGAAAGCUGAGGCGUAUAAUCACUAUUGGUAGCUGAACAUGUCAUGGCUGAGAUGGUGGGAUAAGAGACUGUCUGAACAGACACAGCUUCAGUUCCUUAAACACUUCUCUACAAGCCUCUCACCAGUGUAUCCUAUCCUAUUAGCUACUGUAGGCCCUAAGACAUUUUGCUGUGCUGGUCAAACAGCCAUCUGGACAAAGAGGAGUACCGACUGAAUAGUCUCUAGUUAAGUAGGCGGAUUAAGACUGGACUGAAGUCAGGGAGAAGUGGGCUGUGGGCCCAGUUGUUUUACUAGACAGGAACUCUCUUUAUCUAAAGCAGAUUGAAUGUGUGCUGAAUAAGUGUGAGAAGUGUGUGUGGUCUCAAAGAGUUUACGAUGCUGUGUGUAUCUAUAAGUGGAGAGUAUGUUUUCAUAGUGUGUGUGUGUUCAGAGUGUGUGUUGGUGGGGGGUUGGCAGAGUGAUGCCAGGGAGCAUGUCAGGCAUACUGUCCCUCUCGCAUGGCUGUUGAUGGGAUAUUCCUCAAAACACUUUGUUGUGGGUGUCAUAACUGACCUCUCUCUCCCCAUCACUCUCUCCGUCUCUCUCUCUUGCUCUCUCUCUUGCUCUCUCCGUCUCUCUCUCUCUCUCUCUCUCUCUCUCUCUCUUGCUCUCUCUCUUGCUCUCUCCGUCUCUCUCUCUCUCUCUCUCGGUCUCUGGCUGUCUCUCUGGCUGUCUCUUGCUCUCACUUUCACUCAAUUCAAUAUGGUUUUUUGGCAUGAAAUAUAUUCUGUCAUUGCCAAUGUAUAAAACGAUACAUUUAGAAGUCGAAAGUACAAUUGCAUAAAGACACGUACAUUGUUUCUCAGAAAACAUAUAUUUUUCUCUCUCUCUGUAGGAUUACCUGGAGUGUAUCAGUAACCAGUCUUGCCUGGCACUGAGCUCAGAGGAGAGAGGCUCUCUAUUCGGGAACAUACGAGACAUCUACCACUUCAACAGGUAAGCACACUCACCUACUGUACCACUUCAAAGAGGUAAACGCACACAUACACACACACACACCCCUAAAACAAAUACAGAGUGCGUUCUCCAAAUAAUCUACAGAAUGAGGAUAGUUUGUCUCACCUGUCGAUAUGUGGGGGGCCAGUGACCAAUGGACAUUGUGUGUCCAUUAUGUUUUGUCCAUCUGAGGAGUGUGUGUGUGUGUGUGUGUGUGUUCAAGACCACCAGGCCUGCUGCAAGCCUAGUCACUCAGACUGUCAGCUGUCACAUAAAGACACACAGCAACACAGGGACAGAGAGAAAAACCUAGAGAGAGAAUUCACAUAGUGGGGGAGUUUGGUUUGACACAAACUCCUUACAAACAGUCCCAAUGACCUCAUUCCCUAGACAUGUAACAAUGGCUACACCAGUUGACCAUGUUUCCAUCAACCAAGAAGAAUUACGGACACACGCACACAGAAACUAUUUCAAUUAACGGAAGUUACUUUUUGUUGUAAGCAGAGCACCCUAGGACCUAAUACUGUGUCCCAAGUACAUUUGUUCCUGAACAUUUUUGUUGUUUAUUACAAAGAGCAAUGGGGAGCAGUUUGUAUUCCAAUGAUUGAAUUAAGUGUGUGGAGUGUGAGUGGUUAAAGUACUGAUACCCUGAUGUGAUAAACAUUUUUGUUUACAGAGAUCUGCUUCAUGACCUGGAAAAGUGUAAUUCGGACCCUGUGGCCAUCGCAGAGUGCUUCGUAGCCAAGGUAAGUCACUUCUUUCUUUCUUUCUUGUCGAAGCCUGUCUGAACAGCUGAUUCGGAACAAAAAAACACUCCAAGCAUGUACGUACACACACUCAACCAAAACAUUAUUUAGGUUACAAACUAACCAAAAUCGUAAUCAUACUUCGUCAUACUGACAGAGAAGGAGAAUUUCUGACAAAAUGUAAGGGACGGCCAAAUGUAUAACCACCAUUUACUGGUGAGGGCUAAUAGUAAUACUUCAACAACAACUGAGCAAAAAAACUCUGCUCCUCUCGUUUCUCUUAGCUCUGUGUGUGUGGGUCUAUAACUGUGUUUGGUCUUCUUUCCAUUCCUUUUCCACAUUAAAUCAUUCUAUUUCAUGAUAACUGCAUACCAACACUUACUCAACAGACGUAUCUCUAUCAAUACCACAAUAAGUACACAGUAAUCUGUCUGUAACAAGAGUUUAUCAGUCUGGACAUGCACAAACACACUAGUCAUUUCACCAUGGUCUGUGCCAGUGUGUACGAUAGUAGCUCUUGUUGAAACACAAGUUUUAUAGUUACCCAGUCCAUGCUACACAUAUUCAUUAUCCCCAUACCAUUAAUAAUGCACUUCAGAAAGUAUUCAUACCCCUUGACUGAUUCCAUAUUUUGUUGCCCCCCCCCCGACUUAGUCACAACUCGGCAAAGCGUUUGAAGGAGUGAAAAAACAGACCAUAAAUCCAUCCCUCCCUCCUUCUCUUGGAGGUUAAUCGUCUAUCUGUCCUGAUGUUCCUUACCCUGCUUUCAGUGAAAUGUGUUGAGUAAGCAGCCUAGUCUUUAUGGGUCCCUACAUGCUGACUGCACCACUGUUGCACAAUUAAAACAAGAUCAUAAAGUUUUAUCAUCUGGUAGAAAGAAAUCUCUCCUCUUCAGCGUUUAGCUGAUCUCCUAACCCCUAGCUCCUCAAGCCAGUCUAGACCUCUCAGCCUGCCAGCCGGUCAAUACAGAAGCAAAACCAAUUACUAUAUAACAUCCCAUAAUGCUUUAGUCCUAUCAUGAUGAUGAUGAUGAUGAGCAGCACAGUCUGGAGAUGUACUAUCUAUAAAUCUAAAUCUAUGGUAGCUCAGCAGAAAUCCUCAGGUCCAGUCUCUGCCUUGCUGUUCUGAGAUGAUCUAAACUUCACUAUCUAUUAAUUAAGGAUGUUUUUUUUAAAAAAUAAUUUCACUGUUUGAAUAGUAUGCUGAAUUGUCGUCGCAUAUCCACAUAUUCGAAAUACAUGUUUGUUUUUUUAAACAGAAGUUUUUAACCUGAGCACUGCUGCAAAAGGGGGGAGUGGCUGGCGCUAUAUUGCUGCAGCUGCAGAGGUGGCGUUGUAUGUAGCGAAUAGACGGAGCGAGAGAGAUGCCAAGGCAACUCGGCUACAGCCAAGAAUAGCUAACUUGUAGCAGCCACAAUGUUAUUUAUCAUCCCAUAUAACAGUGCCUGUCUUGACUGGAGUAGCUGAGAGAAGCUAACUAGCUAAGCCAGCCAGCUAUAGCUAGCUAGGCUAAUUGAGGCCACAUGCUGCGCUUUCUCCCCAACCUCAUUCAGAUAAAACAACAGCCGUAACGGUUGGUUGCUUAUUAUAGCCUACUCCUUCUCAUUUCGCAAACUUUUAAUACCGUAAUUUGAUUCCAUCUUGCAGUGCAUUAGUGAACUCUCACUCCACUUGCUACACAUUGAGCCUCUAUGCCGCUUUGACAAAUGCACAACAUACACAACAACCUACGCACCUGAAGGCUACCUUUUUUUAUGGGGCGCACCAUGCAUGUCAUAACUACAUUGGAAAGAUUUUUGUUUUAUUGACAUAAUCAUUAGAAAUGUCAUGGUAUAUCCUUGUAUGUACAGUGAGGGAAAAAAGUAUUUGAUCCCCUGCUGAUUUUGUACGUUUGCCCACUGACAAAGAAAUGAUCAGUCUAUAAUUUUAGUGGUAGGUUUAUUUGAACAGUGAGAGACAGAAUAACAACAAAUAAAUCGAGAAAAAAUUAUGUUAUAAAAUGUUAUAAAUUGAUUUGCAUUUUAAUGAGGGAAAUAAGUAUUUGACUCCCUCUCAAUCAGAAAGAUCUCUGGCUCCCAGGUGUAUUUUAUAAAGGUAACGUGCUGAGAUUAGGAGCACACUCUUAAAGGGAGUGCUCCUAAUCUCAGCUUGUUACCUAAUUAAAAGACACCUGUCCACAGAAGCAAUCAAUCAAUCAGAUUCCAAACUCUCCACCAUGGCCAAGACCAAAUAGCUCUCCAAGGAUGUCAGGGACAAGAUUGUAGACCUACACAAGGCUGGAAUGGGCUACAAGACCAUCGCCAAGCAGAUUGGUGAGAAGGUGACAACAGUUGGUGCAAUUAUUCGCAAAUGGAAGAAACACAAAAUAACUGUCAAUCUCCCUCGGCCUGGGGCUCCAUGCAAGAUCUCACCUCAUGGAGUUGCAAUGAUCAUAAGAACGGUGAGGAAUCAGCCCAGAACUACACAGGAGGAUCUUGUCAAUGAUCUCAAGGCAGCUGGGACCAUAGUCACCAAGAAAACAAUUGGUAACACACUACGCCGUGAAGGACUGAAAUCCUGCAGCGCCCGCAAGGUCCCCCUGCUCAAGAAAGCACAUAUACAGGCCCGUCUGAAGUUUGCCAAUGAACAUCUGAAUGAUUCAGAGGAGAACUGGGUGAAAGUGUUGUGGUCAGAUGAGACCAAAAUGGAGCUCUUUGGCAUCAACUCUACUCGCCGUGUUUGGAGGAGGAGGAAUGCUGCCUAUGACCCCAAGAACACCAUCCCCACCGUCAAACAUGGAGGUGGAAACAUUAUGCUUUGGGGGUGUUUUUCUGCUAAGGGGACAGGAUAACUUCACUGCAUCAAAGGGACGAUGGACGGGGCCAUGUACCGUCAAAUCUUGGGUGAGAACCUCCUUCCCUCAGCCAGGGCAUUGAAAAUGGGUCGUGGAUGGAUAUUCCAGCAUGACAAUGACCCAAAACACACGGCCAAGGCAACAAAGGAGUGGCUCAAGAAGAAGCACAUUAAGGUCCUGGAGUAGUCUAGCCAGUCUCCAGACCUUAAUCCCAUAGAAAAUCUGUGGAGGGAGAUGAAAAAUCGAGUUGCCAAAUGUCAGCCUUGAAACCUUAAUGACUUAGAGAAGAUCUGCAAAGAGGAGUGGGACAAAAUCCCUCCUGAGAUGUGUGCAAACCUGGUGGCCAACUACAAGAAACGUCUGACCUCUGUGAUUGCCAACAAGGUUUUUGCCACCAAGUACUAAGUAAUGUUUUGCAGAUGGGUGAAAUACUUAUUUCCCUCAUUAAAAUGCAAAUCAAUUUAUAACAUUUUUGACAUGUGUUUUUCUGGAUUUUUUUGUUUGUUAUUCUGUCUCUCACUGUUCAAAUAAACCUACCAUUAAAAUUAUAGACUGAUCAUGUCUUUGUCAGUGGGCAAACGUACAAAAUCAGCAGGGGAUCAAAUACUUUUUUCCCUCACUGUAACAACGUCACAUGGACAUUUUAAUCUAAGUUAGAAAAGGCCUUUUCAGUGUUAAAAUAGGACAUACAAAAAUUCUCUAAAAAUGAAUACUCACACUACUAUUAAUCUAUAUCUAUGUUAUAUCAGAAGUGAUUGAUCAUGUCAUUUAGAAAAUGUCCUCACUGAUCAAAGCUGAGCAGAAAUCCACAGAUUCCAUCUCUGCCUUGCUGUAUGAUGUCAGGGUUUCUACUGUAGUCCUUUCUAGCUCAGUUGGUAGAGCAUGGCACUUGAAAUGCCAGGGUAGUAGGUUCGAUUCCCGGGACUACCCAAUACGUAAAAUAUAUGCACGCAUGACUGUAAGUCGCUUUGGAUAAAAGUGUCUGCUAAAUGGCAUGCAUAUAUAUAUAUAUAUAUAUAUACAGUGGGGAAAAAAAGUAUAUAGUCAGCCACCAAUUGUGCAAGUUCUCCCAUUUAAAAAGAUGAGAGAGGCCUGUAAUUUUCAUCAUAGGUGCACGUCAACUAUGAAAGACAAAUUGAGAAAAAAAAUCCAGAAAAUCACAUUGUAGGAUUUUUAAUGAAUUUAUUUGCAAAUUAUGGUGGAAAAUAAGUAUUUGGUCACCUACAAACAAGCAAGAUUUCUGGCUCUCACAGACCUGUAACUUCUUCUUUUAGAGGCUCCUCUGUCCUCCACUCGUUACCUGUAUUAAUGGCACUUGUUUGAACUUGUUAUCAGUAUAAAAGACACCUGUCCACAACCUCAAACAGUCACACUCCAAACUCCACUAUGGACAAGACCAAAGAGCUGUCAAAGGACAAAAUUGUAGACCUGCACCAGGCUGGGAAGACUGAAUCUGCAAUAGGUAAGCAGCUUGGUUUGAAGAAAUAAACCGUGGGAGCAAUUAUUAGGAAAUGGAAGACAUACAAGACCACUGAUAAUCUCCCUUGAUCUGGGACUCCACGCAAGAUCUCACCCCGUGGGGUCAAAAUGAUCACAAGAACGGUGAGCAAAAAUCCCAGAACCACACGGGGGGACCUAGUGAAUGACCUGCAGAGAGCUGGGACCAAAGUAACAAAGCCUACCAUCAGUAACACACUACGCCGCCAGGGACUCAAAUCCUGCAGUGCCAGACGUGUCCCCCUGCUUAAGCCAGUACAUGUCCAGGCACGUCUGAAGUUUGCUAGAGUGCAUUUGGAUGAUCCAGAAGAGGAUUGGGAGAAUGUCAUAUGGUCAGAUGAAACCAAAAUAGAACUUUUUGGUAAAAACUCAACUCGUCGUGUUUGGAGGACAAAGAAUGCUGAGUUGCAUCCAAAGAACAACAUACCUACUGUGAAGCAUGGGGGUGGAAACAUCAUGCUUUGGGGCUGUUUUUCUGCAAAGGGACCAGGACGACUGAUCCGUGUAAAGGAAAGAAUGAAUGGGGCCAUGUAUCGUGAGAUUUUGAGUGAAAACCUCCUUCCAUCAGCAAGGGCAUUGAAGAUUAAACGUGGCUGGGUCUUUCAGCAUGACAAUGAUCCCAAACACACCGCCCGGGCAACGAAGGAGUGGCUUCGUAAGAAGCAUUUCAAGGUCCUGGAGUGGCCUAGCCAGUCUCCAGAUCUCAACCCCAUAGAAAAUCUUUGGAGGGAGUUGAAAGUCCGUGUUGCCCAGCGACAGCCCCAAAACAUCACUGCUCUAGAGGAGAUCUGCAUGGAGGAAUGGGCCAAAAUACCAGCAACAGUGUGUGAAAACCUUGUGAAGACUUACAGAAAACGUUUGACCUGUGUCAUUGCCAACAAAGGGUAUAUAACAAAGUAUUGAGAAACUUUUGUUAUUGACCAAAUACUUAUUUUCCACCAUAAUUUGGAAUAAUAGGAACUGAGAAGUGGUCUGUGGUCACCACAUGCAAAACCACUCCUUUAUUGGGGGUGUCUUGCUAAUUGCCUAUAAUUUCCUCCUGUUGUCUAUUCCAUUUGCACAACAGCAUGUGAAAUUUAUUGUCAAUCAGUGUUGCUUCCUAAGUGGACAGUUUGAUUUCACAGAAGUGUGAUUGACUUGGAGUUACAUUGUGUUGUUUAAGUGUUCCCUUUAAUUUGAGAAAGGAAGGAGGGUAUGGAGAGAUGGACAUUAGGUGAGGAGAGGGAUAAGAAAGCUAGAGGGCUAUAGACGGAACAUGAGAGGGGGAAGUAUGGAAAGAUGGUAGGAGAUAUGUAAUGGCAUAAGUAGUGAGAGACUGUGAUCAAGAGCGAAAGAGCGUGAACAGAAGAAACCAAGACAUUCAGCGAGAUGGAGGUAGAGAAAAAGGGAUGAGGAAGAGAGCGAGGUUCAUUCCAGCUUUGAUAAGUCAUGCUGCCUCUGAUGUCUUUGAAGUACAGGGAGGCAUGAGAGGUGGAAACGGCAAAUUAAAGGGGUGGGUAUGGGAAUAAGAGGGCAUUUAAUCAGUGUCUACAGCAUAGCGCCCCACAUUGCCUUUAACGGUCAAUAAGCAGUUGCUACAUACAUUUUGGUACUAAUAAAAAACGUAUACAUUUGAUUCUUGAAGAAUAUAACUUAUAAAUUCCUCAUGAGUAGUUAAACUGUCGUACCCCAUCAGAAAUCAAAAUAUAAGCUUGUUUUACUCCAAUGUUUGUUCAUAAAUAAAAUGUAAACAAACACGGUAUAGCCUCAAAACAUGGUUAAACUAUUCAUUUGAUAUCAUGGAUAGCUCUGUCUAUGAAUUUGAGACUGGUUACAUUUCUCCAACCCCGUCCCUCAGCUUUUUACCGAAACGGGCGGUGAGUAGCCUUUGUUAUUGUUUCAACUGCUGAUUGAAGCUUUAAGACAUGGAUACUGGUCAUCAAGGUUCACUUUCAUUCUCUGCCUUUAAACUGAGUUGAGAGGCCUCCUUAUUCCCUGUUUCUAGAUCAGUGAGCAUAGCUCAGGAAUGCUUGACCACUGACUCACCCAGUGCAACCUCCCCCCUUCCCCUUGAUACAAACACACACUCAUCCAUUUACUGUAAAUGUAAACUCACUCUGUCUUCCCUUUUGGCACACAUUUUACAAGGUUUUGAAAGUUCUCAAGUCAAGAGAGGAAUUUAGGGAGGAUAGUUUGUAUCAUUUUACAUUUACAUUUUAGUCAUUUAGCAGACGCUCUUAUCCAGAGCGACUUACAGGAGCAAUUAGGGUUAAGUGCCUUGCUCAAGGGCACAUUUACGUCAUUUAGCAGACGCUCUUAUCCAGAGCGACUCACAAAUUGGUGCAUUCACCCUAUAGCCAGUGGGAUAACCACUUUACAAAAAUUUUUUUUUGGGGGGGGGGGGGGGGGGGGGGUAGAAGGAUUACUUUAUCCUAUCCCAGGUAUUCCUUAAAGAGGUGGGGUUUCAAAUGUCUCCGGAAGGUGGUGAGUGACUCCGCUGUCCUGGCGUCGUGAGGGAGCUUGUUCCACCAUUGGGGUGCCAGAGCAGCGAACAGUUUUGACUGGGCUGAGCGGGAACUAUGCUUCCGCAGAGGAAGGGGAGCCAGCAGGCCAGAGGUGGAUGAACGCAAUGCCCUCGUUUGGGUGUAGGGACUGAUCAGAGCCCGAAGGUACAGAGGUGCCGUUCCCCUCACUGCUCCAUAGGCAAGCACCAUGGUCUUGUAACGGAUGCGAGCUUCAACUGGAAGCCAGUGGAGUGUGCGGAGGAGGGGGGUGACGUGAGAGAACUUGGGAAGGUUGAACACCAGACGGGCUGCGGCGUUCUGGAUGAGUUGUAGGGGUUUAAUGGCACAGGCAGGGAGGCCAGCCAACAGCGAGUUGCAGUAAUCCAGACGGGAGAUGACAAGUGCCUGGAUUAGGACCUGUGCCGCUUCCUGUGUAAGGCAGGGUCGUACUCUCCGAAUGUUGUAGAGCAUGAACCUGCAGGAGCGGGUCACCGCCUUGAUGUUAGCGGAGAACGACAGGGUGUUGUCCAGGGUCACGCCAAGGCUCUUCGCACUCUGGGAGGAGGACACAACGGAGUUGUCAACCGUGAUGGCGAGAUCAUGGAACGGGCAGUCCUUCCCCGGGAGGAAGAGCAGUUCCGUCUUGCCAGGGUUCAGCUUGAGGUGGUGAUCCGUCAUCCAUACUGAUAUGUCUGCCAGACAUGCAGAGAUGCGAUUCGCCACCUGGUUAUCAGAAGGGGGAAAGGAGAAGAUUAGUUGUGUAUCGUCAGCGUAGCAAUGAUAGGAGAGGCCAUGUGAGGAUAUGACAGAGCCAAGUGACUUGGUGUAUAGGGAGAAAAGGAGAGGGCCUAGAACUGAGCCCUGGGGGACACCAGUGGUGAGAGCACGUGGUGCGGAGACAGCUUCUCGCCACGCCACUUGGUAGGAGCGACCGGUCAGGUAGGACGCAAUCCAGGAGUGAGCCGCGCCGGAGAUGCCCAGCUCGGAGAGGGUGGAGAGGAGGAUCUGAUGGUUCACAGUAUCAAAGGCAGCAGACAGGUCUAGAAGGACAAGAGCAGAGGAGAGAGAGUUAGCUUUAGCAGUGCGGAGAGCCUCCGUGACACAGAGAAGAGCAGUCUCAGUUGAAUGACCAGUCCUGAAACCUGACUGGUUUGGAUCAAGAAGGUCAUUCUGAGAGAGAUAGCAAGAGAGUUGGCUAAAGACGGCACGCUCAAUAGUUUUGGAAAGAAAAGAAAGAAGGGAUACUGGUCUGUAGUUGUUGACAUCAGUGGGAUCGAGUGUUGGUUUUUUGAGAAGGGGAGCAACUCUCGCUCUCUUGAAGACGGAAGGGACAUGGCCAGCGGUCAAGGAUGAGUUGAUCAGCGAGGUGAGGUAGGGGAGAAGGUCACCGGAGAUGGUCUGGAGAAGAGAGGAGGGGAUGGGGUCAAGCGGGCAGGUUGUUGGGCGGCCUGCAGUCACAAGUCGCAGGAUUUUAUCUGGAGAGAGAGGGGAGAAAGAAGUCAAAGCAUAGGGUAGGGCAGUGUGAGUAGGACCAGCAGUGUCAUUAGACUUAACAAACGAGGAUCGGAUGUCGUCAACCUUCUUUUCAAAGUGGUUGACGAAGUCAUCCACAGAGAGAGAGGAGGGGGGGGGGGGAGGGGGGGAGGAUUCAGGAGGGAGGAAAAUGUGGCAAAGAGCUUCCUAGGGUUAGAGGCAGAUGCUUGGAAUUUAGAGUGGUAGAAAGUGGCCUUAGCAGCAGAAACAGAUGAAGAAAAUGUAGAGAGGAGGGAGUGAAAAGAUGCCAGGUCGGCAGGGAGUUUAGUUUUCUUCCAUUUCCGCUCCGCUGCCCGGAGCUCUGUUCUGUGAGCUCGCAAUGAGUCAUCAAGCCACGGAGCUGGAGGGGAGGACCGAGCCGGCCGGGAGGAUAGGGGACACAGAGAGUCAAAGGAUGCAGAAAGGGAGGAGAGGAGGGUUGAGGAGGCAGAAUCAGGAGAUUGGAGGGAGAAGGAUUGAGCAGAGGGAAGAGAUGAUAGGAUGGAAGAGGAGAGAGUAGUGGGAGAGAGAGAGCGAAGGUUGCGGCGGCGCAUUACCAUCUGUGUAGGGGCAGAGUGAGUAGUGUUGGAGGAGAGCGAGAGAGAAAAGGAAACAAAGUAGUGGUCGGAGACAUGGAGGGGAGUUGCAGUGAGAUUAGUAGAAGAGCAGCAUCUAGUAAAGAUAAGGUCAAGCGUAUUGCCUGCCUUGUGAGUAGGGGGGGACGGUGAGAGGGUGAGGUCAAAAGAGGAGAGGAGUGGAAAGAAGGAGGCAGAGAGAAAUGAGUCAAAUGUGGACAUAGGGAGGUUGAAAUCCCCCAAAACUGUGAGGGGUGAGCCAUCCUCAGGAAAGGAACUUAUCAAGGCGUCAAGCUCAUUGAUGAACUCUCCAAGGGAACCUGGAGGGCGAUAGAUGACAAGGAUAUUAAGCUUAAAUGGGCUAGUGACUGUGACAGCAUGGAAUUCAAAUGAGGAGAUAGACAGGUGGGUUAGGGGAAAAAUUGAGAAUGUCCACUUGGGAGAGAUGAGGAUUCCUGUGCCACCACCCCUCUGACCAGAUGCUCUCGGGGUAUGCGAGAACACAUGGUCAGACGAGGAGAGAGCAGUAGGAGUAGCAGUGUUUUCAGUGGUAAUCCAUGUUUCCGUCAGCGCCAGAAAGUCGAGGGACUGGAGGUUAGCAUAGGCUGGGAUGAAGUCAUCUUUGUUGGCAGCAGAACGGCAGUUCCAGAGGCUGCCUGAGACCUGGAACUCCAGGUGUGGGGUGCGUGCAGGGACCACCAGGUUAGAGAGGCAGCAGCCACGCGGUGUGAGGCGUUUGUGUAGCCUGUGCAGAGAGGAGAGAACAGGGAUAGGCAGAGGCAUAGUUGACAGGCUGUAGCAAAUGGCUACAAUAAUGCAGAGGAGAUCGGAAUGAAAUGAACUAAACAUCUGGAAGAAGAGAGAGCAGGGCCUCCCUCACCAAAACUUCCACCUCAGAAACUAUAAUUGUUUCACUGAACCACCCGAACAAAAACUCUCCCAACUUCCACCUUUAGAAAUCAGAAUUGUUGUGAACCACAGCGGUUCAAUGUUUAAAGGAGUAGACUAGCACCAACACUUGGUCACAACAAACCACCAAUAGUGUGUUAACACACUAAGCAGAUAAUUCGUGUCCGUGUCUAGUUCCUUUCAUAACGCAGCAAUAAUUAAACGUUGGCUAGCUUAGCACAAAUAUAUUGUAUUUAGCUGCCACAGUACAGCACACAAUGGCUACUGUGUUGACUCUGUUCGAAAAACGGCUAGCUAGCUAGCUUCGUGCUACACCGAAGACAAUGCCAACCUACAGUAACUACCCACAACAGCCCACGAUGCCUAACUAUGACACCAUAGCUAACUAGCAUGCUAGCAUCCAAUAACACACAGUUUAGCACCAAUACUUGGUUACAACAGACUACCAAUAGUGUGUUAACACACUAAACAGAUCAUUCGUGUCCGUGUCUAGUUCCUUUCAUAACGCAGCAAUAAUUAAACGUUGGCUAGCUAGCAUAAGUAUAUUGUAUUUAGCUACUAACUAUCCUCUUCUGCUGUUACUGGUAUGAGUGAUUUCAUAUGAGUGAUUUCAGGGACUGAUGCCAAUGCAACAUUAAUAAUAAUAAUAUAAUAUGCCAUUUAGCAGACGCUUUUAUCCAAAGCGACUUACAGUCAUGUGUGCAUACAUUUUUGUGUAUGGGUGGUCCCGGGGAUCGAACCCACUACCCUGGCGUUACAAGCGCCGUGCUCUACCAGCUGAGCUACAGAGGACCACAUUAAUGUAAUAAUUUGAUCAAGGACUGAUGCCAAUACAACAUUAAUGUAAUUAUUUGAUCAAGGACUGAUGCCAAUACAACAUUAAUGUAAUUAUUUGAUCAGGGACUGAUGCCAAUAUAACAUUAAUGUCAUUAUUUUGUCUUUCUUUCCCAGAGUGAAGAGUUCCACAUUUACACUCAGUACUGCACCAACUACCCAAGGUAAGCAACCCCAACUAUGACUUCUGACACAAGAUAUCGGUUUUGCAUAUAGCACUUUUCAUAAACACUGAGUAUACCAAACAUUAGGAACACCUUCCUAAUAUUGAGUUGUACCCCCCCGCCUUUUGCCCUCAGAACAGCCUCAAUUCGUCGGGGCGUUCCUACAAGGUGUUGAAAGCGUUCCACAGGGAUGCUGGCCCAUGUUGACUCCAUUGCUUCCCACAGUUGUGUCAAGUUGGCUAGAUGUCCUUUGGGUGGUGGACCAUUUCUUGAUACACACGGGAGUGUGAAAAACCCAGCAGUGUUGUAGCUCUUGACACAAACCCGUUCGUCUGGCACCUACUACCAUACCCCGUUCAAAGGCACUUAAAUAUUUUGUCUUGCCCAUUCACCCUUUGAAUGGCACACAUACACAAUCCAUGUCUUGUCUCAAGGCUUAAAAAUCAUUCUUUAACCGGUCUCCUCCCCUUCAUCUACAAUGAUUUGAAGUUAAUUUAACAAGUGACAUCAAUAAGGGAUCAUAGCUUACACCUGGAUUCACCUGGUCAGUCUAUGUCAUGGAAAGAGCAGGUGUUCUUAAUGUUUUGUAUACUCAGUGUAGUCUGCCCCACUUUCAUUGUGUGUGCAUCAGAGGAUGCUGGUGGGAGGAGCCAUAGGACGACGGGCUAAUUGUAAUGGCUGGAAUGAAAUAAAUGGAACGGUAUCAAACUUAUGGAAACCACAUGUUUGGCUCCGUUCCAUUCAUUCCACUUCAGUCAUUACACUGAGCCUGUCCUCCUAUAGCUCUUCCCACCAGCCUCCUGUGGUGCGUGUUUGACAGUCUGUAGUAUGAACAUAUAUACUAGUAUUAUCUUUCGCCUUGUUAUCCAAUGUGAUCUGGAUUUGCAUACAGGUGAAUCUCACGUUCACGUUCUUGAUUCCCAGAGUGUCGUAUAUCUUUAUAGAGCUACAGUACACCAGCCUCGCUCUCUGGGUAGCCCUGAUAUACAGCCCAACCCAACAGGAGUCUGUCUGUCUCUCCCUCUCUAAUUCCUUCUUUAUUUGAUAUGGAGCCUGUUGACAGAGUUACAGCCCCUACUCUGACAGAUGGGUAUUAUACCCGUCACCUUAUCAUACUCAGUGGCUGGCUUUAAUGUUUUAUUUCACCUUGUGUGAACGACAUCUUGUAAUAGGAAACCAUGUGCCCCUGUGACUGGGGGACAAAAAUGUGAGACAAUGAAACCUAAUGAGAGCAGUGUGUUUCACAAUGGUUGUGCCACACUACAAGCAGCACACUUUUGGAUGCGGCAUGUCUGAAGUGUAUUAUUUUAGCAUUGUGAUGAAACACACACAUUACCCGCUACUACUGACAAGUGAUUAUUUAGUAGUUAUCGAUGAUGGUGAUUAUGUAAGUAGUUAGAGAUUGUGUGUUUGUGUGUGUGCGCGCGCAUGUGUCCACAUUCCAGUGCAGCUCCACACAGGCCUCACAUUGUUGUCUCUGAGAAACCCGACCCGAGAGCUCAGAAUGACCGAGAUACAUCUACAGCCUCGGUUCCUACUGUAAUUGUGUGUGUGUGUGUCGGUCGUGUGUGACCUUAGCUAGGGUCACCAGCUGUGUGGGGGGGUGGUUGACACACACACACACACACACACACACAUACAUACAUACAUACAUACAUACAUACAUACAUACAUACAUACAUACAUACAAACAGUGCAUUCGGAAAGUAUUCAGACCCCUUGACUGUUUCCACAUUUUGUUACGUUACUGCCUUGUUCUAAAAUGGAUUAAAUAUUUUUUUUCCCUCAUCAAUCUACACACAAUACCCCAUAAAGACAAAGCAAAAACAGGUUUUUAGACAUUUUUGCACAUUUAUGAAAAAUUAAAAUACGGAAAUAUCACAUUUACACAAGUAUUCAGACCCUUUACUCAGUACUUUGUUGAAACACCUUUGGCAGCGAUUACAGCCUUGAGUCUUCUUGGGUAUGACGCUACAAGCUUGGCACACCUGUAUUUGGGGAGUUUCUCCCAUUCUUUUACUGAGGAGUGGCUUCUGUCUGGUCACUCUACCGUAAAGGCCUGAUUGGUGGAGUGCUGCAGAGAUGGUUGUCCUUCUGGAAGGUUCUCCCAUCUCCACAGAGGGUUCUUGGUCCAUCGGGUUCUUGGUCAACUCCCUGACCAAGGCCCUUCUCCCCCGAUUGCUCAGUUUGGCCGGCCGGCCAGCUCUAGGAAGAGUCUUGUUGGUUCCAAACUUCUUCCAUUUAAGAAUGAUGGAGGCCACUGUGUUCUUGGGGAUCUUCAAUGCUGCAGAAAUGUUUUGGUACCCUUCCCCAGAUCUGUGCCUCGACACAAUCCUGUCUCGGAGCUCUACAGACUAUUCCUUCGACCUUAUGGCUUGGUUUUUGCUCUGACAUGCACUGUCAACUGUGGGAUCUUAUAUAGACAGGUAUGUGCCUUUCCAAAUUAUGUCCAAUCAAUUUAAUUUACCACAGGUGGACUCCAAUGAAGUUGUAGAAGGAUGAUCAAUGGAAACAGGAUGCACCUGAGCUCAAUUGAGUCUCAUAGCAAAGGGUCUGAAUACUUUUGCAAAAUAAAUUUGCAAAAAUGUCUAAAAACCUGUUUUCGCUUUGUCAUUAUGGGGUAUUGUGUGUGGAUUGAUGAGGGGAAAAAAAUAUUGAAUCCAUUUUAGAAUAAGGCUGUAAUUUAACAAAAUGUGGAAAAAGUCAAGAGGUCUGAAUACUUUCCGAAUGCACUGUACAUACAUACAUACAUACAUACAUACAUACAUACAUACAUACAUUACCGUUCAAAAGUUUGGGGUCACUUAGAGAUUUCCUUGUUUUCCAUGAAAACAUACAUGAAAUGAGCUUGAAUAGGAAAUAUAGCAAAAUGCAUAGGAAAGGUAGUCAUUGACAAGGUUAGAAAUAAUGAUUUUUAAUAGAAAUAAUAAUUGUGUCCUUCAAACUUUGCUUUCGUCAAAGAAUCCUCCAUUUGCAGCAAUUACAGCAUAGCAGACCUUUGGCAUUCUAGUUGUCAAUUUGUUGAGGUAAUCUGAAGAGAUUUCACCCCAUGCUUCCUGAAGCACCUUCCACAAGUUGGAUCGGCUUGAUGGGCACUUCUUACGGUCAAGCUGCUCCCACAACAGCACAAUAGGGUUGAGAUCCGGUGACUGUGCUGGCCACUCCAAUAUAGACAGAAUACCAGCUGACUGCUUCUUCCCUAAAAUAAUUAUUGCAUAGUUUGGAGCUGUGCUUUGGGUCAUUGUCCUGUUGUAGGAGGAAAUUGGCUCCAAUCAAGCGCCGUCCACAGGGUAUGGCAUGGCGUUACAAAAUGGAGUGAUAGCCUUCCUUCUUCAAGAUCCCUUUUACUCUGUACAAAUCUCCCACUUUACCACCACCAAAGCACCCACAGACCAUCACAUUGCCUUCUCCAGCAUCUUUUAAUUUGGUCUGCGUCUCACCAAUGUUCUUCUUUGUGGUCCGAACACCUCAAACUUUGAUUUGUCUGUCCAUAACACUUUUUUCCAAUCUUCCUCUGUCCAGUGUCUGUGUUCUUUUGCCCAUCUUUUAAUCUUUUCUUUUUAUUGGCCAGUCUGAGAUAUGGCAUUUUCUUUGCAACUCUGCCUAGAAGGUCAGCAACCCGGAGUCGCCUCUUCAUUGUUGACGUUGAGACUGGUGUUUUGUGGGUACUAUUUAAUGAAGCUGCCAGUUGAGGACCUGUGAGGCAUCUGUUUCUCAAACUAGACACUCUAAUGUAUUUGUCCUCUUGCUCAGUUGUGCAUCAGGGCCUCCCACUCCUCUUUCAAUUCUGGUUAGAGACAGUUUGCGCUGUUCUGUGAAGGGAGUAGUACACAGCGUUGUACGAGAUCUUCAGUUUCUUGGCAAUUUCUCGCAUGGAAUAGCCUUCAUUUCUCAGAACAAGAAUAGACUGAUGAGUUUCAGAAGAAAGUUAUUUGUUUCUGGCCAUUUUUAUCCUGUAAUCAAACCCACAAUUGCUGAUGCUCCAGAUACUCAACUAGUCUCAAGAAGGCCAGUUUUAUUGCUUCUUUAAUCAGCACAACAGUUUUCAGCUGCGCUAACAUAAUUGCAAAAGGGUUUUCUAAUUAUCAAUUAGCCGUUUAAAAUGCUAAACUUGGAUUAGCAAACACAACGUGCCAUUGGAACACAGGACUGAUGGUUGCUGAUAAUGGGCCUCUGUACGCCUAUGUAGAUAUUCCAUUAACAAUCAGCCGUUUCCAGCAACAAUAGCCAUUUACAACAUUAACAAUGUCUACACUGUAUUUCUGAUCAAUUUGAUGUUAUUUUAAUGGACAUAAAAAUUGCUUUUCUUUCGAAAACAAGGACAUUUCUAAGUGACCCCAAACUUUUGAACGGUAGUGUACAUACAUACAUACAUAUUAUUAUUAUUAUUAUUAUUAUUAUUAUUAUUACACAUGCUCAAAUCCUUUCAUAUGGCCUUUUUUUUCUGUAAAUCAUGUCAUAGAAAAUACAUCUACUUACAAACACUGAUCUAACAUUGGCCUUUACCUGACCUUGCACUGUUCUCUCAGACAGGACUGUGUGUGUAUGUGAUCUGUCAUUCUGUAUUUUAAUUGGGCUACAAUAUCUGUCAUUAAUAUCAGAUUUCCUUUUUCCUUCUCUCCCUCCAUCUCUCUCUCUGCAGGUCAGUGGCUGUGUUGACUGAGUGUAUGAGGAAUAAGGUGUUGGCCAAGUUUUUCCGGGAGCGUCAGGAAUCUCUGAGACACUCCCUGCCUCUGGGCUCCUACCUGCUCAAGCCAGUGCAGAGGAUCCUCAAGUACCACCUACUGCUGCACGUCAGUAACACACCUAAGCACACACACACUGACACCUACAUCACACUAGCAAAACCCCACAUAAGCCAAACACUCAGACCAGAAAGAACUGUGUGUGUACAGUUAUCUGUAAUGUACUGUAUAUUAAGUUAGCCACCAGUCUAUUUUUGAACAAGCUAACCCUACUGCCAAGAAAUACCGAGCCAACAUAGCUGGCUACUGCAGAAACAGAUGGUACCCAGUCUAACGUACAGCUAUCCGUGUACAUUACCCACUCUAACCCUGGGUGUGUUUUCUGUCCCCUGUAGGAGAUAGCCAACCACCUGGAGAAGGACACAGAGACAUAUGACGUGGUGCAGGAAGCCAUUGACACCAUGCAGAGAGUGGCCUGGCACAUCAACGACAUGAAGAGGAAACACGAACACGCUGUCAGGCUGCAGGUAAGACUACACUUGCAAAUUAACAUGCACACACACAUAUACACAUAGGCACACAUGCUCACACAUACCUGCAUAUGCAGUCAGGACUCCGGUUUUUACUGUAGUCUGGUCAUGGCAAUUCACUUAUGUAAAGCAGGUACAAGCACAUACACACACACACCUGACAUGUUACAAGUUGGUCAACACACACACACGUUUAUUCUGCUCCAACAAAGUACAUUUGAAAUAGUCUGCAUCUUAGUGGUUUGAAUUAGUUUGUGACAUUAGUGGCUGUCCACAGAUCCUCCCAUUGUUUCCCUAGCUUUCACCAGUCUAGUUUGCUUCCCAAAUGGCACCCUAUUUCAUACAUAGUGCACUACUUCUGAUAAAAGCCCUAUGGAUGGGUCAAAAGUAGUGCACUAUAUAGGGAAUAGUGUGCCAUUUGGGAUGCACACUCUGUCUGUCUCCGCUAGGUUAUGCAAGACAUUGUUUUCCAGGGCUAAUGAUGGCCUUGCAUAACACAGCCGGCAGAUAAAAGAGAAAGUGUAGCUUUAUUCUGUGGGGAGGAGGAUGAUCAGAUGAGUGAAGAAAUGUGUGCGGAAGUAUUUACUCAGGAUCUGAGGAAGAGUGCUUAGCUGACCUGUCUAAUUCUCUCCGUCCUUUUUUGUCUCGCUCCUUUCCUUCCUCUCUUCUCUCCUCUUUCUCAUGUCAUUUCUUGUCCUUCUUUUGUUCUCUCACCUGUUUCUCUUAACUCAUUCUCAUCCUAUUCCUCUCUCUUUCCCUCUCCUCACUCUCCCCCCUCUCCUCCUCCGCUCUCUCUUUCCCUCUCCCUCUCACUUAUUAUUCCCUCUGUCCUCUUCCUCCUCUCCCUUUCCCUCCUCUCACUCACUCUCCCCCUCUCCUCUUCCUCCUCCCUGUCUUCCCUCCCCCUGUCUCAGGAGAUCCAGAGUCUGCUAACCAACUGGAAGGGGCCUGAUCUGAUUGGCUACGGGGAGCUGGUUUUGGAGGGGACAUUCCGUCUGCAGCGGGCCAAGAAUGAGCGCACGCUCUUCCUGUUCGACAAACUGUUGCUGGUAACCAAGAAACGCGAGGAGGCCUUCACCUACAAGGCCCACAUCCUGGUCAGUCACAACACUAAUACCUCCCAAAACGUCCUAAGGUGUACCAGUCUUUAUACUUCUACCCAAAGUGAGACAUUCAUCAUACUAACCAUGUCUCUGUCAUUAUAGUGUUGUAACCUGAUGUUGGUGGAAAUCAUUCCAAAGGAGCCACUCAGCUUCAGUGUGUUCCACUACAAGAACCCCAAACUACAGCACACUGUACAGGUAAAGCAAAAUUACACCCCACAAACCCAAAUUCUAGCAUAUUCCACAGUCGAUUGUACAGCAUAGAGGAAAAGUAGCCUGUACUAUCCCACUUGUGCUCUGCCAAGCCCACCACUCCUACGUGCCCAGACAUGUUGAAUUGUUAACGGUGAAUGAGAAGGGCUUGUUGUUUCUCAACAUGAGUGUUUUUGAAGGGACUUCAAACACCACCAUAAUCUGUUUUAUGUAACAAGAUAAAAGAGUCGAAGGGCAUAUCCCACUAUUGUUAUGGGUUUGUCAUAAUCAUAUUAUACGUUGUUAAAGUUAGAAUCCUUAAUUUAAACAAUUUCUCCCCGCUCCUGUUUAGCUAAAAAGCUAAGGGAUUGGCCUGGAGAAAUGUAACAACUCUCAAAUUCAUAGACCGAGCUAUGGAUGCAAGGACUGACCAUCCAUGAUAUCAAAUGAAUAGUUUAACCAUGUUUUGAGGCUUUGUUUACAUUUGUUGUUUCCAAACAUUGGAAUAAAACAAGCUUAUAUGUUGUGUUCUAAUGGGGUCUGACAGUUGAACUAAGCUCAUGAGGCAUUUAUAAGUUAUAUUCUUCAAGAAUCAAUGGGUAUAUAUAAUAAUUUAUAAGUACCAAAAUGGAUGUAGCAACUAAGGAUUCAAAAUGUAAAGUCUAGUUUAAUGUCUCUCUUCUUCUGUCCUCUCUGUUGUGCUCCGCCCCGCCCCCAGGCUAAGUCCCAGCAGGACAAACGCAUGUGGAUCCUACACCUGAAGAGACUCAUACUGGAAAACCACCCGGCUAAAAUCCCAGCCAAGGUGAGACACGGAGCAAGCAAUGUGUGUGCUCACUAAUGACAUAAACACAACCCUGAGUGGGAGGAGGUGGAAUGGUCUCACUCUCCCUCUUUCUUUUUCGAUCACCCUCUCUUUCUUCUCUCCUCCUCUCCUUGGCUCUGGUUCAUAUGGAAAAUUAUGCUUUUGUCUGGAGGAAAUCCUUGAGAGGGUUCAUUGUAAUUACAAUAAAGGGAUCUCUUGUUAAACUUGAUGCUUGUAAAGUGGUCAGGUUCUGUUGGAAAAGACUACUGUCUGGCGCCAUCUAGUGUCUGGUAGCCCCAUGUCCUCAACCUCAAUUAUAGGCUAACUGAACUCUGGAAUAUGGAGCUCACUUUAGUGUUUUGUUUUUUAUCUUGAUUUUCAGGCCAAGCAGGCCAUUUUGGAGAUGGAUGCUAUGCGUAAGUAUUCAUUUGAUAUUGGUUGAAGCCUCUUCUGACUAUUGUCAGAUCAUUAAGUUUAUUGGAGUUUAUUUGGGUGUGUGUAACAUUCCCUCUCUCCUCUGUCCUCUCCAGACCACCCAGGGUUCCACUACAGUCCCGACGGGGACAAGAGGAGCCCCCACACCAAGGAGGGCUCCAACCCUCGACGGGUCCGCAGGAAGUCAGGUGAGAAACAGGAGGGACAGGAACAAGGUACUGUAAAUGAUCAGUGCUGAUGCCAAUGGACGGGGCCAGUUUCUCUGACAUGUCCUGUCCUGUCUGUCUCUCCUCAGAGCCUUUGUCCAAGUUACUGAAGAACGCUAAACAUGGUGUAAAGGAAGAUGGCUCAAAGGUGAGCUUAAACCCACAUUAGUAAUUUAUGGAUGGUGACACAAUGCUACAGUUACACAAAGAAACAGUGUUAUAUCCAUAGAGAUCCUAUUAAAUUAAUAGAGGGGCUAUGUCAUGAACCCCCAAAGUUCCAGAAUGGUAUGAUAAUGGCUGCUUUUGUGGUCAGGGAGAAAUCCCUGUCUUAACAUGCAGUCUAGACCGGGCACACGCGUGCGCCAUAGCGCACAUGUUGAUUUUGUACAUCCACACCAGACGCGAUCCAGACACGCUGGUUGAAAUAUCAAAACGAACUCUGAACCAACUAUAUUAAUUUGGUGGCACAUGGACAUUUAGCUAGCUAGCUUGCUGUUGCUAGCUAAUUUGUCCUGGGAUAUAAACAUUGGGUUGUUAUUUUACCUGAAGUGCACAAGGUACAAAAUCGUGUGUUCUCUACUCUGACAUUUAAUCCACAGAUGAUAAAAUCGUUUCUAGUAAUCUCUCCUCCUUCAGUAGUAGUCUUCUUCUUCUUCUUCUGUGGACUUUAUGUCGGUUGGCAACCAACUUUAAUAAAUAAUAAUAAUAUGCCAUUUAGCAGACGCUUUUAUCCAAAGCGACUUACAGUCAUGCGUGCAUACAUUUUUUUUGUGUAUGGGUGGUCCCGGGGAUCGAACCCACUACCUUGGCGUUACAAGCGCUGUGCUCUACCAGCUGAGCUACAGAGGACCAUAAUGCAUUUAAGGUGCAUUACCACCACCAACUGGACUGGAGUGUGGACCUCAGUUCAUCUUUCAAUCACCUACGUGGGUAUAUGCUCCUAAAAACCAAUGAGGAGAUGGGAAAGGCGGGACUGGCAGCGCAUCUAGCGUUAAAAAAAUAUAACCAAAUUCUAUUUUAGCGCCUGGCUACGCAUACGCUCGUGAGCAGUUUGGAUGAAAUGAUUGAAUAACAUGUACACUAAAUGUACACAUCCAUGUUAUUCAAUCAUUGCAUCCACACUGCUCGCAAGCGUCUGCGUAGCCAGGUGCUAAAAUAGAACUUGGUUCUAUUUGUGACACUUGAUGCGCUGCAAGUCCCACCUCUCCCAUCUCCUCAUGGGUUUUUAGGAGCAUAUACCCACGUGGGUGAUUGAAAAAUUAACUGAGAUCCAUUUGGUGGUGGUAAUGCACCUUAAUUAAACUAUGAAAUAACACAUAUGGAAUCAUGUAGUAAUCAAAAAAGUGUUAAACAAAUCAAAAUAUAUUUGAGAUUUUUCAAAUAGGCACCCUUUGCCUUCAUGACAGCUUUGCACACUCUUGGCAUUCUCUCAACCAGCUUCACCUGGAAUGCUUUUCCAACAGUCUUUAAGGAAUUCCCACAUAUGCUGAGCACUUGUUGGCUGCUUUUCCUUCACUCUGCCGUCCGACUCAUCCCAAACCAUCUCAAUUUGGUUGAGGUCGGGGGAUUGUGUGUUGGGUCAUUGUCCUGUUGAAAAACAAAUGAUAGUCCCACUAAGCCCAAACCAGAUGGGAUGGCGUAUCGCUGCAGAAUGCUGGGGUAGCCAUGCUGGUUAAGUGUGCCUUGAAUUCUAAAUAGAUUACAGACAGUGUCACCAGCAAAGCACCCCCACACCAUAACACCUCCUCCUCCAUGCUUUACGGUGGGAAAUACACAUGCGGAGAUCAUCCGUUCACCCACACCGCGUCUCACAAAGACACAGCAGUUGGAACCAUAAAUCUCCAAUUUGGACUCCAGACCAAAGGACAAAUUCCACCGGUCUAAUGUCCAUUGCUCGUGUUUCUUGGCCCAAGCAAGGUCUCUUCUUCUUAUUGGUGUCCUUUAGUAGUGGUUUCUUUGCAGCAAUUUGACCAUGAAGGCCUGAUUCACACAGUCCCCUCUGAACAGUUGAUGUUGAGAUGUCUCUGUGACUUGAACUCUGUGAAGCAUUUAUUUGCGCUGCAAUUUCUGAGGCUUGUAACUCUAAUGAACUUAUCCUCUGCAGCAGAGGUAACUCUGGGUCUUCCAUUCCUGUGGCGGUCCUCAUGAGAGCCAGUUUCAUCAUAGCGCUUGAUGGUUCUUGCGACUGCACUUGAAGAAACGUUCAAAGUUCUUGAAAUGUUUCGUAUUGACUGACCUUCAUGUCUUAAAGUGUCAAGGCGUCAGUGUAAUGCGGUAGGACUAAGUCAGGCGCAGGACACAGAGCUGAUCGAAAAACGUACUUUACUCGUAGGUAUCUUAAUGAACAUACCUCCACGCAGGGAGGAAACAAACCCGCUCACAUACGACAACCAAAACAUGGACAAACAUGCACAACACACAGUGUGAGCCAGAGGGUUAAAUAGGGAAGACAAUAUUACAUGAUGGGAAACAGGUGAGACCAAUACAGACAAAACAAGUAGAACAUAGAAACAUGGAUCGGUAGCAGCUAGUACUCUGGUGACGACGAACGCCGAAGCCUUCCCGAGCAAGGAGGAGGGACAGCCUCGGCUGAAUUCGUGACAUAAAGUAAUGAUGGACUGUCGUUUCUCUUUGCUUAUUUGAGCUGUUCUUGCCAUAAUAUGGACUUGGUCUUUUACCAAAUAGGGCUAUCUUCUGUAUACCCCCCUACCUUGUCCCAACACAACUGAUUGGCUCAAACGCAUUAAGAGGGAAAGAAAUUCCACAAAUUAACUUUUAAGAAGGCACACCUGUUAAUUGAAAUGCAUUCCAGGUGACUACCUCAUGAGGUGUGUCCAAACUUUUGACUGGUAGUGUAUAUUGCAACGCUCGCGCAUGAAAUGCAAGCGGUGUGGUCAGCAUGUAAGGCUUGAUAUAUCAGAAAUUGUGUAAUAGAAUUAUUGUCAACCUAAGAUAUUGUCAUAUAAUUAUAAAUAGUUUAUACUGGUUUUAUAUACAGUUCUGUAUAAAUAGCCUCUAAAAUAUAUGUAAACAUAUAUUUAUAUGAAAACUAAAUUUGUGUUUUUUUGGAAAGCUGUUUUUUGCAGUGUUAUUAUAUGAUACAAUAUCAGUACAUGUUGCAUUUACAACUUGUCUAAGUCCUAUCAUCAACUGAUUUCAGCCAGUGUAUGGCUGUGUAUUGACUGCGUUCUUUGAAUGGAAUAUUGGCAGUUAAUGUGAAACAUUUAUGGAAUCAUUCAACUUAAACUGGCUGGCUAGCUACCUAACAAACAUACAGUGCAGAUAAUCUUCAAAUUCAUUGUUUUGCACUAUAUCUUAUCACAGCACUGGCUGACCAUGGUUGACCAACUCCCUUACCAAAAUUGCUGACCUUAUAUACUGUCAUAAGAAGGUUAAUGUCCAUUUUAGUAUUAUAAUUCCUAAUUCUAUGAUUAUAUUCCCAUUAUAGAGUAAAAGUUUCAGAUAGUUUAGGUGUUAUUUGCAACGCUUGCUAAACCCCUCAAUCAUGCACACAUUUAACACUCUGGCUUAUCACCCUCUCUCUGUAGCGGACGAGUCUGGGUGCCACCCUGCUCUCCCCCGUGUCCCAGCUGGCUCUGGGCACUAUUGGUCGCAGCCGCAGCCUGGUCAACCAAUCACAGGAGUCCCUGGACCCUGGCGACCAUUUUGACCAUAGCGACAGGGAGGAUGGGGAGGAGCCACACCAGCAGGAUGCCGACGAUGAGGACGACAGUGGCCUGGUGAGUCUCUCCUACCUACCCACAAUGCAUCAGUUUGACCUUUUGAACCUCUUUCUCUUCAUUCAAGUUUAUCAGAUUUGCCUGAUUUGAUUUCGAUCCUUAGCCCCUUGCUCUAGCCCCUUUACAGGUAUGAAGGGAUUAGAUAGGUAAAGGCAUGUUCAUUACAACAUUUUCUAAAUGUGUGUGUAGGGUGGGGGAAAGAGGCUGCGAGUCCCAGAGAAGUCUAGCAGGAAGAAGUUGAACCAACAGGCAUCUAUGGACAGCAGCAUCGACCAAUGGAAGACCUUCAACAUGAGCGCUUCAGACCUACAGGUGACUGACCCGAACAGUGUGAUGAGAAUGACUAGUAGGAAUAGUUGUGUACAGGACUUAACUCUAAUUUAAUAAAGUUCUACAUCAACAUUUGCACAUUUACAAAAUAAUGUAAUUUCUCCUCCCUCCAUCUCUCCUCUCCAGAGGGCUAACAAAUCUCUUCAGGGAGGUCACCACCCUCCUCUCCUCAGGACGCCCCGUGUGACAGAGGAACCCCCGGACACCCAUGUCCCCUCCAUGCUGGUCCCGGGGGGUGACCCGCAGACGGUGGGGAACAUCUGGGCAGACCACCGUGUCCGCAGAGCCAUGUUCCCCACGCGUCAGCGCACCAUGAACCCAGACGAAGAGGACGAGGACAUCUACCAGAUGUUUGUCCCCACUGAGCUCGGCGGGCCAGAACCAGAACCACUUCCUGUUAGGUCAGAGGUCACAUCGUCUCCCAGCAGGACCCAGGGGCGACCCUGCAGCUGGCACAUGGAGCAGGUGCCCACGGUGCAGAUAGACCCCCCGUCCACCGGGGACAGCAGAGGGCUGCGGAGAGCCAGCAGCGUGGGGGAGAAACAGACUGGCGGCCGACAGAGCCAGCCUGGUCAGGAUGACGACCAGGAAGGGAUGAUCCACGCCGAAUCCUCCAGCAAUGACAUCUCGGGUUCGUCGUCGGCCGAGCAGCUGAUGAUAGACGACAUAGAGAACAUUUACGACAACAUCAGCUAUGAGGACCUGAAGAGCAUGGGGCUUAUCAGGAGGGAGCAGGAGGAUCGUGGGGCCCAAAGAGAGGCCCCUAGAGACACACAGGGGCCUGGGGCUCUAAACACUGGGGUCACUGGGGGUAUUACAGAGCCUCUCAUCGAGCCAGACUGCUUGUCUGACAGUAACCACUCCUCCACCGCCCAGGAGGGGGUGCCAUUUGGGACGUGUGCGCUGAAGAUCGUGGAGGAGGAGAACAUCUAUGACACUAUCUGCUUUAGGGAACCCCCAGCCAAGGGUGACAGGGAUGGGGACAGCCUGGGGGGCUUCGUGUCCGAGGAGAGCCUCCAUUUUGGGGAAGACGAGGGGACGGAGGAUAACUCCCACCCAGUCCACGGCACCUCCGAACCGGACUAUUCCUCCUCAUCUGCCUCGGAAACGUUCUCCCAACGUUCCCACACCGGUGACCAGAUGUCGGAGCAGGUGGACGAGAUCUGGAACGAUUUGGAAAACUACAUCAAGAAGAACGAGAAGAAAGCGGACCGCCUUCCUGCCGCGUUUCCCGUGAGUGCCAGUGAGGCCCCCAAGAAGACCUCGUCGGUCAAGAGCAGCCCCAAAAAGAACAGCUCCCAAAAACACAGCUCCCUUACCAAGAGCCCCCCAGCCCGCAAUCCCAACCCCCCCACUGUGACCCCCCCUCACCAAUUCACCAUCCCCAUCUUCCCAGAGCUGCUCAGAGAGGCUACCUUUGAAGAGGAAGACCAUUACCCCUCCCCCUCUCCCCUCACUCCCCCGUCCCUCCCCUUGCCUGCCAUCCCAGACCCUGCCCCUCCCGGGACAGUCAAGAGCAUCCGUAACAGACUGGCCCGCCUCAGCAGUGGCAGCUUCCGUCUAGAGGAUGAUGAUGAGCUGGGGGAGCUGCCCCAACGGGACCCCAGCCAGAGGGACCCCUCCAUCAGGAACCUCCACAACCUGUUCCCUGGGGAGCUGACCGGGCUGGGGGGUCUGGACUCCCCCCUGGCCGCCUCUUCUCUCCUUCCGGGGGACUCAGUGGACAGCUUCUCCCAGGAGCUCAUGGACAAGACCAAGAACCGUGUGUUCCUGAUGGCUCGCCAAUACAGCCAGAAGAUCAAGAAGGCCAAUCAGCUGCUCCGCAUGAAGAGCAUGGACCCCGGCGACAUGGGGUCAGGAGGACACAACAGGGAGGAGAAGAAGCAGCAGAAAGACCUGGAGAAGAAGCAGAAAGACCUGGCAGCCAUUUUGGAGGAUAAGAAGCAAGGCGGGGCUGCCAUAGGUAACAAACAUAAUCAGUAGUUGUUUAUCUAGUCAUGAUAUGUACAGCUAACUACAGUCAGGUCCAUAAUUAUUGGCACCUUUGAUAAUGAUGAGCGAAAAAGACUGUAUAAAAUAAAUAAUACAAAUACUGAGCUAUAUUGCAUGCAACAUUUUAUUGGCACCCCUGUUUUCAGUACACCCUCCCCUUGCGAAGAUAACGACACUGAGACAUUUUCUAAAAUGUUUUAUGAGAUUGGAGAACACAUUGAGAGUGAUCUUAGACCAUUCCUCCACACAUAAUAUUUUCCAGAUCCUUGAUAUCUUUCGUCUGCGCUUAUGGACUGCUCUCUUCAAUUCAAACCACAGGUUAUUAAUGGGGUUCAAGAUCGCCAUUUGCUUCCAAUGGUCCUGUGGCCCUUGUUAAGGUCUACGGCAUCAUGAACUUUACUACCAGGAAAUUUUAGCCAAAAACCUGGUUGCCUCUUCAAGGAAGCUGACACUUCAAUGGCCGCAAGUGGAUCUUCCAGCAAGACAAAUAACUCUAAGCACUAAUCAAAAUCCACAAAAAAAUGGUUAAUUGACCACAACAUCAACAUAUUGCAAUGGCAAUCACAGUCUCCGGACUUGAACCCCAUUGAUAACCUGUGGUUUGAAUUGAAGAGGGCAGUCCAUAAGAGCAGACUAAGGAUAUCAAGGAUCUGGAAAUAUUCUGUAUGGAGGAAUGGUCUAAGAUCGUCCCCAACGAGUUCUCCAAUCUCAUAACACAUUGUAGAAAAAGGAUGUGUCGUUAUCCUUGUAAGGGGAGUGUGAUAGAGUAUUGAAAACAUUUGCCUUUUUAGAUUUUUUUAAAUUACUUGUUAAACAACAUCUCUUUCUCUGAGCAAUUGUAUUAGUAUAAAAUAAUAGUAUUUCCAAAAAAAGUAUUUAUUUUAUACAGUAUUUUUUGCUCAUCUUUAUCAAGGGUGCCAAUAAUGGUGGCCCUGACUGUGUUUGGUUAAUAAAAUGACUAAACAUGAAUUCUGUGUAUUUUAUUAAUGUCACUUAUUGUCUCCUUAUCUCCUCUCUCUCUCUCUCUCUCUCUCUCUCUCUCUCUCUCUCUCUCUCUCUCUCUCUCUCUCUCUCUCUCUCUCUCUCCCUCUCUCCCUCUCUCCCUCCCUCUCAGGUGCGAGGAUAGCCGAGUACUCCCAGCUGUAUGACCAGGUGAUGUUUAAAAACCCUUCAGGUCAGGGCUCCAGCAGCCCGGGCCCUCCUGGCUCGCACCAUGCCCACCCAGGGCUGCCCUCCUCCCCAUCCCUGCCUGAGACCUGCUCCUCCCUGGGCCUAGGGCUGGAGGAUGACUGGCUCCUCUCCACCUACAGCAAUGGGGAGCUGGCCAGCUUUGUGUCAGAGAUACGGUCCUCCACCCCCCAGUGCAGGCUCACCGCAGCCUGCUCCGUCCCCACCCUAAAGAUCCUACCUCCCUCCCCAGAGACCUCACCCACCCAGCGGUGGAGCUCUUGUGUCUCCGCCCCCAGCGAGAAGGAGGAGCAUGUGUACAGUUCUAUUAAACGACACACCUCCUUUAACUCCCCCUCCUCUUCCUCGUCCUCCUCUAAACCACCUACCAGCCGCUGCCAGUCUAUCUGCUCACUGGGCGACCGGCAGCAGGAGAAGGAGAAUGACUGUACCAGGUCCAACCGUGGCCCGGCUGUGGUCCAGAGUUCCUCAGAAAGACUCCAUGGCCCCAGCAGUCUGGGCCGGGCCGGUCGGCAGAGCAGCCUCCCGGAGCGGUCCAGUUGCGGUCACAGUCACUCUGACCUCACCCUGCAAGACGGUCAGCAGGUGGUAGUCCUGAACCGUGCCUCCCCACUGAGCAUGCUCACAGCCACCCAGAACUACCUGGUCAACUUCAAGGACAAUGGAGACGACGAUGACGACGAUUACGUAGAGAUCCGCUCUGAGGAUGAGAGCGAGCGCGAGCGGUACCAGGACUGCUCUGGGCAGCGUAACAGCGGUGGUGGUGUUGGCUCCAGAGGGCCAGCCCAGAGCCAGACCCAGAGUCUGCCCUGCACCCCGUCGAGGUCCUCCUGUGGGCUGACGGACCGGGAGCGUCUGCAGGAGUACCUGUGGGCGGAGCAGCAGGCGCAGCAGAACCAGCCCAACAUCGUCCAGUCACUCAGAGAGAAGUUCCAAUGCCUCAGCUCCAGUAGCUUCGCCUGAGUUGCCAUGACCACCCAUAACACACCACCAUAUGAAUAUACUAGUGCAUGUAGUUUAAGCAGGUCUGUAGCUUUGCCUGUCUCAUCAUGACAGCAAAUAACACCACACGAAAGACAAAAAAUGACAUUGUUUUCUUCCAUCCACAACACGCUGGAGUUUUGUUGACAAAGAAUGACACACUAAAUGCUAAAUUCAACACACUACUGUACACAUAACACUACACACAACACAGGUCUCUAGCUUUGCCAAUAUGCAUUUUUGCCUGAUUCACUGUUACGACAUCACACACAACAUGCAAUACUGCAGCUUUGCCAAAGUCACAUGGUCAAAUUUCCACAUAUCACAAAACAACAUGCCAAAUACCGCACCUGAGUAGUCAUGGCAACAUACAUGUACAGGAACAUAUUAGUACUACAAAGGCACUCCACCGCCACAGCACUUCCUUACAGUCUUCCAUGUCAAGCAGAUUGACUUCCGUAUCUAUUUUAGAUACGUUGAAAAAUAACUAUGAAACUGUAAAAAUGAUCAUUUUUAGCAAACUGGAUGAGUCCAACACAGUGUGGAAAGGGGCUCAGAGUGUAUGGGCUUAAGGUUUAAAGGGAAGCAUACAGGUCAUCUUUUUGAGAUGUUGGAAAUGAGUAUUCCAUAUACUGUACAGAUAUUUCUGUUAUAAAUAGUAAGAAAUAGAAAAUGAUCCAUUAAUUCUAACUGUUCCCCCUUCAACAGAAACACUGAUAACCCAAAAAUGUAAUUUGGUAGACUGCUGUAGUCUGCUAGCAUCUCUUGAUGAGGAAAUGGCACUGGCUGAAUUUGAGUUAUGUUGCUGUAAUUUCCUCUUCUGAACACUAUCAUUUUAGUAAACAACCAACUAAUCAAGGUUUUUAACCUUUUGUUUGAGUUACUCUGAAAAUAUCUUCCUUUUUAAAGGUUGUUUUAGCAUAUUUAACUUCCUAUAGCUGAGCUUACCCCUUAUCAGAGGGAUGAUCCUAUGUGACUAGUUGUCAGUGGUAGUGUUUUAACUGUGCAUAAUACAGUGUCAACCAAUUUAACAAUCUGUACAAGCAGCUUAAUGAAUUUGCAAUUAGCUCAGGAUUAUAGGCUAGGUAUGGACAUCUUAUCAGCGAUAAUAUAAGGAAGAGGAUCCACGUGCCCUUUUUAAGCAUGGAGCCUCCACACAUAGUACCUUGCUGUUCAUUAGGUUGAGUAUAUUUUACAUUGGGCUAUGGUGACGUCAAGCGUAGAUAGCCUGUACCAGUCUUUCUAUAAUGAUUGGGUUUUCUCAACCUGCUCAAACGCCUUGGUCAUGACUAGGGGAUCGCGCUUUAAACAGAAAAAUCUUAAAAUCAAGAGAAAAGUGUGUUGAUAUUUCAAAGAUAUUCAAUAAGCAGCCGCGAUAGGAGUUAUCUAUUUAUUUUGAAUCUGUGGGUCUGAAAGUGUUAAUAAGUAUAUAUUAGUCUUCUGCGUACACUAUGUAGGUUGAGUGGCAUAAUGCAUCUUAAUAAGAGAAACCUAAAAUGUUAUUUUAUCUUAUUCAUUUUAAAAUGUUGUUUCUAAGAGGGACCAUGGAGGAGAGCGUUAAAUGAGUGCAGUACUGUGUUUUGAUGUACAUUUCUCUUAAACCUCACAGAACUUCGGGUCAGAUUUUUUGUUUACUUCAUGGGACACCCCCCCACCUUCACACUACUGAUCAGCACCCCACCCCUCCCACUCCCUUUCUAAACACGUUAUGCCUGAAUAUCAUCCAAUAAUCCUGAUUCAUUAAAAUAUUCACAAUAGUCAUAUUAGGAUAGAUUGUCACAUACAUUGAGUUGACUUUUUGUUUUAACUCGGACGUCACUUUACAGUUUCAGUAGUGCGGAUACACACUUAUUAAGAAUUUGUUUCAUGUUUGAUCUCAUCUUCAACUUACAAUGUCUUAUUUAUUUACAAAAAAUCCCUAUUCUUGACCGCACACAUCGCUAUUAUGAAACGCCACAGCCAGUUUGUAAAUUAGAAAAACAUUUAUUUAUUAAGAGGUUGGCUUCUUGAUGAAUUUCGGGACACUUUGGAUAAAAUUUGGUUCAUUUGUUUACUGUGAAUGUUACAAAAAUGUUUAGUUUUUUAUUUUAUGCACUGUUUGAUAUUUUCCUUAUCAAAAUAAUAAAUGAAAAGUUGGAAUGCACAAUAUCAUGGCCUACUGUUCAAAUCAAUGUAAUGUAUCCAAAACAACUUAAAAAUAUGAAGUAUGUUUUUUGUUCAUUGUAUAUUUUGUUUCUCGUGUUUCACUGGUGGGGAUUGUCAACCUUCAUUGAAAUUGAAUUGACUCUUGCACUUUUUCUUUCUUUUUUAACAUUUGAUUUGUAAACACUUUGUAAAGAUGUACAUUUUAGGAGAGUUAUUAUUGUAUGCCAUAGGUUUGCUUUAUAAUGAUUUAAUGUUUAACUUAAGUGUACUGUACAUUUUUUUAACUGCUAGUUGGCAUUGCUCAAGAAAACAAAUGUAUUUGAGGCAAUAAAUAAAAGAUAAAAUGUG